CAUACUUGACAUAGGAGUCUCUAACGGUUUAGAAUACAAAUUGGAUACUAAUGACAAUGGAAUAAUUUCUUCCUCAUCAAACACAAUAUUUGAAUCAUUAGAUAAUGUUUUACGAGUAGCUAAAAAUAAAUAAUUUAUUUUUAAUAAUUAUUAUAAUGCAAAAAAGAAGUUACAUUAAUAUUUAAUUUUACUUGUAUUAUUAAUUACACUAGGGACAGCAUUUUUUUUCAAAGUCUUUGUAUUAAAAACACUGGUACUUGAAAUCUCAUAAUCCAAAUUGCAAUCAAAAUGGAGGCCACACACAUUUGAACUAACGUGUUUUUCGAAUGAUGGAUUGUGCUGCUUAAGAAAUGUAACCCACUGAUUACCAAUGUCUCCUUUAGGAAAUCUAGAAAAUAUAAUUAACUAUUAAAAAUUAUUAAGUAUUAAUAAUAAUAAAAAAUAAAAAUACUAACACUUAUUAAAAUGUUCUCAUUUGCUUAUUAUCGUCCAUUAUGAGAAACUGAAUAAAAUACCUGUGAAAUUUGAUAUUUUGACCAGCUCUGGACUGGCAGCCUCGGACACAGCACUUAUUAACCAUUUCACAAAAUUAAAAAGGAUGAACGCUGAAGCUGAAGCCUACGAAGGGUGCUAAGAUAUGACUUAUCACCACGAUUAUAGAUAUCCAUAUUAUCAGCUACCGCGGUGCAUAUAUGUAUAUUUUGAUUUUUAUCAGCGAAUAACAUUUCGGAUAAUAUUUGGAUGUCGAUUUUCGAUUGGCGGCACUGCGUUAAACCGACCGUUUGCAAGUAGUGGCGCGCACCCGUUCAGCACUUUCCCGGAAACCCGGCGAGCUGCAGAGACGCGGCAGUCGUUUUCCAACGUUUUCCGCGCGUGCUGCUUUGUCCACGUCGUGUGCCGCACGUAAUUUUUUCCAAUAAUAACAAGUUCUCGAGUUUCUAUCGUAAUAUUUUCCGAUCGGACUUACAGAGUUUCGGAAACCGAAGUUGCCGCGUGAAAAAAAUCGUGAGUUUUUAUAAUAUCUCUGUUACACUUAGUGACAUUAGGAAACCGAUGUUUUAGUAUGACCGUUUCGAUUAUUACUUGAAAACUCCCACCCCAACCACCGCACGGUUAAAAAUAUGAUAUGAUACCUAUCCGAACAAUAUUAUUGUUACGAAUUUAACAGGGGGGACCUCUACCUGCCGUGUUCUUUGCAUGAAUGCAGACAAUUGGUAGCCGGCUAACAUUAUGUCUAGGCGAUAACGUGCAAUACGUACGGGGGCGGUUUAUUCAAAAUGCGCGGUCGACGAAUCAAACCAUGAAAUCGCAUUUGAACGUAUUUGCGGACCAUACGGGUACUUUUUCAAAGUAUUUAAAGUAAAUGUAAUCCGGUUAUUUAUAAUUGUAAAUACGGUUUUCAAUUUUUUGAACACCUAAACGGUUUUUACCUUUGAAUUUCCAAUGGCCCGGGAGUCGCCGGGGCCGUUUAAAGGUGAGCUGUUAUACAGGUAGUGGUUGUGCCCGUGCGUAUUUUAUACAGGCUGCUUAUUUUUUGGCAUUAUUAUAGUAUUUUAUAGGCCGCUUUUGGCAAUAAACGGCGCGUUUCGCUUUCAAUUAUGCGGUGCUCGAAUCGGAAGAGUAAAAAAACACGAGGGACGGCGAGACGAUUGUUGUUGCGGUACCGUGCGAUAAUUAUCGAACUUCAAUUAACCGCCGCGGGCAAGGGUACCCGGAGGUGAAAAUCUAAGGGCAGGGGGCAUUUGCGUUAACAGCCAACAGGGCCGUGAAUUUGUAGGAAAGUGCAAUUUUUUUUCUCGUGAAACAUACAUAGCUCUCCGAGUACGCAAUUUGAAUCACGCAACACCAAAUUCGUUUGUGAAACUUUUAUUUUUGCAUGUUUUGAUGUGUUUUAUGUUUAAGGUGGUUUUUUGGACUUUUUAAGUAAUGUUUAUCUUUUUUUAGUCCAUUUCCCGGUGUUUUUAAUCAAAAUCCGUCAGUCGACAUUUGUUUACGCACACUUUUUUUUCUUUUACCCAGGUUGAAUACCCAUCGGAUCCGUAUUUUACCCUAGCUGUACGCGAGUUGGGUAAAGAUAAAAAUUUGAUAAAAUAAGGCAAUAUUGUUUAACGCUUAUAGAUUAGUUAUUUUUUGUGGGCUUGCGAUGUACAGAUGUCAGUGAUAUUAAAAUAAAUUUUAAAACUGAAUUAAAAACCGUUUCAAGUGCAUUAAACGUAUGGACGCUAUGUUAUUGUUAUAAUGUUAUAGUCCGGAUUUACAUUCUCUUAAAACGUUCAAAAUAUGUCGCUAAUAUUCUCUAAAAACCCCAAACAUUUCUCCUGUAUUCUUUUUAAAAUCGGAAAAAUAAUCCAUAUAAUAGGUAUUUUUUAAUUUUUCACUCUACCAAAAUAGAUAAAAAAAAAAAAAAAAAUUUGUGUAAUACGUUCGUCAAACGAUUCGAAAAACAUUUUUUUAUUUCAAAUGUAACUUUAAUGGCGAUUUAAAAUUGCGAUAGAUUCGUCUAUUUUUUUUUUUUUCUAAAAAUUUACAAAACAUGCUAAACAUACGAACUAUUCUCUGACCUCUGAAACACGUUCAAAUGUGGAAAAAAUUUUUCCCGCCAAUUCCGCGUUUGAACGAAUCGUCAACGUUUUUCGCUCCCAUAAGGCCGCGUCCGGUCUCUAAUUAAAAUCUAUACGCACAGAUACACGGAUAAUUGUUCGCUGUCAGCGGUUUUCAAGCGUGUGUAAAAUAAUCGCUGCACUCGUUAGCCGUACAGCUAACCAAAUCGCUGCGACGCAUGGCGAAAAUCGAAUUCGAAUAGGCGAAUUCGAAUCUGACGUAAUUAUUACGAUGUCCGCGUGCUCGGGUAUAACGUAUACAUACAUUUUUUUUAAUACAUCCUAUCGGGCUGAAAGAAAAAUCUGUUUCGCGGUUCGUAUGUCCGUGUGUUACGAAAACUUUUAUUUUGCACGUUUUACGACUUGAAAGCUGCUUGUUUUUAUCGUUUUUUCCCCCCGUUAUAGGCGCACGUUUUACGGCCCUCGGUAUAAUACGCAUAAACGAAAACCCCGCAUUAAUCCGAAUCAGAGUUAGUUAUCUGUAUCUUUAUGUACAGAGUGUUUCACAUUACGAUAGAUAGAUAAUAUGGAAUGUCAGCGGAGCAUCAUUUAUUGUGGCGGCGAACACUGCUGUCCACUCAUUCUCCCCCCACACAAACCUACAGGUGGAAUAACUCGUUAACCGUAAGCGGAGAUUUGAUCGAAUUUUAGGAGGUGAAUAUUUUAGUGAUGAGUAAAAAAAAAGAAAGAAAAAAAUUCAUCACUCGUAUUAUAAUACCUGUAUAAAAACGUAAAAUCCGUAAAAGGUCAUUCCGAUUUCGGGGGAGUCGGUAUAAUUUUUGUGGGUAGACUUGAAUAAUAAUUUUUAUAUUUGUUUAAUAGUUUUAACGGGAUACGGAUGAUUCUGAGGGCAUAAGCCCGCUAUCCACCAAUCUCCGCCUAUGCCGUCAACGGGAUGGAAAUCAAAAAUUUAAAUUUCCUAAAUGUGUUUGUAUUCAUGGCAUUUUUAUCAAAAUUAUAAGUAGUCGUUUCAAGAUUGAAAAAAUAAACGAGUGAUGACAAAAAGUUAUAGCAAUGUAUUACUUAUAAUUAGAGCUGUUUGUUUUUUCAAUUGACCAAUAAAUGCAGAAAAAAAUUUAUUAUUUCCGAGGUAUUACAAUAAUUGGGUAUAUGUUCGUGUGUCAAAGUUUUAAAAUCUAGUCUUACUGAGAUAUUUUUUCACGAGAUAUAAGAAAAAAACGAGGAUUUUCCGCCUGCCACCGACAAAUUACGAUUCGAAACAUUUGCAAUUCCAAAAACUUUUUCCUGUGGGUAAUAAAAAAUGACUGUUCUUUGGAAAUCUUUUUUUUUUUUCGAUAGGGCAUGCUCAAAUUUUUUUCGUACAAAGUUUACUUCAAAAUCGGGGAAACUGUUGGUAUUUUUAAUGUACAUGUGAUAAUAUUUUCAAUUAGGUAUCUGUUUUAUUAAUUGCACCUCCCCCCGCUUUAGAAAUUCUCGAUGCGCCAUUGACUACAACCAUAUUCAAUAAUUACCUCGACGUAAAACUAUUAUUCUUUAUCAAAACAGUAUUAAUUUUAAUAUUUUUAAACGGCAGAACAGAUCUGAAUACGUAUGUAUACAAUCAAUUUGUAUUUGUUUAUAUCGAAGUGUUUGUUUACACGACGAAUCGAAACGGUUUUCAUUUUGCUCCCCCAAUCGUCGUUCCUGCGCAUACGAUCAUCGCAAACUGAUCCCCGCGGCUUUUCAAAUGCGGUGACAUUUAAUUUUAAUUCUGUUUAUUUUUUUUUUUUUUUCGUUACCGUUAAUCCAACAGGUCAAUAGAUUGUCGUGGAUUAGCGGCUAUUAUCAUAAUUAUAUAUAUUUUAGUAUAUAUUUAAGCCGCGUCGGAACGGACGGGUUAGGGGGAUACUUUUUAUUUACAUGACUCGUCUAUUUUCGAAUCGCUUUCUCUGUUCAUUCGCGUUCUAAAAAAAAAAAAAAAAUAAAAAAAUACUACGUAUAUACAUUAAUAAAAAUGUCAUUUAUACUUAAAUAUACACAAAAGAGUCGAGAGAAUUAGAAAGGAUAUUGUUUUACUUUGGUCCUUGAGUGUAUAGAACCCGGUCUUAAAAAAAAAAAAAAAAAAAAAUGAUACUUUAAAUAAGUACAUAAAAUGUCACGUUUCCGUAAUAUUUCUAUCCGAAAGGAAAUAAAUUGCGCCGUUCAAUAUUGUUUUAUGUAUUGUACAAUUGUAAUCCUUAUCCAUUUGUAUUUAUAUAGUUUUUUUUGUAAUUUACAAAUACACGUAAAUAAACAGGAUUUUAGAGACUUAGUUUUUUUUUUCAUUACGAUUCCCGUCCAUUAUUAUUGUUUUCGAUCGAUAUAAUUUAUAAUUAAUCAAUAGCAUUUAUGGGAUGUAAUAUAAUGUUAUAGUAUUGUUAUUUUUUCGGUAUAUAUACGCUAGAAAAGUAAAUUAUGGUCCCGUAAAAAUACUGCAGUUAAACCUAAAACCUAUAACCUAUUAUAACAGUAUAUAUUAUACUCACAGGCGAGUUUUUUUGACAAAGAAAGAAAAGAAAAAGAAAUAAAUUUGAAUAAACCAUUUAAUCAAUUAUCUGUUUUGGUGUCGUAUUGUUUUCGCCAAUACAAUUUUAUGAGAUCGUUUUUUCUUCUUUUAUUACAAAAAUAAAUGGACCGUUUAAUUGUGCGGUGAUUUUCGAUCGAUAUCCAACGGACUGUAAACAUCCGCAGUCGUCUUAUAUACCUACGUUAAAUACAAAACUAAUAUUAUUAUUCUUAUUAUUAUUGUUUACCUCGGGAAUUAUCUUUAAAAGAAAUAAUAAUAAUAAAAAAAAAAAAAACGAUUUUCUAUCGAUUUCCAUUGUGAAUAUAAUAAUAUUUGCAGUAUUGCCAGUAUUAGAUUUGAAUUAAAAAAAUACGAUCCGUUAAAUUUUAUAAUAUAAUAAUUAUAAUGUAUACAAAUGCCGUGUGAAAAAUAAAUUGUAAUACAAAUAUUUGUACAGUCGGGCACGGUACAUUUUUUUCUCACGCUUAUAAUGAUAUCAAUAUUUUAAUGUAUUAUAUUAUUAGUGAUUAGUCUAUCAUUCAGCAGCAGUUUGUCUUUUGACCGUUCCUUUAGGUUAAGUUUUAUACCGUUCGCUCUCCGGAACAGCGCCUUGUGGUUCCCUCUCUCAAAAUAAUAUUUAAAUACAGAGAUAUUAGAGAUAUGGGGAAGGAGGGGUGUGCAAAGGUCGAGCAUCUCUCAAAUUCGGUAAUUUAGACUACCGACCGAGUUGAAAAUUCAACGAUUAGUCAGCAAAACUAAUAAUUUCUUUGGUUAUUUUUGUUUACGUUGCGAUUGCCGCCGUUGUUAUGUACCGUGAUAUGAUAUAUUAUAUCAUUAACUGUAUCGUAAUGAUUCUUAUCAUUUAUCAAAGGUCAACAUUUAUGAGUAAACAUCUUUUUUUCAAGUGGACGGAUUCGGUAUUUGGAAUAGGCAAACAUUUUUGAUCGCACGAUUUGAAUACUACCAAUUUUCACCGUCUCUUCACUCGAAUUUUUUCGCUGGUUUCGCUCACUUAUAUUGUAGUCAAAAACGGGUCGUUUUUAAUAUGAAAUUUAAAACUGUUUUUAAUUAUUUGAUAAGCAUUUUUAAGUGUUGUUAAUUGUAAAUUGUUAACGGUUAGUAAAAGGAAACCACAAGCAGUACGAGCAUAUUAUUGCUAGUAUUAAUACGUUGAUUUAAAAUUAAAAUUGUUGACCCGCGUAGAUUAUCGCAUUAUAGUACAUGUAGUAAUAUUAUACAAAAAAUAGGUAGGUACGAAUAUCAUACUAGAACGAGAUGAUAUUUCUGUACGGCACUAAAUCAUACUAAUAAGACGUAUCGAAUGAAAACAAAUGCGUAAUAAUGAUAUGCGUUUCCGUAUAAAUUUCGGCGUUGAUUAAAUAAUAAUUAUUUAUUUGAACAAAUACUUUUAGGUAGACUGUUUUUUAUUUAAUUUUCUUAUAUGUAUAUAUAUUUAUACAGGGCACUGGAUUCGUUAAUUUCCUACACGCGUAAUUACGUAUAUUAGCUGAUAUUGUUGUUAAAUCCUACGCGUAUGCGUAUAUAGAUAAUCGAAAAUGCUAUAAACGGGUUAUCUCGUACAUUAUAACAUAUACCUGUGCGUACGAGUGUCGAGUACAUGCGUAAUAAAAAUGAAAUAAAUAAAAUAAAAAAAAUAAAAUAAUAAUAAUAAUAACAAUAAUAACACAAUAUUGACGCGAGAGAAACGCAGCCGUGAACUUGUCAAAAACAGCAAAAACCAUUUACAUUACAAUAUAUGUAAUAUGAUAUAAUGUUGAACACUGUUCUCGACACCGCAUCAGCUGAUAUGUUUAUUUAUUAGACGAGGGAGAACUCUACAAUAAACCGAUUCAAUAUAAUGAUCGGGGUGGGGGUGGGGGUGGGGUAAAAUGUUAUAGGACAAAUAAUAAUUUAGCGACCUAUUUUUUUUAGAUUCAUGAGUGUGGCGAUAAAGCUGUUUAUAAAUUUCUUACAACGCGGGUUUCUAUUAUCUCGAAUACCUACGAUUUGCCGGUAAUCACAAUUCGGUUAUCUCGACAAAGUACCUAAAUCGGGGGUGAUUUGAUUUUUCGACUAAAAGUCCGACAUGAGCUGCUGGUAAAGGUAUUUCGACUCUUUGUUACGGAAUCGACAUGGUUUCGCCAACAUAUCGGGCGGUUUAUUUUCGAUUAAAAGUCCGACAUGAGUUCACAUCAAUCAAAAAUAUAUUGUUACAAGAGUGUGAGCUAAUGUCGGAUUUGAAUCGGAAAGCAACCCCGAUUUUUUAGUAAAACCACAUCGGCUAAGUAACAGGGGACCAAAAUAGUCACUUGUGGCAGUCGAGAUAAUCGAAAAGUACUCGUGCGUUUUUUUAAAAAAAUUUUCGGUUAUAGCGUAAUAUAAAAUGUUCGAAAAUGUUCACGCCAUAUUUGCAUAUACUCUCUCAACUGCGCGACAAGUUUUCGUUCAGCGGGGGGACAGCUUUGUGCCGUUAGUUUUAAAAUUUAAGUAAAUUGAUCCAACUUAACGAUAAGAACAUAGUCUGUGUCGUGUCGUCGUUUUUAUCAUUAUUUUAAUUUUUAAGCGAGAUAUAAGCAUUUGUAAAUCUUGAUAUUUUAUACAAUCAUAUACCCUCGUUUAAAAACUAAAAUAGUAACCAAGAAACGGCGUCACACACAGGCAAUUAUUAUUUUCAAGUUUGAUUAUAGGUCAAUUCACUCUAUUAUUAAAACGAACAGCUCAGAGUUGUCCCCGUUGAACGAAAAUUUGCUUUACCAUAGAUAAAACAUAAAUUUAUAAAUUCGAUUAGGUACUGAAAUAGUUGACAACAUUAUCGCAAUCCAGGAAUAAAAAAUAUAAUUGAAAACUUGAUUCAAUUUUUUUUCUCUUCAUAUUUUUCAUAUUAAUAUUGUAAUUAGUUUUUAGUCCAGUUGGACUAGUAUGGCUCCAGUUGACCCAUCACCCCAAAUGACGCCACUGCACAUAGUGCGGCGAAGUGUGACCGGCUUUUUCGGAAAUUGAAGGUUACUUCAACAAAUUGCGUACAUCAAUUUUAUUUUUUAUACAUAAUUGUUUAUUUGGGUUUCUGUCUAAUAUUAUUGUACCCUAUAAUCGAUGAAAAUAUAAACCAGGUGUUCGGAAGGUUACAUAUACAUAUAGCCGUAAUAUAUUAUCCGGACCCCGAGCGUAAUAAAUUAAAUAUAAAUAUAGGAAAUACUGAAAAUGCGGGUUCCCUAUUUUUUUUUUUUUUGUUAAAUUUAAUUUAAUACAAAUUUAAAGCGGCCAAUAUAAUUCAAUAGUAAAACUAUAGGUAUGGCAAUAAAUUGUUAAAAUAUUGUUACUUUAUUUGUAAAUUUACUUUCCGUGGGACUUUGUUCGGGUUAUUUUCUGAAUAUUAUUCAAAACCAAUAAAAUUUAUUACGCGGGAAAAAAAGGUUUCCCGUAAAAUAUAUUAUAUACGGUCUUUCUUACCCGUAGGUUUUCUGUGUAUAAAAUAAUUUGAUUAUUUUAUUACAAACUAUCUAACCCGGCAAUGCUUUACUAUUGCUAGAUAAUAUUAUAGUAUAAAUAAUAAUAAUAAUAAUAGUUUUAUUGUCCGUGACAACCAAAUUAUCAUUCACACUUAUCACCAAGGUAAUCCACGAGUAAACAAAAAUAAAUAAACAUAAACAAUUAUAUAUGCGUACCAAAAAUACCUAAAAACCACUAUUUUACUCCUCGAGGUGGGGGGGGGGGGUUGAAUUUUCAAAAAUCCUUUCGGGUUCCUUUACCAUAAUAACUAUUUGUAUGCCAAUUUCAGUCUGAUCCGUCCAGUUGUUUGGGCUGUGCGAUGAUGAAUUGGUCAGUCAGGAUAUGCUGUUAUUAUAUUACAUAAAUUAAAGUUACUAUAUAUGUAUAUUUUUUCGGAUAACUAUAUAAAUAAGUUUUCAAUAUAAUAAUGAUAAUAAAAAAAUACUAUCACUAUUUUAAUAUAAUAUAAUCAUAAAUAAAUCAACAUUAUAUUGUUUAUUUUUUUAUGGCUGGUCACACCACACCAAAAUUAAAAAGCUUGUCCUAAAUGCUCGUCUCCGCUUCCUUAAAACCUUAAUCUCGAACAACAAACAUACUUCUCUAAAUGUCAAACUUCUAAUUUAUAAAUCCCUACUCAAGCUAAUAUGGACCUAUGGCCUCCAGCUCUGGGGCAAUGCUAAAAAAUCCAAUACAAACAAAUUUCAAACCCUUCAAAAUAAAAUCCUUCACAAAAUCACAAAUUCUCCACCAUACAUCUCUAACUUAACUUUACACUCUGACCUAAAAAUCAAAACAGUUCAUGAAGAAGCAGUCACUUUUUACAAACGUUUCCAUUCCAAACUUCCUUUCCAUAUCAACCCACUCAUCUCANAGGCUUAGAAGAGAAUGGUGCCGUGAUCUUCUUAAUAACUAAUUAACAAUAGCUCAAGUAAGGGCAGUGUUACCACUGGGUAGCUCCUCCCAUCAUUCAAUCAUGUUAUUACUAUCUAUCAUCACACAUUCUUAUUAUUCCUCAGAAAAAGAUUGUAUAUUAUAAAAGUUUAAAUUAAAAAUAAAUUUUUUUACGGCUUUUCAGUGCUCCCUCUCCGGACUAAACGAGUUCAAACUCGGGAAUCAGAGUUCUUUUUUGUAGAUGGUUUGAAGUAUUAAAAGUCUGGUUGAAUUUCAAUAUGAAUUGUACUAUAUUGUUGCAGGUAUUUUUUUCAGCUUCGUAUACUCCUAUACAACGCCAAAUGAUGCCUGGAUGACAUUUUGUAUAUUUUUUGUGUUAGUAUCAACGAUGUGUUUUUUUUGUAGGGGAUUUUGAUUUUUGAUUCUCGCGCAUAAUUACCUUUUUUUGCUUAAAUUGUAUACAUUUUUAUAGAAUAGUAUUGUAUUAUUAUAAUGCACAUAAUAAUCGGUUUUCUUGUUUUACAAUUAAUAUUUGUAUUUUACAAAAUAGGCUGGGAGGUAAUUUUGACUCUAAAGGGUGAGCUCUGUUGCUCACGAUUGUUUUUUUCUAUUGAAUAAUUUUUACCUCUAGUCAUCUAAAAGUCACUUUAAAUACGUAGCUAUUUUUUUUUACAGGUUGUCCUCUGCAGUAUAAUGACUUGAAAGCUUCAUCCUCAGAGUCAUUUUUCCAUUCUGAUAAUAUUUAUUUCUCAUGUCUGUCAGAUUCAAAAAAGUAAAUCCUCAUAAUAUUCCACCUUUUUUUUUUAUAACAGUUUUUCUUUUUUUAUAAUUGUUUAUAUUUAUGUCACUUCACUGAGACUUUUUUCAUAUUCGUUCCCCUAUAUAAACUAUUCCGAUCACAUAAUAUUAUAAUGUGCUGUAGGCCAGUGAAUUAAUUGUGGCGACUAUUAUAUUCAAUUUCAGAUUCUAUGGUAGCUGAAGCAAAAUGACAUUACUGCAGUAAUAUAAAAGUUUAUUGGUAUAGGCAGAGUAAUUUAUUCAAAUUUUAAUCGUGUUAAGCAAUAUAAUUUUUGGAUUUAUUCCCAAAUUGCAAGGUUUUAAGAUUUUACAUUAAAUUGUGUUCUAGAAUAUACCAACUAAUAUUAUUCAUAUAACAAUGUGUAAGUCUUAUUUUUGUUUUGUUUUGUUUUUUUUUACGAUCACUUAAAAUGCUGAAUUACUUUUUUUUAAACACACCUGCAAGUUAUACAAAAGUAAACCAUAAUUUUCAAAUUUGACGAUUUAUCAUUACGUUCUAAUUUAUUUAUUUGUAUACUUAUACAUAUGUAGAACAUAGUGAAAUACCGAUUAUUCUAUAACUAUAUAGGACCAUUUUUUUCCUGAGGUAGGGAGGAUGAUAUAAAUGUGUGUCACAAUGUAUAGUAGCAAAAACAAAUGUCAUUUCUUAUAGUCAUCGUCACCAUACGUAUAGACUAUAAUAAUAUAAUAUAUAACUUGUAUAGUAAUUAAUGCGUUUAGUUUUCUUGCAGUUUUCGCCAAUUCAUUAAGUGCCUACUUAAUUUAACAAAAACACUUGACUUAAUACUACAUUUUAUAUUAUACAUUUUGAUAUCAUAUGUAUGGUACGCGGUAGCCUUUAACCCAUCUUAGAUUUAAGAUAAAAUCCUUGAGUGUUAUCGGAAUGAAAAACUAAAGAUAUCGCUGUUAAGUAAAAUUUUGAACUAAAAAUGCCUAGAACAAUUUGUAGAAAUCGAAGAAGUAGAAACAAUGUAUCGUCUAAUUCAGGGGUGUCCUACCUUUUGUGAAGACUGGGCUAUAUCAUGUAAGUAGAAGUUAUUGUGAGCCACAUACAUUUUAAUAAUAAUACAUUUUAUUUAUAAUUUUUACCAUAGUGAAUAAUGAGUAGAAACAUUUUUAUAAGCUACUACUACAUUUUAUUUAUAAUUACGAAAAAAGAUACAUUCAUUAAAAGAAAACAGUUUUAAAAUAAUUGUAUUGUUAUUAUAGUUACAGUUGUUUCUUCAUCGCUAUCGGAUCCCCAUAAAGUUCAAACUUUCAUAAAAUAGUAUACGAGUAUACUAUUAAGUAAUAUUUAAAGUUUUUUUAAUUUUAGAUUUCGAGCGUAACGAGGGAGCUAUUGGUUUUAUUAAGAUGUUUAUUUCUUUUAUUUUUUAUGUACUGUGAAUACGCUUUUUCCUUGUAAACUUGCUCCGAUUUUUAUGUGUAGUAACUUUUUUGAAAGCUCAAGUUGUAUAGAUGGUACAUUGGAAAUGUCAUUUUUUUAUUUUCUACGCCACUUUUUAAAUAAAAGUACUUAAGUGGAAAAAAACGUUGGAAAACGUACAAUUUCACGAUUUCAUAAUUUUAUAAAAACACAGACGACGUUUUCUACCAGAAGAAAUGAUUUAAUCGAAAAAUCACUUGACAUAUUUUUUGUUGCCUUUUUGAUUUACUCUCUUACACUAUCAUUACCAAAACUUUUGAAUCAAUUUUGAGCUUUUAAGGAAUUUUAGUUUUUGGGAGUUUUUUUGCUGUGAUUUGGUUAUAAAUAAAUCUAGAGACUUUAACCUUGGUAAUAAUACUUAAAUCGGACUUACCUAAACGUGGUAAAUUUUUUAAAAUUAUCGGAAGACUUUUUUUGUUAAUAAACGUUUUGAAAUCAAAUUUAAACGAAAAUCGUAAAAAUUAUGUAUUACCGAACUGCGCUCGGAAUCGUUUUUCGUUAAACAAUGGCUUAUCGUUGCUUACAGAAAUAAAUUAAAUAACCUUAUGUAUCCUACCUUCCCAACUUCUCACCUACAACAGUGAUCGCUUCCGUUCCCAGUAUCAACUCUUUUUUUUAAAUAUUUUGUAAUAUAUCCUUAAAAUAAAUUUGUUCUCAUAAUAUUAUAUAUAAUUAAUUGAUGAUUUGAAAUUGAAGCUAGGGUCACAUUAAAACCUACCGUGGGUAGCAAAUAAUACGCGAGCCGCGAGUUGGGCACCUCUGAUCUAAUCAAUACCUUUUGCAAUUAAUACAUCUAUAAUUUUAUUACAAUUCAUUCGAUAUGCUAAGUUAUAGUUGAAAAUUUUUCUUUUAGACUCUGAGCUUAUUAAGAAAUAUAUUGGUUUUACUAUUAAAUGUGCUGCUUUUUUUGUUGAAUUUGCCCCGUAAAUAAAUUGAGACUAUUUUACUGUAUUAUGUCUUUUCCCAUUACUUUUUGAUAUUUCUAGCGACUCGUUCUGAACCAAAUGCGCUCAAAAGUUAUUUUGUUGGCAUAUUGAAUUUAAAUAUAAAUUUAAUCAUGUCGUUAUGGGUGUUUUUUUAGCUUUAUAUAGACUCUCCCCAACGGCGUUUAUAUCCAGUAUGUGUUUUUUGGGUUUUAACUUUUAACUCCCACCCUUACCAUUAUUAUGGUUACCAAAUGGUUAUAAUGUUACCAUAUUUUUGUUAAUUAAUAUAAUUGUACUAUCUAUAGUGUAAUAUUAUAUUUGUUUUGUAAAGAAUAUUUUUAUUUUAAAAAUAUGGAGGGGGGAACUCGACUCUAGUGACGGAGCUCUGCUACUCAUGAAUGUUUUUUUCACUUUCUGUAAAUAAUUUUCUUGCAAAAAAUAUUGCUCCGAUGAUCGUCAUUAUUUUAUAUCGAUUUCCUAAAUCUUGUUAUUGAAAUCAUGCGAGUUCGGGUGAUUUCUCAAAUUCGUAUGGUCUAGUUCUGCAUAGUCAGAAGUACAAUGACUCUUUUAAUUAGUGCGUCAGUUCCCCCCUCCCCGAAAAUGUUUAAAUACGACCCUGUGACCCUGCCCGUUAGUGAAAAAAAACUUUUUUUAAUAAAAAGGUAGCUAAUAGUAUUCGAUAGUAAUUAUUAAUGAAAAGAAUCGGUGGAUAGUAUAUCUGUAUAUUAUUAUACUAUUAGGUAUGAUAAUAAUAUUUACAUUGGUAAAUUAUAUGUUUUGAUGGAAUUCGAUCGAACGUAGCAUUAUUGUAUAAUUAGGUAUUAUUAUGUGGCGAUACAUCGUCUUCAUCAAUCAUAAUAUUUGUAUUAUUAUUAUAACGAUGGAAAUGGCGGGUGAACUAAUGGCACGCGCGUAAACGGUGUGACCUUGCCGCACCCUAAAGCUUUAUUGAUUUUGUUGUUAUAGAGCAAAAGGAAAGCUGUGUAUAUACCUAUGUAUAUCUGUAUAAUAUUUAAGCCACCAUAUCUCGCUUAAAAUAAUAUAUUUUAAUAAAGGGACGACGUCGACAGUGGCGUACUCAGACCCCAAAGCCCUGGUGGGUAGAGAGUUUCAUCCUCCCCCCACCCCUAAUGCUCGUGUUCAAACGGCGGCGCCGAAGUGUUUUAAAAAUACUACGACAAUACAAACUAAACCAUUUUUUAUUUUUAUUUUGGUCUAGUAAACUUUUAUAUUACGCAUUAAACUCUGUUAUGUUAUGAUCAUCAUUCAUCAGUAUAUCAAAUGUUUUCUUACGGUAUUCAUAGUGCUACAAAAUAAUUGACAAACAUUAAACAUUGUACGAUUUAUUAUACAAUGAACAAGGUAAAAUAAUAAAUUAAAACGGUUAUAUUGUGAAAAUAAAAUCAUUAUGAUAUCUGAUAAUAUGCAGAUUAAAUCGUUUUAGUGUUGAAUUUGUAUUUUGAUUUAUAUCCAAUAUUUAUUUAUUUUUAUCUAUAUUUGGUGUACAUAUACAUUAAAUGUAUGUAUACUAUUUCACCUUGUAUAUUCAAUAAAGCUUGUAUUUUAAAGUGUAGGUAUAAUAUUUAUAUUUUUUUAUAGGUCAUUUCAAUUUGGUUUUAAAUUGUUCAGUUCAGCAGCUCCCAUCCUCUUUUUCCAAUCCUCUUAAAUACGUAGUUUCCACGAAGGGGAUAUGUUAAAAAUAAUUUGCUCCUCUAGGGGUGAUAAAGUUAAAACGGUUUAGAAAUACUGCAAUAUACGAAUACCGAACAUAAUAUUGUAUAUUUUAUUUAUGCAAAAUCAUAAUUUAUUAUUUGUUUCAGUUUCGUUUGAACUUGUCAAGAACUACAAAAUACGAAUAUAAUAAUCAUCACUCUGGGAUUAUACAACCAAUUUUGUUGUUGUUAUCACAUUAACAGGUAAGUAAAUUUGGACGAUAAAAUUAAAUAUUUGUGUAGACGUAAAUCGAUUUAUAAUGCAUUGCGUGCACGUCAUUUUAAGAUGCCACGCGCUCUUUGGUCGAGUAAACAUUUUAAAUUUCAAUAUUGCACGAAAUGUUAAUUAAUUUAUAGGGUGAAGUUCUCUAGGCUCUCUAGCGUAUAAUCAGUGAAUGAUGGCCACCGAACCUUUUAACAAUGGAUACCUACUGAUCACCAUUCGACACAUUGUGUAAUUUUCCUUCUAAACAUUAUUGUUAGCAUAGACUAAAUUCCAUUCUGCGGUUAUCAGUAAAUAAUAGGCUUGUUAACUAAUUAUAAUUAAAUAAAUUUGUUUAUAGUAUUAUAUUUAAUAAAACGUUAAAAUCGUUUAAAAAACAAAAAUUAAAAUAUUGACAAUCCCGAUUUGAUAAUAAAAUUCAAAUUUGAUUUAAUAAUACUGUUUGGACGAAAUUGUAUCAUUGCCAAUUCAUUGAUAACGGGAACCAAACGAAAAUGACAACACCGAUGGUCACUCUCUGAUUACAGUCUCUCUAUGUACGAGGCAUGUCCAGAAAGUAAGAAUACUAGAUUUUUCUAAUUUUUAAAAGAAUUGUAUUUAAAAAAAUAAAAAAAUGCAUAGUUUGUUUAUACAUGUAAACUAUUUUUUCAUGUAGUCACCUUCUCGGUUUUUAUAGGUACUGAACCGUGAUAAAAGUUUUGUGAUGCCUUUCUUAAAGAACUCUCCUGCCAUCUCCUUAUUUCAGUUCAGGACCUCUUGUUUCAUUUCCUCGUCUGUUAAAAAUUAUUUUACACCCAUAUGUGUCUUUAAGGAGGUGAAAAGAUGAAUGUUUGAAGGUGCCAAGUCAGGGAGUAUGCUAGAUGGUCAAAAGGUCUCAACCGAAUGAGUCCUAAAGUGCAUCAACUCAUCAGUCAUAAUUGAAGGUCUUCCAUUCCUCUAAUCGUCAUGAAUAUUCGUUCUGCCUUAAUUAAACUCACGAUACUACUUAAACACGUUCGUUCGGUUCAUAACACCAUCGCUAUAAACAUUUUUGGUCUUUUAACAAAUUUCAGUACCUAGGUGUUUUUUUUCCGCGAUAAAAAACCAGAUUACAGCACACACUUCACACUUGGCGAGAUUUUGAAUAGUUAUAUUUCACAGAAACGUUUACUAUAAAAUCAAUUUUUGUACUAUCAAGUUUCGUCAGUGCUUGUAGUGUCUAGGAGAACUUCUACUACUGUUUAGGGUGACCAACUCUGAAAACAAAAAUGUCCACAUACUUAGAGGACAACAGAACUCUUAUUUUCUAGACAUGCCUCGUAUAUGUGUAUACCUACAAUAUAAAUUAAUUUACCAUGUUUUAAUAUAAUAUUCAUAUAAUAUCUGAUAAUAGACAUUACAAACCUAGUUUAAUACAUAUUUGUAUUAUUGGUGUGAUAUAAAUAUUGGUACAAUUUUAUUCUUUCAAAAAGUUCGAAUAGUUCAUAUUUUCGUUUUCUUUAUAAACGGUUGUUCUAAGGAAAAUCUUCUAAUAUAUUAUUUAUCUCGUUUAAUAUAGUGUAUGCGUAAAAUAUGAUGCCUGUUUUGUGAUUACAAAAACUCGCACGUAAUACUAAUACUUCUUAUAUAGAUAAGUAUAUAUACCUAAUGCAUAAUACAAAAAACAUAUUAUCUAAAUCGAAACUUUUCACUUUCCACAGAUGACGCGUAUACGUAGCUCUAAUAAUGAGUUUAUGAUGAGUUUCCUAUAUAUAAUAUAAUAAUACAUACACGCGAAAAUAUUUUCCAAACGAUUUUAUAAUCUCGCGUUUUUAAUGGCGGGAAUUAGUGUGGUUCACAGUAUGACUUUUGAAUUUUAUUAAGAAUAUUAUGUAGUAAAAUAUUAUCACAGAACGAUUUUCGGUUUAAAAUAUCAAAAAUCGAUUAAAAUUAAAUACAAUUACGAUUUUGAUAUUACUCUAAACAUAUAGAUUAUCGUAUAGCAAUAGAGAUACGACAUAAUGAUUUAAUUAUUAAUAUAAUUUGAAUUUUGAGUGGAAUGAAAUGUGUUUAAAUUUGCAUUCUUGCCGUCUCGGUUUUAUAUUAUAUUAUGGUCUUUUCUAUAGAUAUUUUGCCAAAUACAUGACAAAGCAGACCAGUGACAUUCAAAAUUAAUAAUAUUUAAAUUAAAUUCUUUACUAAAUUAUUUGCGAUCAUAACGUAACGAUGUUUAAUAAUCUUUUUGCAAAAAAAAAAAAAUAAAAAAUACAUAUAGCUGUUUUAAAUAUUUUUUAUAUCUACUAAAUAUGUUCAGGUAACGAUUUUGAUUUUUUUUUUUGAACGGAGUGGAGCGAGGAAUGUAUUGGUUUUACAAUGUUUUUUGUUUUUUUUUUUCUGUGGUCAUUGUCAAUGUGAUUAACAAGCACUUUUUCUGAAAGGAAAUCUGACUGGGGUGGUACUUACGGGCGGUUAUUUUUUGAUUUUUCCAGAAAUUUUCCUAAUAAAUGAGAAAAACUGGGGAAAAACGUAGAAAAACGGGAAAAUAGGUUCAAUAUUAAACACAUAUUAUUAAAUAAAAUAUAUAAUGCAUAUGUAAUUAUUUUACCAUAAUAUGACUUAUAUAUUGUUGAUAAAGCAAUACUAUCAGCCAAACCCUGCUGAGAAUCGUUAUUCGUUAGCAAUGGUUAAUCGUCGCGUACAGAUACACGUACAUUAAAUUUUCCCUCUACUACCUACCCAACAUUUCAUCUAUAACAGUGGUUGCGCCCGUCCCCAUAAUCCUAGGACAUCUUUUUUUUAUUCUGUAACUAUAGUAAUAAAUUGUAUAACGUUUUUAUUAGUUAUAGUUUACUAUGUUCUGAAAAUAAGUCAUUGUGAACAAAAAAAACCGAUUCUAUUUUGGACCCUCAGAAUUCAGAUAAGCAUUCUUUCGUUACGAAAUCGAACAUUUAAUUAAUAUUUAUCUACGGGAAAUGUACAAUAUUUUUUUAUAAUUAAUGCUUGUCAAAAUUUAAACUUACAACCACUACUGAAAAUAAUUAUUAUGAUAAAAAUCGCUUUUAUCAAGUUUUCAAGUUAUUAAUUUUAAAUAUUUUUAAAGCGAUAUUUACCUACAAGUACCGUUAAAAUGCGAGUUUAAAAGGCUUAUAUAAAAAAAAAUCGUAACAUUACGAUCAAGUCUUUUUUGUAAAUUUUUUACUUAGUAUCAAAUUUUCGAUUUUUUUUUACUUGGAUGUAGUUUUUUGGAUGUCAUUACGUAACUUAGUUAAUAUUCAAUUCGUAUUUAAUUUUUUUAUUUUUUGCAACAAUACUAGUUAUAUUUCAACAAAAUGUAUUUAACAAUAGUUGGCCUGGCGCGUGUGGUGGGAAUUGACUUUAUAAAAUGUUCGCAGCCUCUUAUAAGAAACUGAAACGGCGUCUCUGGGCCUACCCACAGUGCGAAGUAUGUCCGGUAUUCAAUCAUACACGACUUUAAGAAUACAUAACGAUAUUAUGAUUAAUUAAGGUAGUUCAAAAAGAAAUACGCUCAUUUUUAUAUACCUAUACUCGUAACAUCAUCUUAACCGCAGUUAUUUUAUUCGAAUAUAUGUACUAUAUUAUAAUGAAGUACACACGUAUGACAUUAAUUAAUAUAUCGGAUUAACCACUGCAAAUUACGUAUCCGCGCAAACCUAAUAUUUAUAAUUUACGGCGUGUUUACACGAAGACAACCCGUUAUAUUUAUAUCACACACAGGCAUAUAAUAGACCGAAACGUCGUGUAUAAAAAUAUUCUAAGCGCUUGAAUGUUAUUAUAAAUUAUAAUACGUGUGUAAACGUAUAGUGGUGCGAGUACAACUCAUUUACAUAAAUUCGCCAUAAUAAUAUUAUAUACCCCGUGUAACCGUAAAAUAUACGAAAUGGAACAAAAACAAAAAAAGAAAUAAAACAAAAGAACGCAUUGUUUGUAAACACGCGUUUUUAAAUUUUUUUUUUUAAAAAAAAAAAAAACUAUUUUGCGGAAUUAUUAACAUUCGCGUGCGGAAAUUAAGUUAAUAAAAUAUAAUAUAAUAAUACGUACGCGUUCUAUAAUGUGCUCGCAUUAUAUACGAUAGUAUAUUAUACGUGUCGUGUAUACGUCUCAUUUUGACGGAUUACAAUAUUUUUUGAUAUUACGAGUGUCUUUCGGGUGUAAAUAUUAACCGCGAUUGUACCAUAUUGUACAUGGGUGAGUGAGUAGGGGGAGAGACCGUUGUAUACAAGUGAACUAUUGGCGAAUUAAUUCGAUUGAUUUUUCCGUUGAGAUACCUAUAAAACAAUAGUAAUAAUUGCGUUCUAAUCAAAUUUUACCGAAACUCUACCUACUUCAAUGUUUAAUCGAUUUCGGUUUUCUUUUCGGUCUAAAAACAAGUUUCCAAAGCUGUAUACUUGCUCUGAUAAAAAUAUUCGCGUGACAUUCCUUCGUAUAGCAUAUUGGAUCUAUAGAAUAAAAUAUACAUAGUAUUGACCAUCAUGAAGUUGGUCCCCCCACUUUAUCGAAUUGAAUUCAAAACACCAUCAAAUAAUUACAAAUCGAGUUUCACUAAUUGUAAAUCUUUUUUUAUAUUUUUUUACGAAUUUUUCAAUUUUUUGAACGAACGUGAAUUGAGUCAAAAUGUUCGCACAUGCGCAUAUACAUUUUCAUUCUCUCUUCUAGCUUUAAUUGGUAAUUAUUUUACGUUCUUACAAAUUAAAAAAAAAAAAUUAAUUCUUUUAUUCUAAUUGAUUUUUUUCCAUUAAAGAAGUUAAAUAUAAAUAAAUUACUUACUAUGCAAAUUAAACUUAAUAUUAAUAAAAGUUAUUUUUUUUUUCUAUAACAUAUAAUUAGUUAGUAGUAUGAUUAUGAAAUAUAUAAAUAUAUUAUAUUUAUUGUUCAAACAUUUUCAAUUUUAUUUAUUUGAAAUUAAAUGUGAAAUAUAUUUGAUAUUAUUCCUCUUGAAUAUAUAUAAGAAGGUGUGGAUUUACUUAUGUUGGUUCUUGUGAUACAGAAAUACAGAAUUAUUAUUGUUGUGUAGAAUCAAGUAUAAAUUAGAAUUAUUUUAAGCGAUAUAAGGCAUUUAUAAUUUAUUGUUUGCAUUAUAUUAAUCGAUACAAACUGAAAUGUCCAGUUAUCGACGUUGAACAUUUGCAUAAAAAUUGAAUCGAAAUAAUUUUAAAAUGUUAUUGAUAAAAAAUAAUACCUAACCUAUUAUUAAAGACGAUCCGAUUUAGCGUGAACGUCUGGGAAACAACCUCCACCCACUCCCCGACCAACAAGACGACGCUGUACAAUACAUCGAUAAACCAGGGCUACAUUAUUAUAGACCGAAAUUAUAUGCAUGGAAAAGUAGCUAAAUGAUAACCUAUGAUGCAAAUAUAAUGUGUAAUGAAAAUUACGAAAUAUGCAACAAUAAUAUAUGUAUAAAAACAUUCAAAAUACGCAGUAGGUAAAGGUUUUAAAAAAUUUAUAUGCACUAAAUUAAUUGGCAUUCAUAAAAAGAUUAGUAAAGCAGGUCUAUCAAAAAGUCCAUCAUAAACCAUAGUACAUAAUACUUAUAUAAUUAUUUAGUUUAUUUGAUAGCAAUUUGAUAUUAGAAAUAUUAUUUUCGAUUACAAAUAAUUUGUUGAUGAUAAUCAUAACUUUUAAAUUAAUAAAUUGACGGUCAACAUAUUAAUUCUCGUCUUAAGGGUAAAAAAUAAUGAAAAAAGAGGAAAUACUUAAUUUAUUUGUUAAGAGUAUAUAAAUAUACCUUAAUCAAUAAUUUCAAAUAUGGCAUUGAUAUGCAAAAUACAAUUUGUUCCGUGAAUUUUAUAGCUACAGGCUCUAGCCACAGAGAAUACAACAUAUUUAUACAAGUAGAGAGAAUGAAAAUGUAUAUGCACAUGCGUGAAUUGAUCAUAUUUUGAUCGUGCUUAAUCCACGUUCGUUCAAAAAAUUGAAAAAUUUGUAAAAAAUAUAAAAAAGAUUCACAAUCAGUGAAACUCGAUUUGGUAUUAUUUGGUGGUAUUUUGAAGUCAAGACAGACAAAGUGAGGGGGGGGGGCAACUUCAUGAUGGUAUAGUAUUGGUACAUUUUGAAUCCGGGGUUUUGAAGUUCCUCGGACUUUUCCUAAAUAAUAAUGCGUCGAAAUCAGGGGGAAAAAUUUAUGAAAACUAGAAUAUUCACGAAAUCCCACCGGUUUUUAUUUUUCUAAAUUCAACAGGAGGUUCAUUAUGAGUUGUAUUCUACGGUAAAAAAAUAGUUGAGCGUUAUCAAUAUUUUUUUAAAUGCGUCUUAAGUUCAAAUUUGUAUGAAAAUCAUAACAUUUCAAUGAAACACAACCGAGCUUGGAGUCGUUUUUUGUUUUAUCGUUGCAUACAGAUACUAAUUGAAUAACUAAUUGAAUUGAAUAAUAUGUGUAUCCAUCCUUCCCAGCUUCUCACUUACAACAGUGGUACACCCACCAGCAGACCAUCAGCUUUUAUUUGUGUUUGCUUAGUGAAAAAUAAAAAGAUUCGAAGUUAUCACCGAUGAAUUUCCGUUGAUUUUGACGAAACUCGUAAACGCCGAUAUUUCGUGUACAUUAUUAUUUUUCAUUUAUGCGAAUUCAACUUUUAUUAUGGUUCGGUGAAAAAAAUUUCGAUAUGGGUUCGCGAUUUUCGCGGAUUUUCCCGAAGUUUUACGUUUUCUGAAAUUAUUGCGCGAUUUAUGUGAAUUAUUUUAUGCACUUACAAUGUCCAUAAUAUAUUAUUACAGAGAUAGAUACGAGUAGAGUACUAUAACAUAAGUCCAAUAAUUCCGUACUCAAAACGCAGUAUAGCGACUAUUUUAUUAUUCGGUGGUUUUUCAAACGAAUCUGACCGAAACUAAUUGUCGGCGGUAUGUUGUUAUUAUUGGGUAUACAAUAUUAUAUUAUGUUGUUGUGUUAUCCAAAAGGCGAACACAAACUGUAUAGUACUAUAUAAUAGUGGGUAAUAGAAAUUAGGAUGAUGAAAUAUCGUACUUACGUUCCUCGUGCGCUCGCAGUGUUAUAAAUUUAUAGCGAAACCGUAUAUGCUGAUCUUUGUCAGCGUCGUGUUUUCUAUGUUGCAGCGUACUAUAAUACGAGUAUAACACAUCACCCAGACUACGAUCAUAAUAUUUUAUACCAUAUACCCGGUCUAUGGAUACCUAUCUACCAUGCAGUGUGUCCGACGUCCGUGACACGAUUCGGGAGAGUACAUCGCCCCGCCGCCGCCGUCGCCGAAGAAUUAUCACAUUAUAUUAUUAUUAUUAUUGCUCGUUAUUACUCUAUACUCGAACUAAAUAACAAUAUUGUAUUGCGCGUUAUAUUUCGUACUUUGGGGAAAACUAAACGACGACGUGUAUACAGGGUGUUUUUUGUUUUUAGUAAUUUUAUUUAAUUAAAUGUUACCUAUUAGGUAUCUUGUCUUUCAAAAUUCAACUAAACGAUGGAUCUGUUGGGUACCAACCUUUUUGAAUCGCUCUGGAUUAUAUGGAACAUAACCGUAUAUAUGAUUGAAAUAUAUUAUCAAGUAUAUAAUAGGCACCCUUAUCUCUAGAAUUUAAGGGAAAUAACAGCAAAUGAGGCUUAUAAGAACUGAUAAGAAUUACCAAUCGGGUAAACCGGUAAAACUGAACGCCGGAUCCGAUGGAAAUUUAGUUGGCAACGUUGAAUUUUGGAAAAAGACCUGAUAAUAAAAUAUAAUUAGACUGUUAAGUUUUAGAAUAAAUUACAACAUUUUGAUUGAGCAUGGCUGCACUUCGGAAGACAACUAUACCUUAUUUAUUAUUUAAUCGUAUGGUUUUUGAUGUACCUACAUAUAAAGUGUAUUUGACAUUUCACACAUAUUCUGUACACCGCGAUAAUAACAGUCUCGGAUCGACUCUAAGCUUUAACGAUUAUUCCAAUAACGAUUGAAAAAUCCCACGGAAAUGAAAUGUACUUGAUAUCAACCGGAACGAUCGAGCUGGAUUGUGACUAAAAAAAAUCACCCUGUAUAGCAACGAAUAAAAUUUAAAAAAAAAAAAUGACUGGCGUAUAAUAAUUAUUAUCGGCCGUCGUACUCGUACCUAUUAUAUUAUAACGUCCCGGUCAUUACUAUAAUAUACGAAUAUUUAGAACAAUGCUCGCAAAACCGACUGUGGUGUCGUUCCGGUGCAUUGGACUUAUUGUUGUUGAAAUAAUAAUAAUAAUAAUAAUAUAAUAUACAAAAUAUAUAUGCAAAACACGGCUUCAGGGUGGGAGAUAGCGAACCCGCGUGAUGAAAGCGCCGAAAUGAAUGAACCGUUGGAGAUUUAUCGGAAGAGAUUAAUAUUUUUCGACGGAAAUCCGAUGUAUAGGCAAACAAGAGUAUAUUAUUCGCAAUAAUAUAUGGGUAUACUUUUUUCAUCAAGUGAAUAUCCACUUGACGAAGCUAAAGAUUUCACUAAAUACAUAGACGCAGCUUAUAAUAAUGAGUAUAUAUUAUGUAUUUAUAAUUUAUAUAUAUUUAAAAAAUUCUUCUAUUGUUGUCUGCCGCUAAAUACAGAAAAAAAAACUAUGAAUAUUUUAUUAUUCAUUCAAUAUUUGAUCAAAGUACCUAUCAAACGACAACAAAUCGUUACGCGUUAAAAACAAAACAAAAUGCCGAAUACUAUACGUAUAUAUUACUAUACGAUAAGCGCGUGUACCAUUAAAACCAUUUUUAAAAGUUACUUUGUUGUCAAUAUUGCGCAAGAAUGUGUGAAAAAGUCAAUGUUGAGCAACUAUAAAUAAUUUUUUUUUAACUAGUUUAAGUUAAAUUAUUUCAAAAACAACUAUAACUAAGCCAAGUUAAAGUUAAUUUUGAUAUACACAAGUAAAUCAGUAAAUUUAAGUUACACAUUUUCAAGAAAAAUGAUUACAUAGUUAAGUUAAAAGUUACUUUUUUUAAAUUACCCUUUGUAUGCACUAUGAAAGUAUUUGUACUCUAUAAUAUUUAGUAUUUUAUAGACUUCCUCUACCAAACUUUUGUGGGUAUCGCUGCAUCGGUCGCGCACUGGUCUUGUGAUGUGAUAAGAUAUUCACGUAAAAAAUUCGUCAUUUUCGUCGAAAAAUAAUUUUAAAAAACAUAGGCACACAGUUAUUUUUACAAAAGAAAUCAUAAAUAACUUAAAUUUUAACAAAAUAACUUAGUUCAGUUAUAAUUAUUUAUCAAAAGAAAUAACUAAGUUACUUUUCAACAUUUUAUUUUAUUUUUAACUAGUUAAGUUGAAAGUUAUAAACAUAAGUAACUUUAAACCUUCAACCUAUAAUUAAUGCCCAAAUUUGGAAAGAGUAGGUACGUCGUAAAUAAUAUUCUUACACGUUUGUUAUGUUUUUCGUGACAGCGUUUGGUUAUUUUAAAAUCCGAAAAUCUUCUCUUCUUCUCUGUUCAAAUGUGAGACUGCAAGAGUUUUAACUAGUCACUGUACAGCUUUCCUACAAACUAUUUCAGUGUCAGCAGAUUCUCUCCUCCCGCGCAAUCUAAUUAAUCGCAUAAAUUCCAAUGUUAAAUCUAAACCGUGUUCCGUAUUCCAUCAUAUUAAUAUUAUCUACUUCUAUCUUUGAUGCUUUCUUAUACGGUUCUAUUCCUAUUCAUCACCAGGACCAUUAUUGAAGCCGCGACCUCCAAAAAGUUUAACUCGUUAUUAACUCAUUAAUUUAUAUAAAACGACUACCUGCCCUAAAAUUCUAGGUGAUUAAAUUUUAAUACAUACGGGUUGAUUCAUUUAUCAAGAACUAGCGAUUUUAUAGGAGGCUUAUAAUUGCAUUUUAUUUUUGUUAAUCAAUCAUUAUAAUGUAACCGUUUAAACACUAUUUUAACAUUUUAUUGCCAUAUUUUACCCCGACUCCAUAUAACUUAAAGUAAAUUAUUAUACAUUUUUGAUUUUCAAAUAGAAUCUCCUCUCUUUUAACUGCAGGUUCGAAUAGAGAAUAUUUUUUUAAAAAUUUGAUAUGCAUAACAUUAAUAGUUAUUUGAUUCACCGUUUGAGUUAUAAGAGUUUAAAAUUUAAACCGGAGGAGUAGAGGAGAAAGGGUGGUUCAUUUAUCAGUUAAAAAUGAAUAUUGAAAAAAAAAUUAAAUACACUUUGAAAAAAUUGCUGGUUCAUAAUAAAUGGUAAAAUAGAUAAUCCUGUGUAUCAAAAUAUGGGUUUGUAUACAUUUUUUGCCCUUAAAAUACGGCCGUGGUUAUUUAAAACAAUGUAAAAAUACUUAUUUAUCCGCAAUAUUCUUAAUUUAGAUUUAAUUUAAUUUAUUUUCAAUAUUUAUCAAUCGAUAAAAAUGCGCCAUAUUAUACAAAAUAUAGGACACUAAAGUUAAAAUUGUGAAAUUACUAUAUAUGGACUCGUUACUAAUAAUUGAUUAACAAUUGACUUCAUUUAGUCUCGAAUUCUCGAUAUUAGUUGAUUGUAGUUUUGCAUGCUUUCUAUUAGAUUAACUAGGAUUGAUUUAUUUUUAUAUUGUGUAUCGUUUUUCUUAUACAAAUUUACGUUGCAGUAUUUAAAAAUUUGUUAUCAUCCUAUUUCGAUAGUACCUAUUUAAUAAUCAUAGAUUUCGGAUGUUGUAGGCGUUUGCUUUUCCCCCUAUUGAUUCACUGUAUGAAGUAACACGUCAGCAUAAAUUUGUUCCGUCCAACGAAGUUUUUAUUUUGCUUAUUUUUCAACUUUGUAUUAUUUUAAUGCUUUGUGGACGAUUUUUUCUUUUCCUCCCCUCUCGUUUUUAAUAUUUUGUUUUAUAAAUAUUGCAUAUUAUUGCGUAUAUUUGAAAUAUUGAAUAAGUUAAUAAGCUAAUAUUUGUUUAGAUUCUGAGCACAGUGAGUGAACAACGUCUACUAGAAAGCCUACUACAAUGAAAAAGUUUAUAAUAAUUUUAUUAAGUAUUUUUGAUUUGGUCCUUACAUUAAUGAGGUAAUUUUUUGAUUAUCUUUGUAGUUUUCUUAACAAAUGAGAAAAACUAGCAAUUUUUAUAUAGGUAUAAUUUGUAUUGAUUUCUAGUUAGCAAAAAAGGAAAAAAUAUGACUAAUUAUUUUCUGCUCAGAAUCGUUUUUCGUUAGCACUGGUUUAUCGUUGAGUACAAGUAUAAAUCAAGUUUCUUUAAUGUAUAUUUUUUAUCACCUUCCUCGCGAUUUUUCACCUUAAACAGUGAUACACACUCAUUAGCAGUAUCGGCUUUUUUUGUUUUAUGUUAUCAGAAAAUAUUAAUUGUUGUAUAGUAUUACAGGUAUACAAUUUAAAAAAAAUAAUCGAUCGUUUUGUGUCAACCGUUCUGUAAAUAAUUAUUGAUUGGUUUUUUUUUUUAGGAUUUUCACUUUUUGUUUCUUUUUUUUGUUUUAUUUCGAGUGAUUUAUAAAACUAUAUAGAUCCAAACUGCUGUGACAAAUUUUCUGUAGACGAUUUUCUAUUUUUUUUUUUAAUCUUAUUUCAGUUAUAGAGUGCAUUAUUGUUUUCGAAGUUGCACUGUGUAAUGUUGAUAAAUACUAUAUCGUCAUGACGAAAAACAAAUUAUAACAGUUUAUGUUUUAAAAACAUGUUUAUGUACAUUAUUAUUCUUUUUUAAAAUUUAAAUUUAAAUAUAUUAUACGGAAAUAGAAUAAAUAAUAUGCUUUGUGUGUGCAGUGACGUGUUUUACAGAUCAAUUCACUUUGUAAAAAAAUCUGUUACAUAAGAACAAUAUAGUAUUAUAGUUUAACUUUUAUUGAAUACUCGAGUAGGUACGUAAGUUUUAAAUCGAAACGAGAUGUGGGUCAUUGUAGUUUUUCGGCCGUUAAACAAAGUAUGAUAUUAGAAAUCGAUUGUUGUGUUGUAUUAUAUUAUUUAAGUCUUGCAAUGGGUUCUAUAUUCAUUCGUUUGAAAUAAUAUUGUACACCCGGGAGGUUGUUGCGUGGAAACAAAAGCGAGUUUUAGGUCUUUGUAUUAUAGUAUUGUACGGAUCAAAUAGUCCCGCGGGUAAAAAGGGGUUUCAGUAAAAAUUUCGCGUUGAGCUUAAAUAUACCUAAACCAAUGGGUUGAUUAUAUAUUUUUUUAAAUCUAUUUCGUGUUUACCGAAGAAACUAUAAUAUUAAAAAUCCGGACGUACUUCACACCAUGUAUAUUAGGUCACUGUAGUAAUAGGAAAGUUAGAAAUGUAUAGGGUAAUUUAAUUUAUAUAUUACAAGCAACGAUGAAUCAUUUUAAUCAAAAAAUGAGUAUUUAAGAAGUGUAGUAUCAGAGUCGUGUUUUAUUCCGCUUGUAUGGCUAAAGGUAACCCAUCAGAAAUCAAUAAAAAUACAAUACAUGUAUCGACAUUUGUUGUCUGUUUUUUAAAAUUUUAUAAAAAAUCUAUUGCCAAUCUAGAUAUUUUUUUUCGAAUAAAAUACAAUCUGAUAAAAAAAUCAUCAUCUUUCAAGGUGUGGUAUAGAAAUAUCAGAACAUUUGUAUUAACCCGAAAUGUGUUUUCAGGACAAACCCACACAUUUUAGUUAAGCUAAUUGCUUUUUCGCUUCACUCUGCAGAAUUCUAAAGUAAUCCGUAUAUAGAAUUUUAUACGUUUUACUGAUAAUAUUGUAUUCGUUUUAUUUGGGAUUUUCAAAAGGCAUUUUUAUAAAGUACAUAUAUUGUUUUUGUGUUUAUCAUUUGUAAAAUAUCAAUAUUGAAUUAUCAUUAAUACUUAUACUUAUAGUUUUCAGCUCACAAUGAAAUUAAACAACAGAGUCGUUAUACGUAUUUUUUUUAAUUAUAACGAGGAAGCUAUAUUAAUUAUGGUUUUUUUCUUGAAAUUACUUUUUUGGUUAGUAAAAAUAUUCCAAAUCAUUCACAUCGUAAGUACCUUAAUAGAUGAUGCGGAUUUGUUGACUACGGUAAUACUUUACUUGGACAAAUGUCUAUGUACCCAGUAGUUUUUCUAAACAAUUUAAAAAACUGACAACAAAUGUCCAGCUUUUUCAUAAUUAAACACUUACUUGUAAUUGUAUAGUGUCAUUGUCACUAUUCAGUGAUUUGUUUCUACAUAGACAUGCUUGGUUUAUCAAAUUCACUCAUGGCGUCUUCGUCCGAAAUUAUUGUAGCAGUGGUAUUUGAUCGUCUGCACACCCGCCAACAUCAUCUAAAAAAAUAACAGCUAUGAAAAUUAUAUUGACUUAUACCGUUUUUACUGGCGGUUUACAUUUUUUCAUGGUAUAACACCGCACUAUCUGUUUUCUUUUUUAUUACGUGUUUCGCGAAUAACGAAAAAAAAAUAGUAGUUGUAUACUCGUUUAUAUUUUAUGGUUUAAUUUCAUUAGAUAGGUUUAUAAUGAACAUAAUAUGGAUGCAUAUUUUUAUUGGUACUUAGUACUUUGUAUUUUUACUCUCUUCAUAUGUGAUUUUAGGUUUCUAAACAUAUUAAGUUUAGAACACCUUAUAUGCUCGUUGUGUCCAUCCGUUCAUCCGUCCGUAUAGUUACGGUUGUUGAUUUGGUUAACAAGGCGAUAGACAUUCGUAAUAUUAUUUUAUUAUUAUUAUAUAAUGCGGUUUUACAAUAGUGAUUAAUUUAAGCGCAACAAGAAGAGUGACAAACAACCGGUUUCUGUAGUUAGUCCGGUACAUUAUAAUAUUAAAAUAUGAGUAUUUGAUAUGAAUACUAGUCAAUAUUAAAAAGAGCUGAUACUAGGAAUGGGAGCAGCCACUGUUGUAGGUGAGAAGUUGAGAAGGUAGGAAAUAUAAUGUUAUUUCAUUUAUAUCUGUAAGCAACGAUAAACCAUUGCUUGACGAAAAACGAUUCCGAGCGCAUUUCGGUAAUACAUCAUUUUUGGGAUUUUCAUUUAAAUUUGAUUUUAAAACGCUCAUUAAAAAAAAAAAAGUCACCCGAUGAUUUUAAAAAUUUACCACGUUUAAAUAAGUCCAAUAUAAAUAUUAUAUUACCAAGUUUCAAGUCUCUAUGUGUAUAUAUAACCGAAUCACAGCAAAAAAAACUACCAAAAAUUAAAAUUCUUUAAAAGCUAAAAAAUCUUGGCGAUGAUACUGUUAGAAAGUAAAUCAAAAAGGCAACAAAAGCGGAAUUUUGUGAUUUUUCGAUUAAAUCAUUUCUUCUGGUAGAAAACGUCGUCCGUGUUUUUAUAAAAUAAUAAAAUCAUGAAAUACUACGUUUUCCUACGUUUUUUUCCUCUUAAUUAUUUUUAUUUAAAAAGUGGUGUAGAAAAUCAAAAAAUGACCAUUCUAAAGUACUAUUUAGACAACUUGAGCUUUAGAAAAGUUGCUACACGUAAAAUUCGGAGCAAGUUUACAAGAAAAAAACGUAUCCACAGACUAGAAAAAAAAAAAUAAACACUUUAGUAAACCAAUAGCUCCUUCGUAACGCUCUAAAUCUAAAAUUAGAGACCAAAAUAUAAUUACUUUAUGUAUUUUUAAAAUAUCCUUUCAAUAAUUUAUAAAAUGUAUUAAGAGUACAUCAUAAUAAUAUUUGCCGUCUUUCAUAUACAAUUUCUUCCGGAUUAACGCAAAGGCGAUGAUCGCCUACUUGUAGGCGCGUGUUUAGUGCUAGGUAAGACCAGGGUUUUUUUCCUCUCGAAAAUCAAGCGUAUUAAAUGUUUUAAAUAAUAUAGUAAUAUUUCGAAUCACUUAUGAGAUAAUUUUACACCUAAAUAGUUCCAUGAGUUGGUUGUGCUACCUAUAAUAUCACUUGGAUGACUUUACUUAAUGGGCUAUUAAAAAAUGUGAUUAGGGUUAUACUCGAGCCUAAUUAUUCGGCCCUGGACAGUGUUAAACUGUUAAAAUGUCAAACGAAUGAAUAACGAAUACUGUAUACUGACGAACCGACAAUUUCUACACUGUUGAUGUAUAACCCGGGCGAUAUAAUAAUAUGAGGAUGACAUUGGUUUAUUUUCUUACCGCCACCGCCGUUACAUAUUAUAUAAAAAAAAAAAAAUAAUAAUAAUAAUAAUAAAAAAAAUUAUUCGGUUAGACUAUACCAUUCAUAUUUACGAGUAAAUACUAUAUAUAUAAUAUUAUAUUAUUCGAUCACCAGCAGCUCGUUUUCUCAUCGCGUCUUACUAUUAUUAUACUCGGAGAUACCAUUUUUCUUAACGAGUGUGCACCGCAACAACAAACGACGGCGAUGACUGAGGCGAGUUGUCGGUCCAUCAGUAUAGUAGCAUCAGGAAGGAAAAGACGCGCGCGCGUGUGGUCUACAAAAUCUGUAUGCCUCCUCCUCUCCCACAUACAACAUCACGCAACAAUAACAACAAUAUAAUAUAAUACAGGAUAUGGAUAUUAUACAAUACUAUAUCGACCACACAUUUCGGAAUCGAAUUAAAAUAAUAUUAUCGUUACUUUUUCGGGGUUUAAUUUUUUAAUUUUUUUUUAAAUAUUAUCAUCCAAUCCUCUCUCUCUUGGUGCUCUCGUAACAUUUUUUUAAAACGGUUAUACUUACUGUACACGAAUUCAAAACAGAACGAUCAUAAUAUUGUUAUGUACCUACCUACUUCUUAUACCAUUUCGACGUUUUUUCUAUAUUUUAUCUUUCCCACACUACAUAUAACCUUAAAUAGUUAUUGGGGAAAACUGCGAUUUUCCCGUUACGAAUCCAAUAGAUUUCCAUUGUGUAUUGAAAAUUCGAGGUGUAUUUUUUUUUUAAAUUUCAGACCAAAAAUAAAAUCAAAGUUUGUAGUUAGGUAGUUAGUAGAGGGUGAGAACACAACAGAAAAUACAUAAAGAAGAGCAAACAAAACUAUUUUAUUUGUUGAACUCUUUUAGAAUAUUAUUAGUAGUAUAAUAAAUUGUUUGUGUUAUUUAGAUUGCUAUAUUUAUGAACGUGGGAAUUUAGUUUUUUAUUCUUCGAACCAUUUUGGGAACAAUAUAAGUUAGGUCGAUUCGCCACCGCAAUGAUAUCUUUUUAUUUACGAAAACAAUUUUUAGAUUAUGAGUGAAUUGAGGUUAUUGAUUUUACUAUGAUAAGUGUUUUUUUUUUGUCUGUAAAUAAAAUGUCUACCUGGAAUCUUGCUUUGACAAUCAUUAUUAAGAGUAUGGUUUCUUGAAGAAAAUGUUGUCUAGUCAGUGCAAAGGAGAGUACAAUUUUUAAUUUCCUUUGUAGUUUUCUUAAUAAUUGAGGAAAAACAAGAAAACUAACGCAAUGACGUGAUAAAAAAAAAAAAAAGUCGACCGUAAUAUAAUUUUUUUUUAAUAAAAUUUAAAGUUCAAAUUUUAAUGAUUAUCGUACAAUCAGGGAAUUUUGUAUGACUCAUAUACUAUAUACUUUUAUUUAAGUUAAUUAAGUUUAAGGUAAUACAAAUUUUGAUUUUAAUGGAUAGUUCGGAUAAUAUACGUAAGCAAUUGAUGGGCCCGUACGCGUGCGUCCUGAUAACAGUGAUAAUCAAUUAAUACAUUCGUAUUCGGCUGUAAUGUUUGACUAUUUUUAUACUGUUACUAUUUUAUGUUUAAUUUUUAUAUGUUUAAAUCCAGACAGUCUUUAAAGGCGGUUUUAUGUGACCCAAUAGACACUCGGUAGAGUUCAUUGUACAUCCAGUUGAGAAGAUUUUGCUGACUGAGUGUCGACUGAAAAAUAAAUGGUAAAUUAUUGAAUUAGUCGAUUUUGAAUAGCGAAAAAUUAGAUUUUACGUGUGGGAAAAACACUCUCGCUAGUGAUUUUAAGGGUGAUUGGGAGUGUAAAAAAUGUAAAAAAGUUAAGAGAAAAAGUUUGGUCUAUGUGCUCGCGAUGCUUUUAUAUUACAGUGGGGGGAGGUGGUGGAUUUGCAGGGUCCGAUAUUUAGCAGAAAAAUAGCCCGCUAAAACCGUUUGAAAAUGGCCGGUGUUUUUGUGUAUUACAGACACGUAGCAGUUUAAACCUCAGCAGAAAAUCAUCGGCGAGACUAUAGUAUUACGUUCUGUUAAUUAAAUGACAAUAAUUAUACGCGGUUCCGGUCGCACAGCUUAGUUUAUAAUAUCGACAGGGGUCUCAUCGUUUUGUGCGAUAAUAUUAUUAUAAUUUAUUUGGUAUGUUUAUUGUAUCAUUAUUAUUAUUAUUAUUGUCUGUCCGUUAAGUAUAUUUCGCUGUUCGAGUAUAACGUAACGGUUCUCGUCAAACGAUCGGAGGCGUUUCGACCGUGAACGAGACGCGGUCGCGGGUGUAACCGAAUCCACCGCCGCCGACGGUAACGUAUUUAUAUUAGUAUUGCGAUCGCAGUAACGUUCUUUUUAUUUUUCCGCCACAUUAUCGAGGCCACUGAGCGUAGACUGAUUUUUUUUUUUUGCUACCCAAUUUUCAUCGUAAAAUUCUAAAAGUUCAAAUUCGAACGGACCUCUAUUGCGUUAUAAUAUACACGAGACCUUCAAAAUUAUUUAAUAAUAAUAUGUUAUAUAGUUUUGAAGUUUUUACAUUCGUACUGCUUCUAAUAAUAUAACUAUCUCAAAAUUCUGCACAGAAAAAUAUUAAAAAAAAAAUGAGCAAUACAACAAAUACCUAGUUAUUGGCUAUCAUGAAUUAGUUGAAAAUUUAGUUUAGAUUCUUAUAGCGAUAAAAACAAUGUGUUAUACUAAGUUUUAUUAAGAUGUAUGCUUUUUGUCUGUCUGUGAAGAAGUUUUCGAUAAAAUGAUUCGCUUCAAGAUUCUAGAGUGGUUUACGGUAUCAAAUUUUGUAUAGUUUGUGCAUUGGGAGGUCAUUUUUUUGUCCGAAAUGCCCGAAAAAUUGAAAUAUUUACGAACUUAAAGCGUUUCUAUUCAAAUCGUUUUUGGUUUUAAACUAUAAUAUUAUUAUAAGUGUUAAAAAACUGUAAAAACCUCUAAUUUUCACUGAAUACUCGUGUUAGCAUUUUCUAGACGUGUUUUCUAGACGUAAUUCUCUUUUUAUUGUGGGGUUUUUUAAAUUCUUUAUAAUAUUUGGGAUGUUUGAUUAUUUUGUUUUUGUUUAAUUUUGAUUAUAAGAUAUAAAUCUUGCAAACGAAAACAUCUGUAAAUAGCUCUUUUAUUAGUGAUGAAUUUUACUCAGCCGACUUGUUGCCGUUAAAAUAUUAAAUUUUGUAUUUAUUUUAUUUGCGAAUGUACAGAUUUUUGGGGAGGGGAUUAAAACUUCAAAAAUGUACAUCCUUGAAACUUACUCUAUGCACAUACAAUAUUAAAUUCCCCAGAUUUUAUUUGAAGGGUCUGCACGGUUUAACGAAAUUAAAAAACACCCUCCUCUUGCAUUAAUAUGGUGAAAUUUAUACUAAUAUUUAACUUAGGUUUCAAAUUGCUUAUAAAAAUACUUUAAUUUUCGAUUUUGGAGGAAUAGCUCUUUUGCCCAAAACAAUUUAAAAUAAAGUACUACCAGGUAAAAAUUCCGCAAGUUCGACCGGAUCACCAUAAUUUAAAAUAUUAUAACAUCACGUCAUAAUUUUACCAUAUCGUACACUUUUUUUUUCAAUAUUCGUCUCACUUUAUUAGCGUGCUCGUAAAUCAAUUAUGUAUUAUCGUUUUCUCUUGGAGUUCGCGGUCAAAUCGCUUUCAACACCGCGGAAUAAAAAUACAUUAUUAUAUUUAGUUGGCGGAAACGGUAAACGUAUUGUAUAGUAACUAUCGCAUCAUAAAGUAGGAUGGCCGAGUGUACCUAUGUCUAAUUGUUAAAAUCCGUUAAACCGUGUAAUACUAUAUAAUAUAGACAAUAAUAUUGCGUCCGCUAUAAUGUAGAACAGAUUGAGAAAGUAAAAGCCGACGACGACGCCAUAAUGAAUAAGUAAUUUCUCAUCGUUACUUGGUAUUAUUUAAAAAUAAUAAAAAAUUAGCUAUAAAAUCGUACAAAAUUUGAUAAUAUAAAGCGAUUUUCGCGAUAAAUCACAAUUAACAGUACGCGACAGUUACACGGAACCGCUAGGUGAUUUUAGGUUUUUUUUUUUUAUUAAUAUUAUUUGUUUUAAAUUAUCAUGUUCAUGUGAAAUUUCACUUAGACUUCGAUCAUCGCAAAUAAAGCUAACACUUGAAUGCCAGAAAGCAAGAGACCUUUUAUGUUGCAUUUUUAACCUAGUUGGUGAGUAAGUAAUUUGUUUUUUGAUUUUCAAAGCAAAACCAAUAAAAAACGUAGAAAGAACAGGAAAAUUUACUAAAAUAAUAUUAAUAAUAUUCUUUUAUUAAUUUAAAUUUGUCUUUUGUAGUAAUUUAGUUAAAAAUAUUCAUAGAGAAUUAAAAUUGUUGAGCUAUUUAUAGACAUUUAAUUUUAUGAGUUUUUUACGCAAUUUUUAUAUGGAGGUUCUUAGUGGAUACAAUUAUUUGACCAAACAGAAAUGAUUGACCCUUUAACAGGAAGUUAAUUUAUUAAUUAUAAGUUGUACUUAGUGGUAAAAAAAAAAAAUCAGUAUAAUUUAGUAUUUUUUUUUUUAUAAUAAAUUUAAUAUUAAAUUUUGACGAAAAUCAUAAACAUUAUAACGGCCUUUCAAAACACGUAUAACCGAACUUCGUUUUUUUGCUGUCAAUGGUGUAUAUCGUUGCUUACAGAUGCAAAUUAAAUAACUGUACACCCGUUCUUGGUAUCAGCUCUUUUUUUUUUAGUUUACAAUUGAGAGUGCUUGUUAUAGCUAAAUUCAAAUUUUGAAAAUAGACGUUUAUUUACACAGUUUUAUUAUUAUAAUUACUAUUAUCAUCAUCGUUACGUCAUUUUAAUUAAAAUAUCCUGUGGUUUUUUAUCUAUUGUCGUUUAUUAUUAAUAUUGUGGUGCUAUUCCUGUAUAAUUUAUUUCAUUUAAUUAUUUAAAAUGAAAUAUUACAAGAGAUACUUUUAUAUUAUGGAUUAUUGCAUGUGCAUUUAAUUAAAAAUUACCAAAAAAAUACACAGUUGAUUAAAAACCAUAACGAGUUCCUUGAGAAAGAAUUUGUAUUGUUUUAUUAGUAAUAAUUACACCGAUAGUGGAAAAAAUUGAAGCAUAUAGAAACUUUAGUGCAGCAGAUUAUAAUAUGUUUUUGGAAAACAAUUUCGAACCAUUUUGUGUUAGAACCUGUUAUUUUCUUGGGAAUUUUAUUUUUUUAUGUUUUUACAUUACAUUUAUUGUAGAAAUAUCGUUUUUGAUAAUAUUGUACUAGGUAUAUCGUUAGAUAUAUGUUUUUUUUAUCAACAUUAUGAUAAUAUUAUAUAGUAUUAUAAACUACAGCUGACGGAUCGGCCGAGUUCGUUGCCACCGGAAACUCAUUUUACUUCGCCACCGGUGUCGUUUUGCAAACCGUCAAAACCGUAUGGUAAAAAAUCGGUCGAUCGGUCGGUAUAAUAUUAUAGUGAAAAACUUCUCGUAUAUAUAUGGAAAAUGCGAGGUGGAACCGAACUGUGCGAGCUGCUGCAAUGUGGGUUCGGUCAUCCAGGAAAUUAACGUGCGCGUGGAGAGAGGAAAAAAAAACAUUUCGGCGCAGUGACUAUAACGAUUCCGAGGUAUUACACGUGUGUAUACAUAUUAUCGGCAAUAUUUUUAUUAUCAUAAUAUACUAUAACUGCGUUCUUGUCGGGUUAGGUUAUCAAAAAACAAAAAAAAAACUGCCGUGAAAAUCAAAAAACAAUCUCCCUAAAGUACUACCUCAAGAAAAUUUCCUUUCGGAAAAUGGUCUACAUUGUAUACAUCGGAGUAAUAUUUUUUGUAGAAAUUUUGUACACAGUAUAUAAAAAAAAAAAAUACAAAAUAAACAUCUUUGUAAAACUAAUAAAUUUUUCACUACACUCAAAAUCUAAAGUUGUUUUAAAAUAUUCAUUUAAUUUUACCUACUCGGGCCGCGGGAAGUAUUCAUACCCCGUGAUAACGAAAAAGCAAAAAUCGACAAUAGAAGUGUGAAAACGUUUUCCCUUCUGACCUAUCAGACGUGGUUUCGCAUAUCAAAUCGAGGGUUACUUUAGAUGUAUAGUACAGACCCCCGUAUACCCACGAAUCGAUCGAAUCGGAACGUGGCCGGACGAAUUGACAUUGAAUAAUAUUGUCUGUGAUUUUUUUUUCUUAUUAACGUAUACUAAAGAAGAACUCAGAUCUCAUUCCUUUCUGUUCCCAGGGUUAUCCACGGUAAUCAGUCGGGAUGGGGUCAGUUCUACCGUAUACGCCUGAUGACGGUUUUACUUCUUCCGUGGAUUUUUGUUUUUCAUAGCUCGACACUCGGGGCCUAUUUAUAGUCUCCAUUACGCCGAUAGUAUUUUGGUGUUUUGUUGCCCAUGUGACGCAAUAAAAAAAACUAAACAAUCCAGCAACCCAAUAACAUCUGCUGAUGUCCGAUGCUUUGUUUUAAAAUUUAAUUCGUUCGCACUUCCCCUCACCUCAUCGCGUUACCGAAGGAAUACCUGCAGAAAUCAACGAAAAUCACAUAAAAUAUAGGCGUAUCUAUUUGGUAUUUUAUAUUUUAAUUAAAUUCACCCUGUUGUUGUUUUCACGUAAGGUGUGCAUAUAAGUGAUAUACAAACAAAUAUACUGCAAAUAACGGUGUUAUUACAUCUUUUAUUCCUAUAUAUUUUUGUUUAUAGAUGAUUUUAGGAACGGUACAAAUAUUAUACUCUCAUCGCACACGUAAACGCAAUAAUAUAGCGCAUCAUAUUGUAACAUUUAUAGCUAUUUUAAAUGCUCCUAGUUGUUUUGGUUUUAUUUAGUUUUAUGUGGAUAAAAUUGUUUUGAAAAUUUAAUCCGAGCAUAGUCAGAAGUACUUAUAGUGUUAAUAAAAAUAACCUCAACUUCCCAUCGGUAACAGUAACACUCCCAUCAGCAAUUACAGCUCUUUUUUGUAUCGUUUUUUUUAUCAUCAUAUAAAUAAUAGAUGGCGUUAUUUUAAUGGCAUUUUGUAAAGUCCAAAAUAAAAAAUUUACUGAAAAAAUAAAUAUAUAUAUUGAUUAAAUACAGACGGUGUAACGUCCUGUUUCUUCGGCGCGUGGGAUGUGUUCUGUCGCUUGAUAUACUACUUCAAUCGAAUAAUAAUAUUAUAACAUAUGGUUUUCGCGAUUGACUAUAGAAAUUUUGAUUGUAUUUGAAAUUCGAAUUGUACGAUAUAAACGUAAAAAUAAAUAACGAACAAAGAUGUUGUUGAAAAUUCGAUUGUUCGGAGGGCUUGUAAUUCAUUGGCCAGUAUUUUCGUCGGUGCACUUGAAUUAGCUUCCAAACCUUCUGCGGGUAGUCAAUAAUAAUAUUACCUAUAAUGUUGAAUUGGCUUCCAAGAUUUGGGUAUUGAAUCGGCUCAUUUGGCACAUACCUAUUUCAUAAAUACCAAAUUUAAAUUCACCUCAUAAUUAUGUCUAUUAUAUUGAACUUUAUAUCAUGUAGAUAUAGGUAGUCAUAUGCAAUAUAACAGUUAGCUAUGGAUAAGUUAUAUAACAUAUUCACAUACCUAUUAUGUAUUACAAUUAAUUAAAGGUUCAAAACUUAUAGAAAAAAUAUUGCGCUAAUAUUUGUUUAAUUUUUGACAUCUGAAUUAAAUCUGCAGUUGAUUAAUUCUGAAUUCAAUUAUUUAUAAAUUAUAUUUUAUCGUUAUCACAAAAAUGAAAAAACGAAUAGCUUACAGACAUUAUUUAAAUUAAUAAUUAUUUGAUUUCCGGCUACAAUGAUCCGUAGCACUGCAUUUGAUAGAAUAUUAAUACCACGUGCUUUUUCUAACUUUCAUUUGAAAUAAAUUUUGAUAGCCACUUGUUUAUUAAGUGUUAUUGGUAGCCGAUUCAAUAUAUUCGAUGUAGUAAUUUACCAGUGGGAGCAUAUUCAAUUAUGUCUGAUCGGCAAAAGUCUCCGGUCAUCGGCAAUUUGAUAUUCAAAAAAUAUUGAAAACCGCGCAUCCGUAGCUAGUCCAAAAAAAAGAAAAAGAAAAUAAGAUUUCCCGACUAACAAUUUAUCUGUUUCGAUAUUUUUUUAUAUAUAUAUGAAAUGAAAUGUAUAUUCCGAUUUGUUAUAUUAAUUUACCAAUGAAAUACGAUUCCGAUAAACAAUUUUCCCAGCGAAAUUUUGUCCAUUUUUACCGACAGAUUGUUAAAUAAUUUCCCUCUGGGAAAUUGUAAAAUGUUCCACUAUACAUUCGUUAUAUUUUCGUGCACUCAGUAUAUCUAUAUACGUUAUUUUUUGCAUGUUCUCCAGCACCUACCUAUAUACCUAUAGUGACCGUAUAAUAUGACGACAAAAAGCAUUAUAUUUCCCGUCUACCGGAACAUAACGAAAUGUUUUUCUUUCCGUGUUAAUUAGUAAACUACAUAUAUUUUAUCGUUUAUCGUACUAGACUGCAUAAUGACGAUUUUUCUCACGUCUGAUGCAGACUCGAUGUGGCCAAAAACCGUUUCACUAUUAUGUUAUAGUCUUGAACUGUAUCGCUGCUGCUGAUAGCGACUUCUAUCGGAAAACAGUAAUACUGAAAAACUUAUUUCCGAAUACAGAGUUUAUAAUAAUAUAGUCUAGAAAGUAAAAUUUUUGAACUUAACGAAAUUAUAUAUAUUAUCGACUAUUUACAAUUAUUGACAACUAUAAAUUCGUCGAAAUUCAAAAGCUUUACUUUCCUUACUUUACUCAAAUAUGAUUCAGUGAAUAUUUCCAUACAAAUAUUUCAAGUUCUUCGGUCAUAAUCUAGUAUAAAACAUAUAUUAUCUAUUUCCAGACGAUAACUCUUCUAUAUUGUUAUAUAUCUACGGUCUAAAUUUUAAACAGUUAUAAUAACUCAUAAACAUGCGGUUUAUGCGUACGAAAGUUUGAAAAUAUUGUAAAUAAAACCGUGAAUCGUAUAUAGAUUUAAUAAUUGAAAAACACAAAAUCGACAAUUGUACUCUUAAUCUUCGUAUAUAAUCGCUGGAUCGUUGUUGAACAUUUUUUUACUACAUUUAUACGCGUUUAGGGGAACUGUAUUUGCCAGACAAGUUUUACCGGUAUUGACUAAUGAUAAUAAAAAUAUAAUUAAUAUAGCUAUAGUUUGUGCACGUGUAGAAUAUAAUAAAGCACGACGUUUAUAUUUACGUGGUAAUAAUCUAUACCGGAUACAAGAAAAACACGCUUUUUUUUAAUGAUGUAUUAUAUAAAUCAAAUUACUGCGUAUACACCAUAAAGAUAUUUUAGAGACGGUCAUGUAGUAAAAAACUAAAGAAUCUGAAAAAAACUCUUUGUUUGUAUAAGCAUAAACAUCACCCUGUAGAAAAUAUCACCCUCUAGUAUAUGUAUAAAAAAAAUUAUUGCCACAACAGCAUUUCGCCAAUUUGUUGACAUUUUUUAUCUAUACAAUUUCUUCGUCAUCAUGUCUCUGACUCCUCCGUAAUUUUAUUAUCGCUGCAGUUUUGUUAUAAAUAUCCUUAUUUCGUGAUAUCUUACUCUUAGGAAAAGGACCACACAUUUUUAAAAUUGAUUCUACUCUACUACUAAAAUAUGCCACUGAUAUGCAAAAUGGUUUUUGGAUUCGAACAGGCUGAUGUUAAGUGGCAAGGCGUCAGGACGUUUAUGGCUCAAAAAUACCUUUUGCAGAGUGAUACUAUAUCGAUAAUUAUUUUUCGUUUUAAAGAGGAAGACUUCUUACAGACCGCUUUGAUUUCCGUUUUUUUAUUUGAAUUUAAAAGAAAAAUCGAAUUUGAAUUCGGGCUGUAAAAUAUUAUUAUUUAUCAAUUAAAAUUUAAAAUAAUCCCUACUGUAUAUGAACUAUGAAGUCAUAUCUGUUCGUAAAAAGGUAGUACCCCUCUUCCCCUUAUUCCUAAACAGGUUUAGGGCAGUAGAUUAAUGGAAAACUCUUAUUAUUAAGGCUGUCGUUAAAAGGUUAACAUUUUUAAAUUUUACAACAUUUAUUGGCCUUUAAAACAAAAAUAUUUUACUAUACGCACGUAGACGGAAUAUGAUAUAAAAAUAUAAUCAAGCAUCUGUAUCCAAAGAUAUAUAAGCCGAUUAUAUAGCUAACUAUAUAUUAUUCUCUAAUACGAACCAUGAAGCGUGGCAUUCAUAUUGCAAAAGGGCACUGUUUACAUAGUUUCGUGAUAACUCGAAUAUUUGUGUAUGAUAGUGACAAUAAUAGUGAAUAAUGCACAGACUGCAUGCUAGUAUUAUUAGUUCUGUCGAAUACUGUUAAAUUAUAAUAAUAAUUAUCUAUUUCUAACUUCUUGUGAAUAUUACUGUACCCUCUCCGCUUCCCCUUCUGUUGGUGCAUUAAUUUGUCGGACAUGAAACUACCAUAUUCCCAGAUAUCAUAUACGCCGUGAUACCUAAUUUCUAAGAACAAAAAAUAAUCCCAAAAACACGUGAAAUAAAGAACGCUAAUGAGUAAAUGAUCACGAAUGGUAUGUAUUUGGAUAGUAUCAUAAUACUAAUAAAUCAUCCAUACACAAAAUUCGAAUAACUGAUAUCAGACAUCACGUGAUCAAACUGUAAGCAAAUGGCAGCUGAGCUUCAAUGAUGAAAUCAGAGUCGGUUAUAUCUAUUCGUAUAUAGUUGUUGUACAACUAUAGAUAUGUGUUUGUACCAUACCGUUCGAGUACGUUUGGCAUAAUAAAUUUGGUAUUACAUGAAUGGAGAGAAAAACGUACAUUCAAAAACUCAAUAGUCUAUUGUUUUGCGUCAAAUUAGUGAUUUUGAUACACUUUCACUAGCUGUACAGAGAUUUGUAUUUGUUAAUUAUUAGGUAGAUAUACAUAUUACAUACGUCUCAACACAAUAUCCGUGAACUGUAUUUAGUGGUCCGGACAACAGUUUGUACGACCAAGGCCGGAUUUAAGGGUUCAGUUGGUUCGCUUCUGGAUCUGAACUCAAACUACUCGAAAAUGUCUCAAUUUAUAUACAUUUAACACACAUUUUUGUAUUAAAAUAGAUUUGUUUUAACGUGCAUUUUACAAAAACAAUGCCUGAAUGGUCCCUCCACACAUACACGUACCCAGGGGACAUGACCCCUUCCUCUUAAUUUGAACUUGUGUACAAAAUGGUCAGGCAACAUCCGUGGUCAACACCAAAAAAUGUGUAACACAAAUUGUACGAGAAAUGUUUUAUUUUUUCCGUUAUAAUCACUGGUUACUUCCGUCAAAGUUCGAUUCAUUUCUAAACAAUUAGAAAUUUGCAACAUGGUUUGUUGAUUUCUACUGAUUUUUUAACACUGUUAAAAUUUUGAUUCGUUCAUUGUAAAAAUAGGUAAUUAUUUUGUAGUGGAUUCAAUGUCAAUCAAAACCAACUAUAGACAAUUUCUAGUGCACUAAUAAAACCAUUACCAAAUAAUAGAAUUUCACAUUUUAUAUAUAUUUUGAAAAAGACGUAGGUAUUGAAAUCCAUAAAAAAAAAGUUAUAUAAUAAAUUAUUUGAUGGAAUAUAAAAUAUUGUACCUUUUUGAAAUCAAAAACCUGAUAGAGCGCGAUUUCGUUUGCAUCGAAAUAUUGUGAGUGAAUUGUAAAGUAUUUCUCAAAGAGGAAACGAUAAGAGUUCUGAUAAUAUAUACUUGUUUCUAUAGUGGAUAUUAAGUGAUAAAAAAAAACCGAGUAUUACGAUAAAUGAACGUCUGCGGAACGUGCGAUAAUAUAUUUUGAUAGUUAAAUUUUGUAUUAUAAUAUAUGUACGCAUAUCGUAUAAAUGUAUGAUAAAUAUGUUGUAAUAUCAUAAACGUCACGCCGAACAAAUCUCCGACAAGAAUCGAUUUGUUUUUUUUUUCGAUUUCGAAUUUUUUUUCAUAUAGAAAAACGACGUGUUUACGCUGCGUGGGAUUUUGCGAGUCGGUAUACUUCGAUUUUUAAUUUUCCCGUUAGAAUCGUAACAUAAUAUAUAUAUAUAUAUAUAUAUAUAUAUUAAAUAUACUCAUCGAAAAUAACAAGUAAUAACGUCGCAAAAGAAUCGGCAACAUCAUGAACGGGAACAGCAUUAUUUUCUUGUUUUUUGUCGUAGCGCCAAUAUGGCAUUCGGUUGAAACUCGUUUAAAUAUGGGUGGGAGAACUAGUAUCAUAUAAGUACUGAAAAGAUAUUUCAGAGGAAGUGAUUUAAAAUGCAUUUAAUAUACUAUACAUUUUAUAUUUUUUAGGUUAAAACGUACCACCAUUGGCUCCCUCUUCCUCCCUCUAGUUACGGUCAAGUCCUCUAUUUAAUUCAAGCAAUAAUUUAAAAAAAAAUGUUCAAGGGGGGGGCCAUGUCAUCCUCCCCAAUAAAUCUACCACUGCUAAAAUAUAGAUGAGUGUGACACCUCAAGGACACCUAAAAAAUGUACUAUGAAGUGUAAAUACCUACGUAAUAAUAAUACGCGUCUCGGUUGUCCGUUUUUCGAUGUCUCGCGAAAAUUCGUAUAUUUGUUAUGUGAAGUCGAAAAAAAAAAUACAAACAUAUCACCACCAUACGAAAUCCUACAGCCGCCCGAAAAGUGGUAGAUCUGUUUUGGCCCGAAUCCGAGGCAAAUUUACGUGACUAUUUUUCAGUUAAGAAUUUUCUCUGCAGUUGAAUUACGUAUGUAUGCUGUUAAUUUUUUUAUAGGGGUUUUUUUUUUUUUGUACAGUUGUUAACGAUUCGAUUAAAUCGGAAUAUAAAUAUUCACUAUCGUAUCAUUUUUUUUUUUUUACAAUUGUACCAUUACCGAUCUGAAGUGCAACACGCUGAAAGCUAUUAGGUGCCUAUACAUACAUAAAAACGGCCAGGCCAUUUUCGAAUCGGUCGACGGCCGGUAGUGCGACCCGAUUUCGAAAUCGCCGGAACGGUCGCGCCGCUGCGGGACAUCUGCUGCACCAGUCCCCGCGAAUCCGGUCGUUAAAUAUGACGACGGCGAUACUUAUAGUAACGAUUUUAAAACAUCGACGUCGUCUAAUAUAAUACGAUAACUGCACGAAAAACCGUUAUAAUUCGCCCGUAAAAUGUCACGUAAAAACUAUAUCGCGGUCGUACGUAAAUCGUAUUGGUUUAUUCGAGCGCACCAGAAAAGGGUUUAGGUUAGGUUAGGGGUUAGGUUAGAUAACCGUUGAAAAACCGCACGAGUAUAAUAAUAUAACGAAUAAGUUGAUACCAUUAUACGAUAUUAUUCCGAAAAAUAUAUUUUUCGUAUAUAGGUUAGGUCAGGUCAGGUCGGGUUGGGUUUACAUAUACUAUCAAAUAUUACUAUAGUAUUAUAUUAUUGCGAUCGAAAUGAUUGAUCUGUCCAGCAAAUUGGUUUAUAAUCCAAAUAGCUUGAACACAAUCUAUAUUGUACAAUACUGAGUCGUUCCAUAUGGAUCAAAAAAUGCCGGAAGGGAUAAAAUGAUAAGGUGUAUAUUGCGUAUUAUGGUAGGUCGACAAAAUGCUUCAUAAAAUAUCACAUCGGAAGAGGAAGACCUGAAGUAACCAGGAAGUACCUGAAACAAAUCACGAUAAACACAGACAAGGGUAUACAGUUGUACGAUGAAUUAAAAGGAUUAAUCGACAAAGGGGAAGCAUAGCAGUAAACCAGGAAGAAAACCCAUCAAACGAUUGAAGACAAGAGGAAUAGGUACAAGUAAAGUCGGUUAUAUAUUUUUAGUGGUGAGCUAAUAAGACAUUUUUCCGAUUUCCAAAUAUUCGUAUACGCAUAUUUGUUACCGGUUAUGUUACCAUAGGUUACCAUUGUUAGGUUACCAUAUGUGUUCGAUGAAUUUUUUUCGGAAACUUUUCAAUUAUUAUUAUAUUUAAUUUCAAUUAUUAUAUUUAUUAAUUUGUAUAAUAUUAUAUCCCGAGCGCCGGGUAUCCAAGUCCCGAAAACAACAAGAAGAAAAAAUAAAAAGUAUAUCAUUUUAAGAUUUAAAAAUUGUUAUCAAAAUAAUAUUGAGUUUUUAAGAGGCAUAUACCAUAAAAUUUAAAUUUUUAACUUGUCAAUGUAUACAUUUAUGCAGUCAUUUUUUUUUUUUGCAUUUAAAUAGCUUUAAAAUUUAUAUUAAUAAGUUUAUUUUUAUUUUUAUUUGAUAUUCAGAUUGGAGCAAAGAAGCUUAUGGUGUUACAAAGAUGUUUAUUUUUUUUUUAUCCAAAAACAAUUUUUCUUCUAGAAGGCUUGCUCGGAUUUCUAAGUGUAGCACCUUUUCUAAAAGGAAAUCCGUUUGGAGAGGUACUUUGAGGAGAUCAUUUUUUGAUUUUCUCAGGAGUUUUCUCAUAAGAUUUGAAAACAAAAAAAAUCGGGAAAAUAUAAGAAAUAUAGGUAUUAGUUAAAAUAUAUUACGGCUUUCAUUUUUUCUAUGAAUAACUCUUCUGCCAGCAAUUUUGCUCCAGCUUUUAAUGAUAGCAAUAUUUGUAAAAGACAAUUUCAUUGAGUAGCCGUUUCUCGAUCUUUUCAGAAGUUUUCCUAGAAAAUAUGAACAACUAGGAUAAAACAUGGGAAAAUCAGGUGAAACGUAGGAAAACUGAGAAAAUCGGUACAACAUUAAACAAAUAUUAUUAAAGAAAAUAAAUAGAGCCUAUUUAAUUAUUUUACUAUAAUAUGGCAUAUAUAUUGUUGAAAAAGUAUCACUAUUAACUGAACUCCGCUUAGAAUCGUUUUUUCAUAAGCAAUGGUUUAUCGUUUCUUACAGAUAUACAUUAAAUUUCCUUCUGUAUCCUACCUUCCCAACUUCUCACCUUCAUCAGUGGCUGCACUCGUUCCCAUUAUCUUAUCAUUUUUAAUAACACAUUUUAUUCUUCGAACAUAUUCAUUUGCGAACUUUUUUUCAUUCGAACGGAUAUCAUUUUCAAACAUACAACUCUUCAUCAUAAAAUCAAGAACAGAUCGGUUAAAAAUUAUGUAUUUUUCUAUACUUAUACAGAGAUAUUAUAGAUAUUUUCUCCGGAAAUAUUAUCGGACCAAAUAUCGGGUCUUGAAGUCGACCCGAUAUCCGACAUUCCGAUAUCCUCAAUAUCGACUAUACACAGUUCGUCGAGCGAAAUCGAAUUUGUAGAUGCAGUGAUAAAAAAUAAAUACAUACAGACGAUGGGAGGAUAGGGCACAUUGGACAUUUGUCCGUGACUUCGUUCCUCUGAAAAUCCUCUCGUCAACAGCAGAUCCUUAGGCAGAAAAAUUGUUUGAUUUUGACCACGAGCCAUAUUUUCAACAACAUGCGUAUUAUUAUAUAGUUAAUAGUAAUAAUCAGAUUUUAAAUUUCAAACUAUGCGUAAUUGAGACUGUACAUCUCAAAUUGUAUUCUUAUUACCUACCAUCUAAAAAUAGAAUGGAAAGUUGUUAAAUUGACGGAAAAACUUUUUUUCAAAUAAGGGAGCCGAAAGUUGUGUUUUUCUAUAUUUGUUAUACACAACCGUACGCCGUAUGAAUACAAAAGAUAGGCGAUAAGAAUUUUGUUUAGUUUGUCUACUUAAUAUGUACUUUACCAAAUUGUUAACUUCAACUUCUCUAUAAAUCAAAAUAAACGUUAAUAUGACGACAUGUCCGUGGCGGAUAGAGAAACGAGUCAGAUAAUGUUCAAAGUGUGAAAUAUUUAGACCUCGCAUCAGUAUUUUGCCCGGAGCCUCGAAACACGACUUGGCGCCAUCGUCCCCGAAUAAAAAUAAUAUUUUUCAUUUUUUUAUCCCUCGAUUCGUAUCAGAAUAUUAUUUUUGUAUACGGCGCGUGUGACAUUAACUAUAGUAUUAUACGCGUCUCUAGAGACGGUUAGAAUAUAUAGAAUAGAGUAUUUUAGAUUUCAAACGUAGCGAAGUAUCGCUAUUAUAGUUUUAUUGAGAUGGGUUGUGCGUGUAUUCUUUUCCCUCUAAAAACACUUUUACGAUUAAUACAAAUUAUGCUCCGAUUAUUUCAUGACAUAAUUUAAACGAAACGGAAUUUUUUGCCUGGUGAUACGCGUUAUGUAAAUGAUUUUUCGAAAUUUCCAAUCAUUUUACCCCCCCCCCCCCCCACUCAAAAAAAUACUUUUUGUGUUUUUUUUUUUUGAUAAAAUUUGAUAAUACUUAGAUGGGUGAAUAAGUACACCAUAUUGUUUCACGUAGUACCGCAUAAGAUACGGUACUUUUGUUUGGCGGUUUGAAACAAUUAUCGACAUUUUCCGCAGUUCAAGCACCUCCCCCUUCCUCUAAGUUGUGUUUAUGUUUCGGAUUAUUUUGGUAACAAGAGAAAAACAUGACUAAUUUACUACUCCGUUCAGAAUUGUUUUUUCGUUUGCAUUGAAAUAUUUACAAAUUAAAUUACUCCGUAUAUCCUAUUUUCCCAACUACCCAUCUAAAAUAAAUUUACUAACCCGUGAGCAGUGCGGCUUAAAAAAAUAAAAAAAUAAAUAUAUAUAUAUUAGUAGACUUAAGAAAAUAAUACGUAUUAAACGGGUGUGUUACAUUCUUCUUGACGUAGUGAGAUUUUUAUUAAUUGUUACCGUUUUGGUUUAUUUCUUUUAUAAUUUUCGUAAUAGAAUUAAGAAUUUAUCAAAAAGGGUUUUAUUUUUUUUUUACGUAUUUACGGGACAAAUAGACAUUUAGCACACGUUAAUUAAUCGGUUAAAAGUAGUCAACUGUAGUUGGGAUGAAGGCAAAGGAGAAGGAGAAGAUUUUGUUUGCUAAAAGUUUGAUUUUUUUUUUUUUGUAUAUUUCAACAGUUUGUAAUUCGUAUAACCGUUAAAGAUACAUUGUUAAUAAUAUGUCCGUAAAUUCGGACAUGGAUUAUUGGUCAACGGUGAAUAAUUCACGGACGGAAAACGGGUUAAGAGUGCGCGCAUGCGCACAAGGUCGCGCGCGUUAAUGGCCCACGGCGCACCGUCGUCGUCGUCGUCGCGCGCCGGCGGUACCGUCGGUUCCCGUAGAUCAUCGUCGCGCGGCUGCGGCGUCAGUCCGUACCUGUUUUCGGCGCGUUAACGUCGUCGCGAGCACAACAAUUUGGUGUAUUACAUCGCGAGUGCGUGAUAAUUCGUACAACAACAUACGGGCGGACUCGGAAGUCGCGUUAUCGGAGUGCACAUAUACCGCCACGUCGUGUCGUAUCGUACCCACGGCAUUAUCAUGAUAUCGCGGGUACAAAAAUCGUCGAAAUAAUAAAUUCUACGUAUAAUAAUAAUAAUAUUAUAUACGUAUUACGUAUAUGUGUAGACGAACGUAUGAAUAUAACGCUGCGCGAGUCGAAGCGAUUCGUUUAUCGGUAAAUCGUAUUAUAAUUAUUUAUUUAUCUAUUUAUCUAUUUAUUUAUUUAUUUAUUAAUUCAACGGCGGUUGUACACCUACCGAGAUUCCGCCGUGUUCGUCGAAUACGACGAAAAUACAAAUAAUCGAAAUAAUGGAUUUUGCUUUUGAAGUCGAAACGGAAAUAUUCUCAAACUCAAACACCGCGCUCGAGUAUCGAAUUUGCGUUUGAACCACGAACUUUUGGCGGAAUCUCGAGUUUCAAAACAAAUACUAUACGAGUGUAUAAUACAUAGAUAAUGCAAAACCCUGCGAUUUCGGUAUUUAAUAUCUGUCAUUUUAUCGGUAUUUUUGAUAAUUACGGUAACAAACGGAUUUAAAAUUUUACAUUACGAUUAUUUGCGUCACUUUUAUUUCCGAGGGGGAAACGAUUACAUAAUUUUGACUUCCGAAUGACAAUUCACUCAAAUGAAUCACCUGGUAUAAAAUACAUGUAUAUUAUUUCGUUUGGUCGUAUAAAAUAAAUAGGUAGGUACAAUGUAUACAAUAUAUUAUUACAACCAAUAUACCUAUAGUAAUAAUUCACGAAAUAUUUCGAAAAUUGUUCAAAUUAAUAGGUUUCUAUUUUAGAAAUAUGAUAUUAUAACAGUUAUAAUGUUUCCACGAGUCAUCAUCGAUUAAAAAUAAUAUUUGGUAAUUUUUUUGAAUUUUUGAAGUAUCUGUAUAAAUUCUGAAUGUUAAUACAGUGUCUGAGUCUUAGUAAGAUAUGUUUUAAAAAACACAUUUUCCGUUUUCGAUUUGGUAUAAUGAAUAUACUCCGAAUUUUUUGAUUUUUCGCCCAGUAGUACUUUAUUUGAAAUUUGUCUUCUAGAUUCUUGACUGACUUCUUGCAAAUGAAAAAAAAAAUGACGUCGUAGGAUAAUGGGGACGGGUGUAAUCAUUGGUUAUAAAUAAUUUAAUGUACACCUGUAAGCAAUAAUUAACCAUUGCUUCUGAAAAAACGAUUCUGAGCGGAGUUCAGUUGAUAAUGAUGCUUUGUCAACAAUAUAUGUCAUUUUAUAGUAAAAUAAUUAAAUAGUAUUUUUAUAUUUUCUUUAACAAUAUUUGUUUAAUGUUGUACCGAUUUUCCCGGUUUUUCAUAUUUGCUGAGAAAACUCUUAGGAAAAUCGAAAAAUGACCUUCCUAAAGUACCUUUCCACACCGAUGUUAUUUCGGAAAAGGUGCUACACUUAAAAAUCUGAGUAAGUCUUCUUAAAAAAAAAAUGCGUAAAGAUAAAAAAAAAAAAAACAUCUUUGUAAAACCAUAAGUUUCUACGCUCCACUCUAAAUAUUGAUAACAACUGACGAUAAAUCGGUUUAACUUUUGUUGAUUUUACGUGGGUCACUUUGACUUCAGGAAAAAAAUCACAAGUAAUAUAAUAAACUAUUAAUGAUGUACUAUAUACUAACAUUUACAGUUUAUGUGUUUACCGAGCUCCGCUCAGAAUGGUUUUUUUUUUAUUAUGACUAUUGCAAUAAUUAAUCGUUGUUUUCAGUACACAAACUAUAAUUAAUUACCGUAUACAAUAUUAUAUUUGAUAUCAUACACGUCUCAGACUUCCCACCUACGACAGUCAUAGGCUGUCCAAUAUCCACGACUGCCCAAGCAUUAUAUAGGUAACCAACUAUAUCUGUAAUUAAUAUUUUGCUAGAUUGUACUCGAGACGUGAAAGCGCUUUGGGGUUUAAGUAAUAAUAAUAAUUAUAAUAAACUGAAAUUACAAGUUGUUUUUAUUUUUAUUCGACAAUAUAAUAAUUACAGGGGUGAUUUCGUGAAUGGUUAUAUUAUUAUUAUGUUUUUAUGGUGUAGCACAGUAUUACGGUUUUUUCGUUCUCGUAAACAAACACACGUUAAAGACUUUUCCGUUUCGGUUAACGGUCGAAAUCGGCGGCGCUAGUAUAUUCGUAUGUAUUAUAUACAGGGUGACGUUUAUGAGUGCGUUUCGUCGUUGUUUUCGUCCUAUGGACACCUCGUUACCCCGGCGACAACACUUCCGUUGCACGCGCACCGUUGUACGGCACAAUUACAGCGGUGUAUUAUAUAUUACCCCCUUAAAUGUAUAACACGUAAUGGGUUUUAGGGGUCGAAGAGACGAAGCGAGAGUGUAGGUGAGAGAAAGAGAUGUGGGUGAGUUCGUAUUAUUUUCGAGUAAUACAGCGCUAUUCGGUUCCUGGGAAGAAAGGUGGGUUUAUGUAAAUUUAUUAAUUUUUUUUUUUAUAUAUGAUUUUGUCUUUUUUCUUCUUUAUUUGUUCGUUUAAAUGGCAUAAGCGUGUGGAUAUUCGAACACACGUUUUACCGAAAGUCACAAUAUCUGCAGUCGCUAUUAUGUACGUUUCGCUAAAUUGAAUUUCUUUUAUUGAUUUUGGUUUUUGAAAGGAUUUUUCAAUUACCUACCUAAUAUUAGGCUUAUUAGUACUUCUACCAGCGGUUAUUUACCGAUUUAUUUCAACUAUAAAACUUCGUCGUAUUUCUAUAAACAGUUUGAUCGACAUAACAAAAUACACUCAUUAUCUCGGAAAGUAUAUUGAAUUUUUAAGAACAUUAAGAAACAAGCAGCUCUAAAAUAGUAAAAUGUCACAUUGCCGUUAUUUUUCGUCACCCUUAUUAACGUUAAACUACUAGCCAGUUUUGGUUCUCGCGUAGCAACCUAUACAUUAGAAAUUCUGUAGAUAGAUGCAAUUUGAGUUAACAUAUAUUUUGGAGUUGACAUUUUUAAUUUCCGUCCACCCGUCGACGAGAUAUUUCACUUUUAAGUUUGUGUCGAGGAAGAGGAUCUAAACUUGAAUUAUGUUGAUCACCGACUUAUGUAUGUGUAGAAAUAUUUUAAGGUUACAGCUAUUUUUGAAAAUCAAAAGUCUAUUUCAAUUUUAUCGCGCACCUACCGAACAAUGGUGAAUUAAAAUAAAGUCAGUGAAUAACACUAUUAUUGAAACUCUUUAUGUGCAUACGGUGCGUUAAAAAAAAAAAAACAAUUAAAUAUUAGUGCUGACCGGUUGAUUCGAAUGGACCCGUACACCGGAUUACCGAUCUGGAUCGACUAAAAUGUCACAAUUCUGUAUACAAUCCGGAUUGUUACAAAAUACAAUCUAUUUGAAAAUUACAAAAGUGGUCGUUCCAUUAUUGACCUCCUGAAACGCGUUUUGUAAUUGUUUUCAUUAAAAUGAUCCGGCGGUAUGUGUUGUAAUUUAACAUUAUACAUAGUUGAUUGUAUUUUUUUCCGUUCCCGAUUCGUCUGCAGAACGCCGGUUAUAGGGGGGGUAGAGGGAGAGGAAGGAUUAGCGUUCGGACUACUGGAUUCAAUCUGUCAAUCGGUUUUCUUUAAUUCGGAUCGACCGGCCCGCUGUUCACGACACUGUAAUAGUAAUGUGCGCGUGUAUGCAGAGUUAAUAAUUUGUUGUCCGUCGCCCGCCGACCUUAACCGUAACGCGCGUGCGCGACACCUCGGUAUAGGGUGCGUUUCUCUCGUUUUAAUAAUAAUCCGAAAUGAUCAACACCGUCAUAUUGUUGCAGGUCACGAGCCCCUGCACGGCCGCCGCUGAGGUGGCGACGAUGAUGCGUCCGGCAUUCCGGCCGAGCCAGUGACAUGGCCGCCUUGUCUUCCGCGUGUUACGUGCGCCAGCAGCCCGGGCAACCUUUGAAGACGCUAAACGUCACGAACGCCAUUCUCCGGACGGACAAAGCGCCGUCGUCGUACCGGCCACAAUGCACCGGUGAGUAUUAUACUUGAGCGUGGUAGUAAUAAUGAUAUACGUAUUUAUAUAAUAAUAAUAAUAUGCGCGGUACGUACGUGUUUUCUAUCUCGUUUUAUUAUUAUUACGUUUGUCCGCGAGCGAUUUUUCUUUAUCGACGCGAGAAUAUCAUCGUGUAAUAGACAGUAAUGUUGUACCUAGUAUUUCCAUUUUCCGCAACGGAAAACCGGCCGUCGCUGCGCAGUCAUUAUCGACGUUAUCGUCGUCGCCGUUAUCGAUUUCGGUGCGUACGGAACAAUAUGGAUAGGCCGUCCCUAUACGCUAUAAUCACUAAUGGGCUAGUAGUGUUCCCGAGGUUUAGGUCCAUACCUCUCGGAUAUACCGACCGGUAAUACGAAUUCUGUUAGUUGUUAUCAAUCAAAUAACAAUAUAGAGUAUACACACAACAACAUUUACAAUUUGGUCAUUUGAAGUUUAAAACUUAUAAAUUAAUAAAAAUCAUAAAUUAAAAAAAAAACUGACACACUUGGCACGAUAGGGUGGCCACUAUUGUUGGCGAAAAAUUGGGAAGGUAAUAGAGUCAUAGAGGGGAAUUCAAUUUAUAACUGUACGGUACAAUAAAUCAUUGCUAACGAAAAACGAAUCGGAGCGAAGUUUCUUUUAUACAUGCAUGUAGAUUUUCCCGUUUUCCCUACGUUUUUUCUCAGUUUUUCUUUUAGAAAAGGUCGCUACACUUGAAAAUCGGAGCAAAAUUUUUGGUAGAAAGGUUGUUCACAAAAAGAAAAAAUAAAUGUAUUUUUGUUGAUGAUUUCUGGGAUGCCAUGGGCUACUGUAGGAAAAUCCUCGACUAGGUAUAUUAUAAUUCCAUUAACUUACCAGUUUAUAUUCAGAAUCGUUUUUGAUUUUCCACGGUUUAUCGUUGCUUUCAGAAUAUAAACUCAAUUAGUAAAUAAUAAUAUUUACUACCUUAGAAAUUCUAUACACCUUAACUUCUCAGCCGGAGAUGUAUUUAGGGGAAGGUGAUUCGGGCAGUAUUUUUAAACAUAUUUUCAUUCAAAACACUAAUCAUUAAAAUUUGUGCUCACGCAUCUUAAUUUUGGUCGACAGAAUUAAUUUUAUUAUUAUUAUUAUUAUUGUGUUAUCUCAUUAUCAUUGUCGAACUGAAGUAUUUCGUUGUAAAAUUAUAUCACGGCUUUAGAUAGAUAUGAAUAUACAGUAUAAUAAUAUUAUUAUAUGAGUGAGUAAUAGUGAUUAGUACCUAAUUAAAUAAAUGUUAUGUAUAUAACACAGUUAUAAUAUAAAGAUCGAUAAAUUACUUAAAAAAAAAAAAUUGUUUAUUUAUCUAGCUGUUAGUUAAAUAUGUAUAAAAUAAAAAUAUUGGUUUUAAUAUUUUAAGUAAGGCGAAGGUUAAAAAAAAAAAAAUACCACCGAAACGCUGAAAACCUACAAACAGUGACCUAUAAGUAUAAAUAUAAUUCAUAAUGGUGUGAGAUGUCUGUCCGACUAUUUUGUCUAAUGUGUUCUUGUACGCUGCCUCCGUACUUCGCGUUUUUUCUCGUAAAUUAUAUAUUUAUAUAUUUAUUUGUCUGUUAUUAUUAAUACCCGAAACAAUUGUUGCCGACAAAGGACGAAGUGCCGAAAACAAACGGCUUGUUUGCUCGUAAUAAAAAACUUGCUGAAACGAAAGAGAGAGAGAGAGAGAGAAAAUGUCUAGCAAUUACUUAUUAUUUGUUUAGGUUUUAAACAUCAAUAAUAAAUAUUUUAUGUAAGUAUACCUAGUUUACUGCAUAAAGAUGAAAGACCAAUAUGGUGAAAAUAAAUAAAUAUUUCAGAGCACUCGUCGCAUCAAUAAAACAAUAUAAAAUGUAAAUAUACACGUCGAGCAUUGGAUAAAUAGAUGAGUAUUACGACCGGUGGCGUCAUUUCAAUAUUUUCUAGAACUGGGCAAAUAUUUAUUUACUGAUGACAUUGCCGACUGACGAAAUAUAGGGAGUUAUGUGCCUUCAAAAAAAUAUCGUCUCUACUUUCGGAUAUUGCUCUUCAUUUAAUAUACCUAUAGGAAUUUCAGAAUUUUAAUUUUGUUUGCUAUUAUUUGUCGUUGAAUAUACUGUAUAUACAAUAAACAAAUCUGUAUAUUCUGCCAUUGCUCCCAGUUACCCACUUAAAAUAGUGGAAUAUCUGUGAGAAAUAUCAACUUUUCUUUCUUUUUUUUUUUUUUUAUUUCCAAAAAUUUUUAAGCACGAAAUAUGAUUGACGAAGAGUUUUGAGUUAAAACAAUUGAAACCGUUUAAAAUGUAACUAUAUUUAUUCGUUUUCGAUACAAUCCGAGCGUGAUGAAAAAUUAUAAAUAAUACAUUUUGGCGUUUGACAGAUUCACUUUCUCAGUGUACCCAUGUAUAGAUUUACUAAUCUCGUCGAUUUUAUACAACGUGUCUGCGCAGAUAUUCCCAUUAUAAUACAUCCGGAGAUAAGGACUACAAAUAUUUAUAUUUCAAUUCAUUUUUUAAGUUUUCGUAAAAACUUAAAAAGUAACUUUUUAUUUUAUUAUUUUUGAAAAAGAAAAAUUUCAUAGUUUUUUUUUCUAAAAAUUUUGAUGUAUCAACUUUUUGUUUUCAUUAAAUUUGUGAUUUUAAAUAAGUUUUUAAAGUUGAGAUAAAAGUACUUAUAAUUAUGCAGCAGGCUGUAAUCGCAUUUGUUAAUUGAUUAUCAUCAUUAUAAUUAAUUGACUGUACACUUUUUUCUCGGAAAUUUAAACUAUUAUUAAAAAUCACAAAUUUAAUGAAAACAACAAGUUGAUAAGUCAACAUUUUGAGAAAAAUAAACUCUAAACAAUUUUUAAAAAAUAAUAAAAUAAACAGUAAUAUUUUUAGUUUUUAUUGGGACAUAAAAAAUUAAAAAAAAAAUAAUAAUAAUAAUUUUGACUUUAAAAGACGUUUAUUCCGAGGACGGAUUACGGGGGAUUCAAAAGUACAUAACAAAAACAAGUAAUUAUACUUAUAGUAAUAAUAUAAAGAAGCUCAUUGACAUAGUUUACAGCCCCACAACAAAAGGCGACGACGUUGUGGAGUGUGGACACGACUAUAUAAUACGACGACACACACUCAAUAGAUUUAUGACGUCUAAAAAUCGUUAAUCUCUUGCUAUGCAUAAAGACAUAAUAUUUUAUUAAUAUACGACGAGAAACAGUUUAUGGAAAUUUCCUAAAAUAACCUCGGAUGUCCAAACUAAAAUUUGAACUAUAGUUUUUUUUUUUUUGUUCGCUUCAGGGGUGGUCGAAAGCGUGAAAUGAGACUCCCAUCAGAUAUAUCCCCAUGACUCCAUGAGGCCCCAUGACUAUUUUCCUUUCAAUAUUUAUAAAAGGCUGGUACUGCUGGUGAGUGUACUACUGAUUUAGGAGGGAAGUCGAAAGGGAAUGGAUGUAUAGUAAUUUAAUUUAAAUCUGUGCGAAACGAUAAACCACUGCAUAUAAAAAACGAAUUUGCAUCGCAAUCGUGGAAUAAGUUCAAAAAACAUGUUGACGAAAGGGAGAGAAAAUUGUCAUUGAAAAGCUCAAAGUAAAUGGUACUUAUUAUGAAUACACAUCUUGUGAAAAACAUUUUUUGAGAUGACUUCAUUAGCGGCAUUUCGGAUUUUUCAUUAUAUCAUAUAAUACUCGUAUACUACGUACCCAACAGAAAGAAACUGUAUUUUAUAUUUUUCCAAAAAAAACAUAUCAUUUAUAUACUUUUAGAUGCUGCAUGAUAGUGUAACGAAGAAACUAUUCGUUUUAGAUAGUUUUAACUCAGAUUUUUUCACGCAGUACAUUACAAGAUGUGGACUUACCGCCAAACGGCACUUUAUUUGAAACAUUUUUUUAUAUUACCGACAACGUUUCUUAAAAAAUAAUAACUCCAUGAUAAAUGGCGGUUUUAUUUUUGUUGACAAUUUCUGCAAGUUACCUUGGCUACGAAUGAAAAAAAAAUCGACUGACUUCUUACUGAGCUCUACUUAAGGUUUCUUGAUUGCAGUGAUUUAUACAUCCUAUUCAUAACUUUCCAUCUACAAAAGCAACCUGCCCAUGGUUCGAAGUAUGUUCCGCUUUAGUUUUUAAUUAUCAACAUUAUAUUGUUAUAGUAUUAUAAUACUACAUUACACUCAAUUUUCUUUUUAUCUCUAAGUACGACUUGUAAUGAAUAUCCUGUCAAAUUUUCAAGCAUUUCUGUUUAGUCUAACCUUUUUUCCACAGAAUAUUUACCACAUAAAAAUUACGUAAAAUCUUGCAAAAUUAAAAUGUCUAAAAAUAGCUAAACAAUAUUUUAAACAUUUUUGAAAUCUAGAAAAAACACAUAAAUUUAUAUUAAAAAAACAAAAUUAAAAAUAAUAACAGAAUUAUUUUCGUAAAUUUUCCCGAAAUUUUUACAUAAUUUUCAAUUUUGGUCAAUUAUAAAAAAAACUACAAAGAAAAUUUAAAAACUAUUUUCUUGGUCACCAUAAAGAUUAAAAAUUCAACAAAAAAGAUUUCUUAUUGUUUUCUAUUGGAGCAAUUUCUUUCGUAGAAAACAUAAGUUUUAAAAAUUUAAAAAUAAUGAAACAGGACGUUAUGUUGUAGUUUUUUGGUUUUUAAAUUAUUAUAAAAAAUACUUUAGUUUUAAAAAAACGACUUUUCCUGUUAGUGGGAAAAUAUUAAAAGGAACGAAAUCGAUCUCUUCUCAUUUUUUUCAAAUAGAGCAAAUUUCUGGUAGAAAACAUUAUGUAAACAAUGAAAAUGGUAAUGCUGCAAGGCGCCGUAAAUAUUUGCUGUUUUACUUAUAAUUUUCUUUCGGGUUUCCCCUAUUAUUUCGAAAACCCCUUGAAAAAUCAAAAAAUAACCUCUCUAAUGCACCAACUUGACACAAUUUUCUUUCAGAAUAUGUACUUUACUCUCUACAUCAGAGUAAGAUUUAUUUUCGGAAAGUUGUUUACAGAUAGAAAAAAAAAGCACACAUAAUGGUAUAAGUGUAAAACCAAUCUCUCGUUACCCUUCUAAUUUAAAACUGAAUACUGAAUAUUUGCCGCGUCGCUCAUCAAUAUUUGUAUUUUUGUGCAUCAACAAUGCUGUCGACAAAGGAAUAUUUUAUUAAACAUUUCUUAUUUACGCGCUACAAUAUUCUUAUAAUAUGUUAGUUGCAGUUAUUUUUACAGUAAUCGACACUAUUCUUUUUAACGUAAUAUUGAUAAUGUUAACACGUAUUUUAAGACUGUGUAUUGUUUUUCCGUAACACUAUAUACGUAUCAGAAUAAUUGGUAUAAUUCGAUAUACGUUAUCGUUUACUUAUAAAAGUGUAACGCGUAUAUAGUAGUUAGUUUGUAUUAUUAUUUUGCGGUUAUUAAACGCCAGGAAACAGAAUAAAAUAGUUUUCAUAAUAUAUAUUGAAACAUUUUUAUUUGCAGUCAAUAUUUAUGAACAUAUAUAAUAUAUACAUAUGUAGAGUCCGGUAGUAAAUUGCAGAUGAAGUAUAUAAAUUAUUAUAUACACGGCGUCAUACGAUAACAAAAGUAUUCGAAAUGUGCACUCGAAUUAUAGUCAUAUUAUUAAAACAUAAUUUGGAACUAAAUAAAAAAAAAAAAUCGAAGGCGUGGCUAAGUGUUUGUUUUUAAAUUUUUAUAUUUUUCACACGUCUCGUUUAUAAAAUAGUGACAAACCAACGGGCAAAUUCGAUAGAAUAUAGUGUUCGGAAGUGGAGAAUGUACAGACCGAGAAAAAAACCAAUCGAAUCGCUUACGACAAAUAGAGACUUAAAGCUAAGUAGGUAAUUUUUUUUUGGAGAUAGACAAGCCAGUAUAAUAUGGUCGCCUCUCUUUGUGAAAAUAUCUUCAGCCUUUGUCCGACCGUAAUGGUAUGGUUAAAAAUGGCCCGUUCGGUCGACUCGGACAAUUUUAUAAAGGGUGAACUACCCCGCCGUGCUCUAUAGUUUCUCCGUAUACGACCGUCAACGACAAAUCAGAACGUUUGACGCUGUCGUUCUGCAGUAUUAGAUACAGACGCAAAUCAAGUCAUAAAAUCCAACAUUGAGUACAGGUUUUAAGAAAAAUCGCUUCGUUUUUGAACCUGCAGUUGCUUGACAAUACUUCUCCAGCUAUUAGAUGACUUGUUUUUAACUAUCGCUGUUUGUGUGAUUAAAUUUUUUUUUUAACGUAAAAUUUACACAUGGAUUUUUGAGGAGAAAAAAAUUAAUUUUAUCGCAAUUUACCGUCACCAUGGAAGUAUUUUGUGUGUUCCGUGGUAGGCAAAUAUGUUACGGGUACUCAAAUAUGGAAAAACAAAGUUUAAGACAUAUAAUCAGAUAAGUGAUAACGAAAUAAGGUUAUUUGUUCGAUGAUAAUAGUAAUAAUAAUAAUAAUAAUAAUAAAGCUAUAAAAACGAAAUAUCGUCGGUCGUUAAAAAUCUCAUUUAUUACGUUUGUACUAUACGUAAAUAUUUGUACCUACCUCGGUUUUUAGUACCUCCGUUCGUGAUAAAGAAAAAAACAAUAAAACGGGGUCGGGUAGAUUGGCUUGUACUAAAAUGUCAUAUAAAACGUGUGAAAUUAUAUUAUACUUUUUAAUGUUUUAUCACUUUUACACUAUAAAAUGUUUGAUAACCUGCUUAUCAGACUGUCUGUCAAACUUCAAGAAUGCACACUAUUUUUUGGGGAUUAUGUAUAUAAAAUGGAUAAUGUUCGAAUAUGUACACGAUAACAAAAUAAUGACACUUAAAAGUUUAAGAUACAUUUUUCAAAAAGUAUUUUUCGUUUUAAAAUUAUAUAGUUAAUUGCAUAAUAACAGUAUUAUUGGGGACUAUACAAAUUGGCUUAUAGCAGUUUUCAUCCAAAAUUAUUAAACUUUUCCAUUUUUUGACAAAAUAUAUAAUAUUAUUUUGCACAAGACAAUAUAUUUUUACAAAAAUUAACGUCUUUCUACUCGUACUCGCGUCUGUAUAGAAAUCGUAUAAUAUUUACUGAAUGUUGACAUUGUAAAUUGCGUGUAUAUACACUAUGCAGACACAUAUAAUAAUUUUACAGAAAUGUAUAGAAUUUAAAUUGAAAAAUAAAACAAGUUUUUUUUAACUAAAACACUAGUUGUCUGAUCGAAAAGAUUACUAAAUAUUUAUUUGGAGGGCUGGUUUUGUAGAUUCUAUUUUUUUUUCAUUUUUUUUUUUUUCAUUUUCUUCCAAAUGGCCAGAAAAAGGAAAUUAAAUUUGGCACGGGUAACGUCGGGAGCAAGAUAACAAGCUAUAAUAUAAUAAAGACAGUUGAUGACUUCACACGGCGUAUCUAUUGCGUAUCACUUCAUUAAGGAGAUUCUCAAAUAUUAUAAUUGUGGUAACAUUUAUUAUACACUGGUUAAAGCUUUUUGUAUCGCCAUGAACCAGUAGCUAUUAAUAUCUAUAUGAAAUUGUUGAAUACAUAACUAUAAUUAUGUUACUAGGACGUGAAUUUCAAUGUGCAAUCCUCAUUUUUUUCAAAGCUUGCUGUCCGAUGAUCGUUUUGUUACAAAAUCGUUCCAUCUAAUAUUGAACGAGUAUAACAAGUUUAUUUAGUUUUUUUUUUUUUUACACUUUAUUUUGAAAUUAUUUUCUUAAUUUUUUAUAGAAUUUUAUGAUUUAUGGAUUUAUGGACCUAAAAUUUGAAUUUGAAAUGUUAUUUUAAGAUUUUUUACGCCAGCAAGAUUUUUAAAUAUAAUAAACUAUUAAUAUACCAUCAGACAUAUAAUUUCAAAACCUAAAUAACUACAUACGAGUUUUUUGUUUUGUUAUAUAUUUGUUUACUCUAUUAAUAAUGAGAAAAAUAAAUUAAAUUUUUUUUUUAAGUAAAUUUUAUAAGUGCACUAUUUGGAAAUGGUAAAAUCAUUUUUUUUUUUUGGGGGGGGGGAUUUAUUGCAGAACAUUAUAUUCUUAAAUUUGAUUUAAUGUAUUUAUAAUAGGAGUAAAAUUUAGAAAAAUCAAACAACUAUAUUAUUUCAUUCUAUUAUAUAAUGACUGAAAAACCAAAAUCGAAUUUACUCGAAGUCAUCGUAAGUAACAUACGGUAAACCAGCAGAUUCGUGAUGUAUAUAAAAUAAAAAAAUCACCCUAUAUAUUAUUACUAUUUGGUAAAUAUUUUUCCGGCGAAAUCCGAUCUUUGCUGGUAUCAGGUAUAGGUGUUGUUUAUUGUUUUUAUUGGUUUUGUCUAGAUGCGCUCAGCCGUAAAUAUGUGUGCGGUCUAUUCAAUUUCAACGGUUGGCUUUUACAAUAAUUAUUAAAACGGGUGCCCGUUAAAAAAUAUUAUCAUUUUCGCCGUUAAGUUUCGGAGUGGGGAAAAAACCGUAGUCAUUAUCAUAUGCAUAAUAUUAUAUACUGAAAAAGAAUUGUGUUAUAUAUAACCACGUCGAAUAGCUUCCGUGUCCGGGGACGUACGGUUGUUUUUUCCGUAGAGGAAGUGUCCAAAAUUAAACACACUCGCUAUAAUAUAAUACGAGCUUUCCAGUCGACCGGGUCUUCGAAAAAGUAUUUAGGUGCCCGAAAAAUUCACGGUCCGUCUGCGAUGUCCGGCAGGUCGUUGUCGUCGACGCGCAGGCUUGUGCCGUGGUAUUACCGGCGUCAUAAUUAUACAACAAAUACGUAUAAACACCGCCACUACAGGUAACACGAGAACGAUCGAGAGUUUUAUUUUUUGUUAUUAUUAUUUUUUCACGUAAAAAAACAAAAGCAUAAAAAAAACCAUAUUAAACAGUAUAUAUCCGACAGGAAGGAAGUCGGAACAAAACAUACUGUAUUAUGCUUACAUAAUAAUGUAUGCCGUGCGUGUGAAAUUGUAUCGCCCGCUUAACGAUCCGAAAACCCCGUAUGAUCAGUACACUUUAUAACCUACACACACACUCACAUACACACACAAACAUCAGAUAAUAUAAUGACAUGAUGUAAUUUUAUAAUAUAUUUGUUAUUUUGCAUAGCCAGCGAUCGAAUUUCCCGUAGUCGCACUUCAAUAAAUUUAAGAGAUCCGUUUCCCCGACACCGCAAAUAAAAUUAAUAGAAUUUUGAAUAUGAUAAAAAAAAAUAUUAAAUUUUGUUAAUGUGCACUUCCGUAAUGUGGUAAUUAACCUUGUAGAUAAGGACCUGGCAAAAUAAAAAAAUAAAUUUUUAGUAAUGUGCCGUGACUCGGAAGAUAGACCACGAUAUGUUGUUUUUCUUUAGAUUCUGAACGAGAAACGUAUCGUGGGUUUCACUAUACGAUGUAUGUUUUUUUUUAUUUUUACAAAUGAUUUCUGUCUGUUAAAUUAAAUUCGGUAUGGAAACUACAACCUCCGAUCAAAAAAUGAGUUUUGGUUCUACAGCCAAACUAAUUCGGGAAGUCAUUUAUCGAUUUUGAUAUUGUAGCUACAUAAGAAACUAAUAUUUUAUAAUUUAUUAUACUAGUUUUACUAAGAUGUUUUUUUCUCAUAAAACAUAUUUUGGAUCAUUCGGAUCAAUCACAUCAAAUAUUUUUUUUUCUUGAUGAUUUUUCUAAAAAAUUAUACACACUGACACUUAAUGACGAUAAAUUAGUUUUAUUUUUGGUGAUUUUAUAAUUUGAAUAGCUUGGUUACAAUUUACAAAGGAAAAAUACUGCUAUUAUCAUUUUUACUGAUUACAGAAUCAUUUUACGAUUACAAUGAUUUAUUGUUGCUUUCAAUAUACAGUAUGUCCCUUAUUUUAUAUACCGCUAAAUAUCUCAGCCCGAUCACCUUAGAUGUUUAAAAUGAGGUUUUCGUGUAGUGGUGUAGAGUAAAGAAAUACACACUUUGAGACAAUUUUUAGUUUUCUAACCUUCUCAGUGCACGCACGCACAGUUUAAUUUACUAUUUUUGAAUCUCAACCCUUAUUUUUAUCACCAGAUAUGAAUAGAUCAUUUUUUUUCUUAGUCAUUUUAAUCCAUUUACCAUGGUCUUAAACCUAAAAUUGACUAAAUUACAGCUUUUUGAAAUUCUAAAAUAACAAACUUAUAUUGAGUGACUCAUGGAUUUGGAAAUUUGUAUUAUAAAAUAAAAUAAUAAUUACUUUGCACCGUAUUUUUUUCAAUUAUGUUUAAUUUUUUAUCUUAUAAAAUAUUCCGAAUUCCUUCAAUUAUUUUCUAAACACGCUUCCAGUCGAAAAAAUCAAUUAUUUUCAAAUUUCGAAAAGCUGUAACUUGGUCAAUUUUAAGUAUAAAACCCUGGCAAAUGGAUCAAAAUGACUUUGGAAAAAAAUAAAAAAAAUUCAUAUCUGAUGACAAAUAAAGAGGUUGUUAUUCAAAAUAAGUAAUUUUAACUGCUCAAAUGUGGACUAUAAAUUGAAAAUGAUCUCAAAGUGUGUAUUUUAGUACUCCCCAUCACCUUCCGAAAAUCCCAUUUCAUUCUAAUAUCAUCAGGUUGAGAUAUUUAGCGGUAUAUAAAAGACGGGACACACUGUAUAAAUGAUAUAAUAUAUACAAUAUGCAUUAUACAUGCCAUGUAUAGUGUAUAAAUUAUAUACUCAGUGGUUCUGUUUUUUUUUAAUCAUUAUGGAAUCGCUUAAGCUUUAUUUUAACACUAAUUUCAAUUUUGUACUCCUACUCCUUAUACCUGUUAUUUCGGUCAAUAUUUAUUGAUUUUUAUUAUUUAUUGCAUUUUUUUUUUCAGCAAAACGAAAGAGUGCUGUGGAACUGUUACAAGAGACGAAAUCAUUGUAUGUCAAAUCGGAAACUGUGCUCGACAGGAAACAGGAGCUCAGACGGAGUCUCCGGAGCAGCGGUUCUUCCGACAAGGGCUCGUCAUCGCACGACAACGCUUCCGGUAGGUACCUCCUAUUUUUUUCCCCUCAUAUUUAUUAUAAUUUGCAUAAUAUUACAAGACGCACAGUGUAUUUUUAUGUGUGUUAUAUCACACAUUCUAACGUAUUAUUAUAUUAAAAAUUAAUUGUUUUCACAUCAAUUUUCUAGAAAUUAAAACUGAUAUUCUUAAGAAACUAUUAAUCGAAUAUAUAAGUAUGGUACAUUAAAGUGUUUAGAAUAAUGUAUACUUUACAAAUUGGUUAUUUUUAAGAGUGAUAAAAUAAAAUAAUUUUUUUUUCAAUAAUUAAGGGAUGAAAACAAAAAUUUAAUUUUUCUCUACAUAUAUAUCCCUUCGAUCAAAACUUAAUUGAAAAAAAAAUUAAAACAAAAAAAAAAACAGAAUUAUUAACCUAAGGAUAAUACUGUAAAACGCUCUGUAUUUAUGUAUAAUGGUUCGAUUAUGACAUAAAAACUACACGUGUAGUUUAAAUAUACGCGUAUACGUGUACAGAUCCACUUAUCAGAAACAGCGAUUUUCUCGAGGGAUUUUGAGUGAAGUUGAUUUCCGUUUUUCAAUUAUUAUUGAAUCUUUAUUUGCCCCCCAUUUUAAAUUUCUAUCCCUAAUAUUUAUAAUUUAAAUGAGUAUACACAUUAAGUUUUCAAAUUACAAUCACCACCUUUUAAGCAAAGAUAAUUUGCUAAAAAUCUUGAUACCUGUGCAUAUAACACUCACAUCGGAUUUACUAUUUAUGAGUUUCACAAAUUCAAAUUUAGAGUAUUAAAGAAGGGUUAUCAAUUUAUCGUCUUAAAAUGGAUAUGUAAUGUAUUACUCUUUCUUACUUCUCCGGUCUAAUUUUUAAACUGCUGUAACUUAUAAACGUUAACUUUUAAAUUGGUGGUGUUGUGUACAUUUUUAUAAAACCAUUCUCUAUUUGAAUGUGCGUAUUUCAAUAUGGGGUAUUCCUAUUUGAAAACUAAUACUAUAAAAUCACUUAAGUUAUAGGGAGUAGGGUUAAAAAAAUUUAAAUAAUUUUAAAAUUAAGUUUAAACAAUUCCUUAAAGGUUGAAAACCAGAAAUCAAAUUCAUUUAAAAUUAUCCGAUAAAAUUGCUGGUUUAUGAUGAGUGGACCAUUCUUCACAAGUUUGUGUUCAGGUGCGAAAUGUUUCCCCUAUGGUAAAUAUUUUAUUUUUAUUUUAAGUACACAUUUACGUAUACAUUACUUAUUUAUUUAUUGCCCCAUCUUCUUAAAUUUACGGAUACUCCACUGAAAAAGUUGAUGUACUCGUAUAUUAUUAAACAUAACUUGUAUUUAAAAUGUACACGUAGUUUGUAUAACAUGAAUCAUUUACACAUGUCACGCGUGUAUGUUGGAUACACGAACUUCUUGUGCACGUGUAUUUUAACUAAAUAUCUAAAAUGUUAGCCUCUAGUUCAGACCUUUUAGUUUUCGACAAAGUGCAGAAAAUCGUGGCGUAAAUGAUUACUACGUAUGUAUACAAGUAUAUUCAACUUUGUCGUUGAGAGCAUACGUCGAAUCAAAACAAACAAACUAUUUUAUAUAAUAUUUAACUUGUCUGUGGGUACAUAUAUAGGUAACUGUUGUAAUUGGUCGAGCGGAAGUUUCACUUGCUUGCCGCCUCCCAAGAGUCCCCGAUUAGUGGCCGGCUGCCAGAGAAAGUCCACCGCGGACUCGCAACAACUUCAAAACGAUCUCAGACGCCUGUUGAAUGCAGACUCCAAAGAAAACUUAUUCGAAGCCUCUUCGGUGAGUACUUUUUAUGAUGUAUGAUUUUCAACUAAUAUUUCGUAUUUAUAGUAGCAUUAGUAGGCAAGGGCGGACUGGGAAUUAAAAUUGGGCCCGGUAAAACAAAAAAUUCAGACCAAAAUGGUAAAUGUCAAAGGAAAAACCAACAUUCUAUUAUAAUAUACAUAGUUAUUCGGUAAUUUUGGACAAAAAUUAUUAUUUCUUUAUUUAAAUAUAAAAUUAUUUAAGUUUAUUUGAUUGCAAUUCAUCAACCUUAAUAUUUACCUUCCCUGCAGGUGAGAAUGGCUCUCUCUAACCAGUACGUCCUUAAAAUAGUGGGUAAUUAUAAUUAUGAUAAUUCGUUCGCAUAUCCAUCGUUUCUGUACGUUUUAUUUAUGUAUGAAUAAUACUGAACAUAAAAAAAAAAAUAUUAAAAAUGGACAUACUUCGCACGAUGGGUGGGUCAUUGUUGUAGGUAUAAAGUUGGGAAGGUAGUCGGGAAAUUUAAUGUGAAAAAAAGAUUUGAAUUAGGCGUGAAGUGUACACAAAAUUGGCCAGGUUAAUUUGUUUUGUUAAAUUUAGUUUUUUAAUAUAUCUUUAAAUUAAAUUUUGGAAAAUUAUGAGAACUGAAAUUCGAAAAGUGCUUGGUUAAUAUCAUAUACUCUUCACGCUGAAUUGAAAUAAGUUUUCGGAACUUUUUCAGAACUGAAAAAUUAGUAAAAUUUGCUUUGUUGCGCGUGUGUAAGACGAUUACUAUAAGGGAAUCCUUGUUCCGUUUCGUUUACCUUUAAAAUGCAGCUUAAGCAAUUCCAUAAUGAUCAAAACCAGAAAUCAAAUUUACUUAAAACUAUCCGAGAAAAUCGCGCGAUCAUGAAAUUAGAGUUGAAAAAUCGAAAUAUAGGUAGAAUAAUGUAUACAUUUUCUAUAACUAUAUACGUUUUUCGAAGUGCAACUCUCUUUUGGUUGUACAUCGAUAAUGAAUUUAAGAAAUUUAAUUUUUAUCACUAAAGUAAUAAUUAUAAUAGUACUUAAAAGAAAAAGACUACUGCUUUAGAAACCUAAUAAACGAUAUGAUAUAGUUUGACGAGUUUUCUUUUAAUUUCGUCAAAAUUAUCUAUAUGCAACCCCUUAAACGGGUGUUUGACGUCCACUAGGAUAUUUAGGAUUUCUGUUGUACGUAGAUGACGGAAAGUCUAAAACAAUAACCAUUUGUCGAGUAUUUAAAUACGAGUAUUAUCAAACUCAAACGUUUUAUUUUCACAUGACAAGCUUACUUAAAAAAAAAAAAAAACCCGCAUUAUUCGUGCGCAUUUUACAGUCGCUCACAUUACCGCGACUAAAUUAUUACAGUAAUUACGACGUGUAUUGUUUGGAAUCGUUAUGCCGGGCGAACGAAACGACAAUGUGAUAUAUUUAACCAACGAAAAUAUUUAUAUACCAAUUUACAUAUAUAUGAUAAUUUUAUGGAAAAACGAUUUUUUACCGUCAAAACGUCGCGAUGACGAAUUAUUGUAGUAUUUAUUUGAAACAAAAGUGUCGUUUCACUUUGAAUAUGACUAGUCUACGACAACUAUAUGUAAUACCUGAUUAAGAUUAUUUUGUAUUACAUGACACGAAUAUAUUUCGAAUCAGCAUAUUAUUAUACCUAAUAAAGUACCUAUACAAACGAUUGCAUAUGAUUUAAAAACGCAAGUUUAUUUUACGUGAUAAUUUUUUUAAAGUCUGGCGGUAUAAAUGCAAAUCUAGAAUAUAUUUUGGUGCAAAUAAAGAGAAAUCUUAGCAGAGAUAUGUUUAUGGGAAGGGGCUAGGAAGGAUGAUUGCGUUGGGUAGAAUUUGUUUAGGAGUGGUAUUUUUAAGUAUAUUUUUGUACCUGUAUAACAUAUUGGUUAUUGGUGUUGAUAUUAACACUUUUAUUUUUAGUUAUCUCGUUUGUCAUACUCAAACUUAACAGUGAAAAUUGAAAAAUGUUUUGUUAUAAAAUUAUGUCAUGACCUUAGAUAGAUAAUAAUAUGAACGGGAAAUAUAAUACUCAAUGUAUAAAUGAAUAAACUAAGUAUAGGUAAUUAAAUAAUUAAAAUAUAUAACUAUUCAACAAUUGAAGUGUUUGUCCGGACAAAUCUCUAAACGGCUGAACCGAUUUCGAUGGAAGUUUCACUGCGAGAUAAAGUAAUUUCUAGACUACCUAAACAUAAAUUUAAUAAAUAAACCCAUACGGGGGGAGUGGAGGAGGGUGGUUUAUAGUAUAAAACAGUCUGUAUCACUAUAAGAAUACAUCUUUUCCUUUUUGUGUUUUGCUGAAGUAUACACAUAUCGUUAGCUAGCAACGUGAUUCAAUCAUACAAAUAAUAUUGCAGAUCUAUUAAUUUAAAAAAAACCUUAAAAAAAAAAAAAAAAUGACCGCGAAACAACGGUUAAUUGUAAUGGGGUGGAAGCUAGAAGUCACUGGGAUACACUUUUAUAUAUUUUUAAUUUGUUUCGAAAGCCUGCCGUGUUAUUAUAGUACAUACAGUUCAAUAAAUUAGUAAAAAAAAAGAAAGAAGAAAGUAUUUAUUUACACUGUUAUCAAUUGAAUAUGACGUGUAAUAUGUAUAAAAUAAAAACAAAAAUCUGCUUUAAAGGUGUCAAAAGAAAAAAAAUUUGAAUACGUAUCUGGGCAUAAAAAAUCACCUUCUUUACCCUACUUCAAAACUCAGCCCUUUCAGUUCAAAUCCUUAUCAAGUAAAAAUUAUGUAAGCAUACAUAAUCAAUGUUACCAGGUGUUAAGUACCUACUCCAAAAAAUAUUUGAGUUUUUCGCGUCUAUGAAUACAAGCCAUUAACAUUGUUUGUACAUUUAAACAUUUUUAUCUCAAAACGCAGCAGGAAGGGGGAGAAUUCUGUUAAACGUGUAUUUGAAUUAGUAGUUGAAUAGUUAACUUAUUUACUUCUUAACUCAUUUACAUUUUCUUACAAUUUUUUUUGGUUUUUUUAGGCUUUGUAUUUGAUUUUCGAAAAACAGUCGAGUAAUCGACAAUAUUUUAUUUGUUUUUGUUUUUUUAAUCCAACUUUUUCCGAUUUUUCGGAUCUGUAUAAAUCACACGUUAUGUUGUUCGAUUUUUAAAAACCCAAUAUGUUUCGUUUAUUAAGUUCUAAAACCUUCCGCAAGUAUAUUAAUCGAUGUUGUGUAUCUUAUCCGUACAGGUAUUCUUGGAUGACGUGAUCGUACCGCCACCGGUACAGUAUCGCCGAUCCGUGUCACACGGCCAACCACAGCACAGUCAUCAUGAGUCGGAACAGGAAGUGCAGCGAAAUGACGACUCGUAUCAUCUGCUGCAGGAACACCAGCAGCAUCAACCGUGCACUUCUGGACCGUCGACCGUCUGUCACAAGUCUAUGCCUGAUCUCACGGAUGUUGCGGCCGCGACCGUUGCGUCCACGACGGCAGCCGUAAUGGCCGCAGCGAACCUACAACGGCCGGCCCGACCGCGACGUUGCCGUCGUUCCGUGUCCUCGGGGUCCGUGGCGGCGGGAGACUGUUGUGACGAGGAUAACGACGGCGACGACGACGAUGACAUUUUCGAUAUGUAUCGCGGCGUACCAUCUCCUCACGGGUAAAGAAAAUAUCACAACAUUAUUAUUUUUCAAGUUAAAAAUUGGUCAUAACAUUAAAACUCUACUUAUGCAGAGUGUUCAAUCCUUGACAAGAUACUCAUUACCUAGGAAACAAUUAACAUUUUUCGAAAUUUGUUUUUUAGAAUAUUUAAAAAAGCAACUCUAAAAUCACCAUUAUUUAAAAGGAGAUGAAACUACUAACGGCUUUAGAUUUUCAGAUAGUAACCUAUAUUAAAAAUUUCAUUGAUUAAGUUCAUUAAAUAAAGUUUUAGUUUUGACAUUUUUAAUUCCCGUUAACUCGUUUACAAGUAUUGUGAAGUAUAUUCUUGUGUAGUUGGAUAAAAGGAAAGUAGUGUAGCAUUAUUUGAGCGACGGUGUAACGCAUGACAUUUGAGUAGUUCUCCACUACUCUCCCCUUACCCACAAAACCGCAAACUUUAAAAAUGGGAUAAGUGAUAGAAAAUGAACUGUAAUAUAACGCUUUAGUGGUGCUUGUUUCUUAAAUUUUCUGAAAAUUUACAUUCCGAAAAACUAAUACUUUAUGAGUUAAUGAAUGUCCUAUGUUGAUUACUCAGUUUUAUGUAUACCACAUUUACACGGAGUAGUCACUAAUGCGUACUAAGCUAAUUCGUAUUAAGUUAAACUUGCAUGUAAACGCACGUUUAAUACGCAUUACUUUAAUGCGCUUUACAAAGUUUAUUCGAUUUGUCAAAUCGAUUGAACUCCAACUGUGGUAUUAAGAAAUGUAUGUAAUAUGUAAACAUUCUAAACACUAAAAAAUAUUUUAGUCAGGAAUUAAAUAUGAAAUUUUAUCAUAGGUUUAUGCAAAGAUUAACAAGGUUAUGCACUACGUAUUAAAUAUUAGUGUCUAUUAGACUGUAUAUACAUGUGGUUAUAGUAAUAUAAUUUGAUCACGUAAAAGUGCAUGUGGUUUUCGACGUGACAGUUUUUUAACACGUGCGGUUAUUGUUUAAUCGUUUUUAUUUAAUUUUUUUUUUUUUGAUCUCGUCUUCCCGUAGAUUCGGAAACAAGUCCUGCAGCAGACCAGACGAAACGGACGGCGGCGUGGUUGCCAACAACGUAACAACCUGCUCGUUCCCGGAUUCGUUGAGCCUGACCAGUUACAAAACGGAUGCCAGAUGGCAACAGUCUGUAAGUUAUUUUUUCAUUUACUUCUACAAAAAAUACUAUACUAUACGUCUAUACUACGUAUUUUUUUGCCUCUUCGCAUAUAAAUAAUAAAUAAUAAUAUUAUAUUUUCAUUCACACACUUAACCGGAUCCGGUUUAAUAUAAUACUAAUAAUAUUAUGUGUACGAUCGCGUUUAGAUAAUCUAAUAUUAUUAGUAUUUCACAUUUAUUGCUACAGUAGCAUUUCGAUUAUUACGUUUUUAUAAUUUGUUUUUUUCUGCCUGAGUCUAUCAUGACGACGUAUUUACUCUGCGAUAAAAAAUAUCUAAACCACCGUUUUCCGAUUAAUUGGAUUCACGGGUUAAAAUCGGAAAAUCAAAAAGGUUGAACUUAACCUUUUAUUUUCUAUUCUUUUUCAUUAUCAUUUAUAUUUUUUAAUUCUAAGGUAUAGGAUGAAAAAUUGAAAAAAAAUUGAUAUUACUCAUGAGUAGCCACUAAAGAUAGUUUGGGAAGUAGGAUAUAUAGGGUAAUUUGAUUUAUAUGCAAUAAUAUACCAUUUAAAAUGGAAAAAUGAUUUUUAUUAGCGAAUAGUGUAGCAUUAGUUGAUUUUUUCCCUUGCUACCGAGAGAGCGCAGAAAUCAUCAAAAAAGAUCCUAGAAGGAGAACUUCUGAAAAUCUACUGCCGAGAAAUAUUUCAAAUUAACAAUCGAUCAGAAACUGCGUAUUUUUUGAAUUACUACGUGAAAAAAAUAAAGUAUUUGCCUGACUAAAAAGGUAUUUAAAAAAAAAAAAAAGAAGUAUUAGUGAUUUCUAAAAAUUGUUUAAAUGUACGAUUAAAUCAAAAAUCUAUAUCUUCCUAGAUAUGAUAUGAGGAAAUCUGAGAUUAAAACUAUCCCAAAAAGUGUUUUGAGAGAAAAAAAAUGUUAUAGUAAAACAAAAUAAAUAGUUUUUUCGCUAUACUCAGAAUCAAACUUCAUAGAAAUGCGGUCUUAUCGAGUACCUAAUAUAUUUUUACGACGAAUUUAAAUGAGUUUUCAAAACAGUCGCUUCAUUUAAUCAAAAGGAAUUAGGAUCGAACAAUCUUGUUUAUGUGUGUUUUUAAAUUAUAUAUUGUCGUUAUUUUUCCGUAGGUUUACGUUAAUAAUUUGCCCGAACGUUAUAAUAAUAUCGGACGACCGAUCGAUCAUAUUAUUAUUAUUUUGUUCGGGCGCGCGUGACGUUUUUGGAUAAUUUAUCAUACUAUUAAAUUUAUUAAUUCUGUCUAUAAUUUCAGAACCACACGCCCCGAAUCGGAUUUUAAAUUAUACUUACUCGCCAUAUCGAUAACUUUUUGCAGUGUAAACAAUAAGUGGAAUAUAUUAUUAUGCUGUGGCUAAUGUUCGUCUCGGUUUGCCCAUUUCGACCCGUUAUAUUACAGUGUACUUUUUUAAAAUUAUAUUAUUUAUUUUUUGUUAUAGAUUAAAAUAUAGACCUAUUAUAACUGUGCCUCGCGUACAAAUUAGGCUGAUUUUACAAGUAGAUACGGAUAUAUAGGAAGAAAAAAGAAAUAUUUCUUGUUUUUUCUCGUAAAAAGCGUUGAUUUAUCACAUAGACACACCAUGUAUAAUAAUAACAUAAUGCGGUUUUCCUAUAACCGUAGGAACAUCAAUACCUCGGUUUUACUAAAUUCCUAAAUUUUGCCUAAAGAUAUUCCACUGAGUCUUAAUAUGUCGUGUGCUAUUUAUCGCAUUCUGAUUGGCCGUGUUAUAAUCUUGGUAACAUUUAGUAACCAAGCCCUAUUUUAUCCACCGACGAUGAUUUGGGGAACUGAUUAUGCAUUUCUUUCCCUGCCGCCGCUAUCGUUUUUCAAUCUACCAACAAUAAUAUAACUUGAUCAAUAACAAUGAAUAUCAAAACCUAUCGGAAAAUAUUGUCGUCAUACCCUGUUGACGCGGUGGAAUGUUUUUGGUCUUUUUACGCGAAUUUCAAUACUAAUUCCACAAUAUUUCAAAAAUAACCAGUAAAAUUGCACAUUUUCUAUGUCUGUAUACUUUUUCUUUUUAAACGGCAUUAUUAUCCGUAACGUAACGCCGAAAAUCUAUUCCCUCGUUUAAAUUAGGUUAGCAUAAUAAAAAACUAUAGUUAUACUUAUACAGUUAACAGUAUGCAGCUCCCCCUCCCAAAAAAAAAAAAUAAAAUAAAAUAAAAAUCAUCAAAGACGAUGAACAUAAUCAAUUUUAUACAGUUAAUUUAAUUGGACAAAAACACUUUGAAAUGUGAGCCUUAAUCAGUUUAAAAUAAAAAAAAGCCAAUAUUAUUCGAUUACACAAAAUCAAUAUCGCGAAGGUAUAUAAAUCAAGAGUAGUUAUUCAAUAUUAAAAAAUAUAAACAUAUUUAUAUCUUUGCAUUUAUAUAAAAACAGGAUAACUCAAACUAUUAUAGUAAACUAUCGUAGUACCAAUACUUCAAUUCAAAUUUCAAAAAUUUGUUCAACUCGUUACUUAACUGGGUGUUCAUUAAAACAAUGAUGAAGUAUACAAAUUUAAGUUUAAGGAUUAAAACUUAAACUAUUGUUAAGUUGUAUAGUUAAAUUAAUAGCUUCUUCCCUUCACUCGGAAAUUAAAAUUUCAUAGUUUUUAAAUGUCCCUACAUUUAAUUCAAAUAAAAUAUUGAGAAAUAUUAUUUUGAGAUUAUUUCGUCAUUAUUUUCUGAAAUAAUAUUUAAAAUUUUAAUUGUUAAAAAAAUGUAUGUAUAUUAUAUAAAUGUAUAAUAAUAAUANGUAUGUAACAACAUUUGCAAUAAAAUUGAUAAUAUGUUUAUAUAUGCCAAUAAUUGCUACAAUAAAAGUUGCACCGAAAACGUUAGGUUUUAACUACGAAUUAUUUAAAUUACAAUGAUAAUUAAUACUUGGCAAUAAAUUCAAUCUACGCAUAAAGUAAUUCUCGGAAUUUAAGCAAAACUACAAACAGGCGGGAUAGAGGAGUGUAAAUUGAGAGUUGAAUCAUUCUAAAGACGUAUCUUCGACAAAAACACUAUUUACGGAUACAAAUCUGAACGACGUCAUUUACUUUGGGGAGUCAGCAUAAAGGUAUUUAAAACCUGAUAUUUACUGUGAAAACGUGAAAUUUUAACACAAAAAUGGUUGCGGAAGGAGUUGAAAAUUGGAAACCUUAACAGGCACGUUAUUGAUACUUAUAACAGUAUAUAUACUAAAUUGCAUCUCCGUAGACGCAUUCGGGACGUCAGUAAUAGUGAACUAAUAGUUAAAAUAACAUCUCCCUCCCACAAUAAAAUGGUAAAGUUCAUAUUUAAAUUCAACCAAAACCUUUAUCACUUUAAUCCGUGUAUUGGAAAUUCUAAUUUCUGUGUUCAUUUGGUCCUUAAAGAACCAUUAAAAGUGUCCAAAUGUACCGCGAAGAAGAUAAUAUAUAUUAUACACUAGUAUGUUACGGGCAAAAGCCGAAAUCGGCAACAGAUAUGCUGUGUAUAACAUAUAUAUUAUACACAUACAGAAUGAUUCACUAAGCAAGCGUGAACUCACCUUAUUAGAUUCCGAGUACGCUGCAGCGAGGGAGCUAUUGGUUUUACUAAGAUGUUUAUUUCUUUUUUUUUUUUUUUUAGUCUGUGGAUACGUUUUUUCCUUGUAAACUUGCUCCGAUUUUUACGUUUAGUAACUUUUCUAAAACUCAGAGGUUCUAGAUAGUACUUUAGAAAGGUUAUUUUUUUUUAUUUCAACGCCAUUUUUUAAAUAAAAGCAUUUAAGUGGGAAAAAACGUAAGAAAACGUAAAAUUUCACGAUUUCAUUAUUUUAUAAAAACACGGACCACGUUUUCUACCAGAAAAAAAUGAUUUGAUUGAAAAAUUACUAGAUACCUUUUUUGUUGCCUUUUUGAUUUAAUUUCUAACAGUAUCAUUGCCAAGACUUUUGAGCCACUUUUGAGCUUUUAAAGCAUUUUAACUUUUGGUAGUCUUUUUGCUGUAAUUCGGGUUAUAAAUACACGUAGAGACUUGAAACUUGGUAAUAUAAUAUUUAUAUUGGAUUUAUUUAAACGUGGUAAUUUUUUUAAAAUCAUUAGAUGACUUUUUUUUUUAACAAGCGUUUUAAAAUCAAAUUUAAACGAAAAUCGCAAAACUUAUAUAUAACCGAACUGCGCUCGGAAUCGUUUUUCAUCUAGCAAUGGUUUACCGUUACUUACGGAUAUAAAUAAAAUAACCUUUUGUUUUCUACCUUCCCAACUUCCUAUAAACAGAGGCUGCUCUCAUCCUCAGUAUCAGCUCUUAUUUUUAAUUUUUUUUUUUUUGUUUUGUGGCUUUUAGUUUAAAGUUUAAUUUACCAUCGCAUUUCUACGUACCUAUGUUAUUGUAUUACUUAUAAAUAUAUUUAAUGUGCAAAAUUGUUGUCGGAAAUAAUUUUAAUGAAACUUUUAAUAAUUUUUGUCAUUGCUGUAAAUUUUGAGUGCGUAUAAAAAAACUUUAUACGAAAAAAAAAGGUAACGUAGAAAGUUUUAUACUCGAGAUGACGCGCAGAAAAAAUAAAUAAAAAAUUACCAAACUUAAAACGAUCAUAUUUUGCAGCGCCAAAAUGCGGAUAAAAUAUUCACGAAGGUAAUUUUUCUUGUUUAUUCCUACUCUAUUAUAUUCUUUUCUAUUCGACUCUGGGGGCUUGUAAUUCCGAAUGAAAAAUCGUUCUUUUUUAAGAAGCUCGUUUUAUUUCGUAGACAGCGAAUAACCCAAAUAUCGAACAAAAAACUACACGACAAACGAUUUAUCGAAGGAAUGAACGGUGGUCACAGUGAUGAAAAGAAUCGUCGUAGGUACACACUGCGAGAUAAAAUAUUUAUGAGAGCCCCAGGUAGUUUUUUUACACGAACGAGGAAAUUCGAUAAAAAAUACUCGGUAGAAUUGAAUCUUUCGUAGAUUUUCUGACUGUGGAUUUCACUUGCCUGAACAUCAGGGACGUAAUAUUUUGCCGCGCCAUCAACCGCUACCACAGUGUGUUAAACAAACGAAGAAUUUAGAUUAGGGGCAAAAUUGAGAGAAAUAUAAUUCUUCGUACUAGUAUCAUUGUUGUAACAAUGUAUUUUGAUUCCCAAAUUUGUACUAUCAAUAAUAUAAUACUUUGAGUUUGUCGUUUUGUGGGUAAGAAGAGAGCAUUAAAACACUAUUGAAAUGUCACAAAAAUGACGCUUCACUGCUUUCCUUUUACCCAAACUUGAAACUGGAAACGGGUAAACGGAAAUUAAAAACGUCAACACUAAAAUUGAUUUAAACUAAAACUUCAUCUAUUUAUGAUGUUUUUAAUAUAGGUUACUAUUUGAAAAUCUAAAGGGGUUUCAUCCAGUAAAAUAAGAGUGACGAAAAAUGAUGAUAAUGUAAAAUUUUCGAGUUAUUCGUUUCUUUUAUGUUCUAAAUAACAAAUUUCGAAAAAGUUAAUUUUCGAAAUAAUUAGUGUCUUACGUUAUGCUGGUUAUCCUAUAACUAUAUAUUAACUUCCAUUUGUUUGCAAUUUAAAUUAAUACUUGAACAGCAUGAUGAUAAAUGAUGUUUUUGAUGUUUUAUGCAUUUGUAUUUCUAUACUUAUGGUUUAUACUAAAGGAUUGUGUCGUACAAAUCAAAACAUGUUACCUACAUAUUUAUAUAUUUAACAUUUUAACUAGCUAUGCAUUUAUUAUUUAACUGCUGUCUUCCAUCUCUUAUACUGAAAUUUGUUUCAAAUCAUUUUAUGAUUAUUGAACUAUUAAAGGAGAAACAAGUGACAAGGAAUUGAUUACGUAAAAUAAUCAUGUGUGUGCUCCGGACGUUUUACAGGCUCAUGGAGAGACGGGGAGUUCGAUCGGAGAGGAAAACGGCGGAAGCGUUUCGCCCGUCAAGUCGACCGUGUCGCACGGCCGCGGCCGCCGCCGUCGUCCACAAUCCGGUCCGACGACGGUGGCCUGUGCUGGACAACAGCAACAGCUGCCACCGCCGCCGCCACCGCCGGUAGCCCCGCGUCGAAACCACCGGAACAGCAACAACGUGCCGACGGCAGGUGGAGACGAGUUCCGUGGCCGGCCGAUACUCCGGAGCAAGUCGGACGUAGGCCACGGGGUGUUGAACCGGCCGUUGAGUCUGCUGUCCGCGGGCCCGUUGACUACCUCGGCCGCGGCCGCUGACGAAGCCCGUGACGUUUACUACGAUCCCGAACAGCUGGAGAAAUUUUUCUGUCACCUGGGCCUCGAUCCAGACGAGUACAGGUGAGUCGUACUAUAAUAUAUUUAAGUAAUGAAUAUAAUGUACACUAGAAAUCAGGCCUGUCCCGGAUUAGCCUGGACCUAAAUCCGGGUUUAGUGCGGUCCGGUCAAAAUGUUUUGUAUAUUAUUGGGUUGAGUUUUUUUUUUUUAUUUUAGUCGUCGAUUUAAAAUCAUUGAAUACGGUCGUUUAUGGUAAUUUCAAAAACUUUUCCUCGACUGAAUUUUAAAUAACCAUAUUGAUGGUGUUUCGUUAAAAGGGUAAAAUACAACUAAAAAUCGAAAAAUACGUUUUUGGUAUCAAAAAAAUCAGAAAAAUUAAGAAUGUAAACAGGUAAAAGGGUGUAUUUAAAUACAGAAAAUUAAGUCGGUAAUGUCGACUAAAAGAUAUCUAGGCGCCUUUUUGAAAUAUAAUUAAAUCAACACCAAUUUGUUAAAAGGGCGUAUACCACGUGUCCACAUUCAAUGCAUGUAUACUUUGUGUACAAGGUGUUAUGUGUACGAGUAAUUUUAUUGUUUUUCAUGACAAACAUCAUUAAAAACUGUAUUUUUGUUUUAUUACAAAAUAGUUUCUCUUGCAUUUUGAAAAAAGUGAAAUUUCAUUGACGCCCUUUUAACAAAACACCGUCGAUACGGCUCGGGAUUUAAUGGACAAUUUAUAGUUGAUUUUUUUUAAAUGUAUGAUUCGGACUACGCUGAUCUAUGAUUUUAAAAUUUUGUAAACUUAGUUUUGAUUUUCUUUAAUAUCUCAUACCAUACAUAUUAUAUUUAUUUACAUUUAGUCGUUUUUAAAUAUUAUAAGUAUUUAUAUUAAAUUUUUAGUAACUAUUAUUAUCAUAUUUUUUAGACUUCUGUAUUACAAUAUAUUGGAUGGGAAAUCCGAAUUUUUAAUGGAAAUUAGGUCUAGUAAGUUUUCGAUGUUCGGAGUUUUUACGAAAAUUAUUAUUAUUUAUUAUUUUUGAAAAAUAAAUCUUUUUAUUUAAAAAGCUCGCCACGGCCCGGCGUCCUAGUUUUAGAAAUACUUUUUCUAUUUGUGUUAACGGAUUUUUUAUUUUAAUAAAUUAAUUUUCAUUUCCCACAACGAUAAUAAUUAUUAUUUACUAAAUAACAAACUGCGCGUUUAUAACAAUCCGAAAGCGAUGCUCCCGAAAACCAAUUCCCAUUAAACCUCUCCCGGACACUACUGCAGUAUUGUAUAACGCAAACUAAUCAUAUUUUGUAGGCCAUUAACGGCUGCAUAAGUCCAAAAUAAUAGUAAUUCUUUACAUUUAUUUUCUAAAAAUGUAAUAUCAUUAUUUAUAAAUUUCAAAACGAUAUGUAUUAUAAAAUAUUUUGACAAAAAUGUAUAUUAUUAUAACAAAGGUAUAAAGGUAUAAUUAUGACACUAUAAAAAUGUCAAGUUUACUUAGUUAUGUACUUAUAAUAUAUGUAUUCUAAAUUACGCUUAACAGACCGUUUUUCCAAUUUUUUUUUUUUUUUUUUUGUAAAAUUUGGUAAGUAAAAUGUGACAAAACGAAACAAAUAAACAAUUUUGAUAAGACCCGAACACUGACUAUAAUAAAUAUUAAUAAUUUUGAGUUAAAUUAUCGGGUUUUUAUGUUUUAUUACCCGUAAAAGAAUCAUCACAGGUAUCAAUAACCUUUUCGUAAGAUUUGUAAGAUUUGUUCAGUGUACAAUGUUCUUGCUCGCACAAUAAUUUGGCACGAUUUUUUUUUUGUACAAAUAUGCAGAUUAUAAUAGAGUUGUAACAUUACAAAAGUUGAAGUGAAAAUUUCGUCUCGGUUACGUUUCAUAUAUGCGUAGUUUUCGUUAAGUGUUUUACAUAUUACAGUUUAUUAUUUCGCCUCUGCAAAAUAAUCGGUUUUAAUUUAUGUUAUUAUAAACACUCACAUUGCGGAAAUCACCCGUGUGAAUAUUCGCAUAAAAUUGCAAAAAAAAAAAAAAACUAAUAAGUGGGUAUAUUAUUAUCCUUAUUUAUGUUUUUGUUACGGGUCAACUUUGAGUAAUAGUCAAUAUAUUAUGUCAUUAAGCUAUAAUCGGAAAUGUCCCGUUUGAAUUUUGCACUUAAAAGAUUAUAAAUUUGCGUAGAAAAUUUUGGGGAAAAAACUACUAAAGUCCAUUCGAGCAAUUACAAUUUUAAAAUUCUCCCGUGUCUCCUCUAACAGUUGUUUUAGAUUCUGAGUAAAGCAAGGAAUAUGUAAUAGUUUUAUUGUAUGAUUGUUUAUUUGUUGUGUUUAUAAUCAACUUAUUUACCAAUGAUCUUGCUUUAAUCAUAAACUGUAAAAGAACUUGCUUGUAAAAUUGUUUAUCUAAUUGGUGCACUAAGGAUGUCAUAUUUUGAUUUUUCCUUGUUAUUUUCUUAAUAAAUGGAAAUAACUCGGGACUUUUUAUAAUUUUUAUUGGUUUUUGCAUCAAGGGAAAAACUGCUAAUAAUAAAAAGAGCUCAGAAUAGCUUUUCAUGAGAUUUAGUGUUCAUGAUUUAUCGUUGCAUAUUAUACAGAUAUUAAGUUACCCUAUAUGUUCUCCUUUACAACUUUUGUCCAAAAAUAGUAGCUACCCAUUAGUAGUAUCUGUCCUUUUUUUAAAAAUUUUAUUUCAUUCAUAUCACCAAAAUAACUACAAAUAAAUAUAAUUCGAUUUUUGCACCAAAAUUCCUAAAAAUCCUGUGUCAGCCAACCUUUUUAAAAAGUUGUCAAGUCGAUGCACAAAAAACGGGACUAUUUACGCAUAACGUAAUAAUUAUAUUAUUGUAAAUUUUGUUUUUUUAAUAAAAUUCAGUUAGAAAUAACCAUAGGUAAAGAAACUUUGAAUUUUCACAAAAUACUUAUAUUGGUAGCCAUUUUCUAAACGAGAUCAAAUUUUAAAAAUAUUUUUGAUGUUAUUUUUAGUUAUUAUCUGAUUUCAUGUAGACGAAAUUGUUUCGCGAACAGAAAUACUUAAAAGUUUAAUACGUAGGUUGUUUAAUCGUUGUUCAUUGUAGGUUGUUUUUGAUAAAAAAAAAUCGAGCUUAGAGUAGUAUAUUUUUUUUAAACCAUGUUAAGUUCAAAUGUUGACAAAAAUCGUAAAAAUCACCGCUUUUCAAAACACAUUUAACUGAACUUCGCUCAGAAUCUUAUUUCGUUAGCAAUGAUGUAUCGUUGUUAACAUAUAUAAAUUUAUAUAGGUAUCCUAUCUAUCCAAUUUCCCAUCCAUAACAGUUGAACAGUUAAACUCUUAUCAGCAAUAUAUUAGCUUUUAUAUAUAUAUAUAUAUAUAUAUAUACGGGUGUCAUUCAAAAAUAGAUAGAGUAUUAGUUUAAAUGCAUUUUUGUAUUGAAAUUAUUGAUUUCCGUCAACCCGUUGACGAGAUAUUCCACUUUUAAGCUAAGAAAGAGGGAGAGUAUAGUAGAGUACUAUUCAAAUGCCUUGCAUCGUGCCACUACUCAGAUGAAUGCACUACUACUGUUCCUCUAUCCAAACUUAAAAGUGGAAUAACAUCUCAACGAGUGGAUUGAAAUCAAUAAUUUCAAUACAAAAAUGCAUUUAAUCUAAUACUCUAUCUAUUUUUGGCAAAAGAAAAAUACAGUUAUUGGCAUUUUAAAAAAAAAUUUCCUUAGGUAUUUUGUUGAGUUUAAAUAUAACUUCAAUCACAUAUAAUUAAUAAGGUACCUAUCGAUGAACGAAAAAUCGUACUAAACAGGAUAUUGUGAUGUAUGUAUACUUUUGUUGUAAAUCUAUUUAUCUAUAUAUAUUUAUCUUAUUUUUCUGAUUUAUUACUUAAAAACCCCUAUGUAGGAUAGUACAAAAUAAUAUGCUGUAGGUAUAGGUACUAAAUAUAUGUUUAAUAUUAUAUGAUUCCAAAUUGUUUUUAGAUAAGUAAUUUUUUUAAAAGAAUAAGUAUUUGAAAACUUGACUGUAACAUGAAAUUUAUAUGACCCUUUAUAUAUUAGUUUUGCUUUAUUCCCCUUAAUUGCAAUCAUUCGUAUAACGAUUCCUAAUCUGUUUUAUAUUUUCGGGUGAAGCAAUAUAAUUGGACAUUUUGCUUGGCACGUGUCGUAAAUUAUCAUAUUGAAAUGGUGCAGACGUAAUCCGCAUAUAUUACUAUUAUUAUUACUAUCGUCUGUGUUUCGAAAUCUCUACAAUAUUGACUCUCUAAUAACCAUCACGAAGGUCCCGAUCGUAUAAUUUGCGCAAAGACCGUUUGGAUUCGCCUACGUGGUCACGAACUAUUCCUAUAAAAACGAAACGUUUUUCAAGUUCUUAAUCUCGGAAUUUAUUAUUAUAUAAUUUUAUAAAAAUUAAAAAACGUUGUGAGCAUUUUCUUGAGAAUUCGAAAAUCGCGAUAACCAGAUACUGCUAUCACCAAUACAGUACAAAAAGAAAUCAAAAUCCGUUUACCAAGGUUGGGCUUAUCUUAGAUACAAUUGUAUCUUUGAGGAAUCUUUUAUCGCGAUACAGUUCUAGAAAGUAUAUAUCGAAUGUCUUGUAUAGCGUUACUGACAUCAAUGUAUCAAUGAUCUAGUGUCUAUGAAUAUUUAUUUUAAAGUUUGUCCAUAGGCAUCUGAAAAAAGAGUAAACUGGAUUCCCCCCCUAGCUUUUCAAAAAUAAAACUAAACAUGAAAAAUGAUUGUUUGUAUGAAAAUUUGGUGGGGGGAGGGGAAAUGUUUCAAAUAAUAUGUGCGAAAAGACCGAUUUCGGGAUUUCGUGCUUUCAUAUUUUAUUAAUAUAUUAUACUGCAUGUGUCAAAAAUGUAUUUGAUAGCUAUUUUAAUUUUAAUGUAUCGAGUAUCUAUACAGUAUACUCGUAUAUAGUAUUGCAAUAUUUAGAUCUAAGUAUAAGAGGCACAUAUUUUCGAGCGCGGAACACAUAUACUUUAAAAACGCAUUCUAAAGGGAGGAAGAAAAAUAUUUUGAAACACCUAAUAUUACAAAAGUAGUUUAGGUAUAGUUUGUAUUUUACUUCUUCCCCCCCCCCCCCCUCCAUUAAGUGAGUGAUAAAAGGCGAAAAUAACGUAGUGAAUAUUUUUGGAUAUUCGAAGUUAAUUUCCUUAUUUUUGGAUAUUCGAAGUUAAUUUCCUUGAUUUCCGCGCCAAUUAUACUCAAUGUACCCCCCCCCCGUAAAUGUAUCCUUGGCAAUACUUGUAAAAUAAACAUAUAAAUACUCAUUUUUCAAGCAUCUUACCCAUCCCUGCCGAUCGUAACUAUGCAUACUCGUAAAGUUUGCGGUAUGCAAUUUGGUGGUGCAAAAUGGCUGCUUCCUCAUUCUUCAGAAAAAAAAAUAUACGAAGAAUAGAAAUUAAUUUGCGGUUAAUCUAGCGGUGAGUUCUAUUAGCUAAUAAUCGUGAUUACCGAAAUUAAAAUAAAAAUCCGUCUCGCCCCGACAUUAUAAAACGUUUUUAAACGCGCGCGUACAAUACAAUAUUCAGAAUUUCGCGGUAUUGAUAUCGUACAAUCACAAACGCUUGGGUAAUUUUAUUGAUUUCGUCAUGGAAAGAAAUCCUCAUUAUAUGUUACGUUUCGUUUCUAUGGAAUACGAACCCGUGAAACGUGAUCAACGACGGCCGAUUAUCGAUUAAAUGUCUGUAUCCAUUAUUGUAAUUUCUCUCGUUAAAUGUUUAUUUUCGCCGUUUAACAUACAAUUUUCGAACAUAUAAUUUGGUCAAUUAUAAAUUCUAUCGACCAUUUUGUGGAUAAAACUCCAUCGUGCGAGCGUAAGGGCCCGGGGAUCCAUGCCAAUAGAUAUAAAGUCAGUGUGAUCAAUUGAUAUUUGAUACCAAGAAAUAUUUCUUACACUUCACUGCAGACUGCAAAAAAUCAACGAAUUCAAAUAUGUAUUCAAAAUUAAAAUUGGGCGAACGGUAGUGUGCGCAUUUUAUUACACCUUAUACACCUAAAACGUAAUAUUGUUCGGCCGUACUCCUUAUUAUUUCCCUUAAAUGUGGUAUCGGGCAGUAUAGAUUAGUGGGAAAAUGUUAUUAUCAUAUUAAAAGUAUCCAUAAAGAGGCAACAAAUAAUAUUCGAAUUUUACGAAAUCGAAGAAAAUAUUGAAAACACUCGGUCGUUUACAAUUUUUUAUUAUUUCAAUUUUUAAUUUUUUUUUUUUUUAACUCGAAUUAUUUGGACUUUUUUCUCGGCCAUCUUUCCGGGGUAUACAUCACCGUGUACGGUGUUAUUCUAUUAUAAAGAAUAAUAAAUCGUGUACACCUCGGAAGGUAGCUAUACCGGCGACGACGCGUAAAUGAAUAUACAUACAUAUAUCUCGUGUAUACCAUUUCUUUCCGCCGCCAUGACCGUUCCAUAAAUAUUCUGGUCUCGAGACGUUUGACUUUUGUACAAUAUAUUAUUCGGGCCGAGUCGAAAUCUUAUAUCCGGCAUUAUAUAUUGUGUACCCGUUUAUAUUCGUUCUUAUUGUGUAUAUAUAUAUAUAUUGUACAAUACAUAAUAAUACUACGAUGACGCCGUCUCCUCUGCGGCCACUGUAACCUUUCGUCGAUUUAUCACGGCAUUUUAUAUCGUUUUGAUCUGUAUACACGAACACGCGUUUCUGUGCGACGACGACGAUGAAAAUAAUGACGGCGAUGAUGAUGAUGAUGAUGAUGAUGAUAACGGGUAACGAACGAACGAAAAAAAAAAACAUUUCCCGAUUUUGGUUAUAAUAUUUGCGCAGUGUAACAUAAUAUAACACAAAACUACUGGAUCGUCAUGCCGACAAACCGACGCGUUCUCGACGACACUCCUGUAACGAUAAUGGUAAUUUUUUUCGUGCCAUUAUCAAUGAAUUCGAAAAAUAAAAUUUUGUUUUACCGUAUAGAUUCUGAGUGUAUUUCAUAUCGGUCAUCUAUCCGUGUUUGAAAAUAAUCCAUUCAUUGGAAUACAUUUGUUGAAUGCAAUUACACUUUUAUUUUUAAGGAAUUAUGAAUAGUAGUGGCGUACCUAGACAUUUUGAAUGGGAGGUGACGCAGUAAAAAUAUGAACAAUGAUUCGUGUAUAAAUCGUAGAAUCUUCGUUAUAUCUAAUUCGACAAAAUAUGAAUAGAAAACUCGAAUCCAAAAAAAGCCGAUUUUUUUUUAUUCAAUAAAAAUCAUGCUUUUUUAUUCCAUAUAACUUGACUGAAAUAGCUAUCCAUAUAUAUACUUUCAAGAUAAUAUUACAACAUAAAUACUCGUUAGUCGGUGUGUUUUUAAACCAAUGGAGAGGAGGUAUGAGGGGAAUAUAACCCCUAAUCUUCCUCCCUGCGCCACACGCCACUGACUGUAUAGAGUUGUAUAUAUGUAUUAUACUUAAAACGGUAAUAAAAUCGAAAGCGGAAAAACAAUAAUAGUAUCACCAUAAAAAAAUACCGAAGAAACCUUAUAACUGCAGCUAUACAUAUAUUAUAUUAUAUUAUAGUUACUCGCUAUUUUUAUUACACCAAUACAUAUGAAAUUACGAUAUUAUUACAGAGUAGUAAAAAAAAAAAAAAAUACUAUCCUACUAGUAUUUUAUUUUUAGUAUAUUAUUUAUAUAUAUAUAUAUCUUGUAAACUAUACGCACUUUACUGCUCUUUGAUGUUGGCCGCGGUAGUCCGCGAGAAACGAUAUCUUAUGCUCGUAAAUAGCUAUUAUACCUACACCUGCAAUUGAACGGAAUUCUUGCUAAAGAUUGAAAAGAUACCAUGCUAUAAUACCUAUAAUACGGGUUAAAAAAAUCACUGCUGCGUAAUUUUAAGAGGAAAAAAACGCGCGAGUAUACUUACUCGAAAUAUUAUUGUCAAUAAUCCGUCGUGGAAAACUCGGUGAGAAAGUUCUUUAGUCCUCGUCAGUAUAUACUAUAACGGUGAGUAUCGACAAUAUUAUUGAGUAAAUCGGGAUAUCGGAUUUUUUUUUUUUUUUUUUUUUGGGGGGGGGGGGGGGGAGGGAAUUAUUAAUAAUAUCUCUGGAAUACGAAAAAAGCAUUAAAAACAUCGGGUUUUCAACCGGUUUAUCAGCUAAUUUUAGUAUCGACGAAUCCUUAUCGAUUUCAAAUAUCGGAUCGAGUAUCGGUUUUAAUCGGUAGCAAACAUCGGAUAUCGGAAAAAAGUUAUAUCGGCUCACCGUUAUAGUUAUACCUAUAGUUUUAUCGCGCUAAGACGUUUUCUCUUCUGCUACUAGAAGAGAUAAAAAUAAAACAUCGGGAUCUUAAAUAUCAAAACAUACAUUUUAUAAUACUAAUAACUAAUUCUAUAACCUUGUUAGUUUAAUUUUGAAAAAAUAAAAACAUACUUACUGGAAAUAUUCUCGUCGAUAAUUCCUAGCCCGGUAACAACUAACAAUGUGUUUUCCUGAAGAGCUCUUACUCAAGUGCCAAAAAAUGAAGUGGGAUGAGCACGUAUAUGAAGAGAAAAUGGUAGCCAAAUAAAACGAUUAGUCACGAAACAGAAACCAGAUAUUAAGUACGACCAUGGGGAAGACCUCAAUAAACAGCGGUGCUGAGAUGAUCGAGUCAAAGAUAAUCCGAAAAUCAUAAGAUUGCUGGACGGAGAAGAGCUGAUAUCACAAUAACACGAAGAUGUUAAUUGCAUAACAAUAGUAUGAACUAUGUUUGUGUAAGUGGUAAUGGACCUAAAAAGCCAAUAAAAUAAGCCAUUUCCCAAGAGAGGGAAGGGUAAAUAUUCACCUGUGAAAUUUUACCUCGUUGGAGUCAAAUAUCAUGGAGGUUAAUUUUCGCGAUUACAACGGUGUAAGAAAAUCUUCGGGUCUCUGAGUAGUUUCAUCGCUCUCGGACAUUUCCUGCUCUGCGGGUAUAAGAGAGAUAGUAUGUUAUAACAUCGGGAUCUUAGAAAAACCUCAAAGUAAAUCAUUUUUAAUACAGUUUCUUCUGGUGCCUUGUAAAAAUCAAAAACCGAUUUCAUUUUGGCGUUGCGCUCGUCCGCUGCCGGACCUUCGCGUUUUCGCAUCACGAACAUAAAAUACCUAUGUGUAUUAUUAUGUAAUAUGUAUAUACUUACUCAUGUCCAGUGCCGUCGUUCGAUCAGCAACUACAUCGGCCUCGGGACUUUUAAAAUAAACGUUUGGGCUUCGAAAAAUUCGUACAUAAUGUAAAUUAUUCGGAGUUUUCAAAAUUUACAGCAACAAGUCUUAAUCUAAGUAAUAUAUAUAUAUGGGUAAUAUAUACAUUACUUAGAUUAAGGCGAACUUUCCUUUUGUCCGCGGGAACAUCUGAACACAAUAUUUCCGUCGUUCUACGCGCAAUAUUCCUGUACACCAAUUGAAUACGCCCAGCAUACGAAAAACAAUAAUCAUAAUUAUAAUAUUGGAAAUUUACAAACCGACGUCGUCGUCGUCGUCGUUGUCGUCGGUUACAGCGGCGCGCGCACUCGUGACCGGGCGCGGGAACAGAUGAGAAAACCCGAACCCGCGCGAAAGAAUGGAAAAAAAAAAAAUCAAUAGCCUAACGAGAUCCGCGCAUCGACCGCAGCAGCCACUCGUCUCGACCUUGACAGCGAUGCUAUUAUUCGGCCGAGUGAGAAUUAUGCUCUUAUACAUUUUUUAUAUUCCGUAUAAAUAAUAUUAUAUUAAUGCGCAUUUAUUCGCACACUGUGUAAGUUAUAUUGUAUGUAGGCCGUAGGGGUGGCCAAAAUGUAUUUUAAAUUUUUUCCCGUAUUCGACUGUAAUAUCAUGUCGAUUUGACAUCGUGAUUGUUGAUCGAAAUAAUAAUUUAAAACGAUUCCGAGGUCAUCCACAGCAGCUCGAGUACAAAUGUCGGGUUAACCGGAUAAUUUUAAACUGCAGUAUUAUAUCAAUCAAUUUACGAUUCUUCACGAUUCCGUUAACAUUUGAACUUCAAACAAGCGUAUAAAUAAAACAAUUUUUUUCGAAAAAUGUAUUGGUUUUACUAUGGUUUGCAGUUGGUAUGGGAAGUGGGAAAGGCCGUUACCUCCCGUGUAAUUCAUGGGAGGGAAACAUAUCAUUUCGCAACCCUCCCCUCAAUUAAAUAUGCAUACAACUUUAUAAAUAACGAAAAGAAAAUUUAAAUGCAAUUUUCAUUAAUAUUAUUUGUUAAUCUUUUAACGAAUGAAAAUAUUUAAUGUUGAAAAUCAAAAUAAAUAAAGGUAUUAAUUUAUUUAUUUCAUUAAUUUAUAACGUAACUGAUAUUAUGGUUUGAAAAAAACAGUCGAAAUCCAUUAUUUAUUUAUUUAUUAUUAAUUUAAACGGAUUAAAUGACCAAUAAAUGUUAUAUUAUACAUACGUGUAAUAAUAAUAAGGUGAAUUAAGGAACUAUAGAAAUUGAAAAAACAAGUAAAAAUAAUAGUACAAUUAAUAAAAUAAAAAACAUAGUUAUCAUAUAACUUAUAUAUAACUAGAUACUAAUAAGAUCUAAUUACAAAAAGACUCAACAAAAUUAUAAUUAAGUAAAUCAAUUUGGAAAUCAUUAUCUAAUCUCGUGGAUCUUAUUAAAGGAGCAUUAUAAUUCUAUAAUAUCACUACAAAAAUUGUACGACGUGCACAUUGAUAGUUUUUUAAUUACAAACUUUAUAAGUAACUUUAGUACUGCUAAAUGCUAAUAUGUCUCGUAACUACUGAAAUGUAAUGAAAUUGUAUGUUAUUACGAAUAUUAAAGCAUAAAUAGGGAUGAGUCCUUCCCCUGCAUGUAUAUAGUAGAGAGAAUGGCAGGCUCAAGUAGCGACACGUUGUUACACUUUAUAUAUUUACUAUAAUAUAUUUUCUGCACCACUGAUGAUAUUAUGUAUUUAUGUAUUUAUUUAUUUUUAUUAUUAUUUAUUUCAGUCUAAAACCACUUUUUUACAAAUAAUCUCGUACCAAAUAUCAAGCGUAUAUGUAUAGCAUAUUUUCUCGAGUCAAAUUUUAUAAAUAUUUGGUGAAUUGGGAAGGUUUAUUUUUAAUUUUCCAUGAAUAAUUUUCUUAAUAAUUAAGACAAACGCAAAAUGUAUUGUUUAAUUUUGCGGAUUUCUUGACAACCAACAAGAGAAAACACACGAAUUAUACUAUACUGCACUCAGAUUCGGUUUUUCGUUUGUAUUAGUUUAUCUUGGCAUACCAUAUAUACAAACUAAAUUACCCUAUAUAUUAUACCUUACCUUUACCCAUCCAUAACAGAGUGACCUACCCGUGAAUAGUAUCAGUUCUUUUUUUUUAAAUCACAAUAUUAAGUGUGCAAUAUUAUUUUAAAUAGAAACAAUUAUGGCUAUAAUGGAAAAUGACGACCGUUAAACUCAAAAGACACAAAAAUAUUUUCUUUAAGUAUACACUUGAUAAUACUUCAAAAAUAACGUUUUGAAAAGUAUACACGAAAUUUUAUCAAUUUAAUUUUAUAUCCUAAAAAAGCGUGUUCCGGAUGUACACAAAAAAAAAAACGCAAUAUGUUUUAAGGAUUUUUUUUUUUUAAUGCUUACACAACGGAUGAAAUAAAAAUCUUGUUUGAGUCUUGUCUGUGCUGUUUAUUUAUUCAUCAAUAUUGUAGUCUAUAGCAAUGUAAUAUAAACGGACGAAACUUUGUAAGCAUAUUUUUUUUUACCAUAGUAUAAUUUUGUGUAAUGGAAAAUGUUUUCUAGAAUAAAAUGGUUGUAAAAAAUGUUUGCCUGUUUGUUUACAUAACGUAUUACUGUAUUAUAAUCCGUUAACUGUGUUUUGACCGAUAAUAUGGAAGAUCGGAAUGGAGAGAUGUGGUUUCGAUUUUCAUACUGAUAUUAUAAUAUUGAUAAUAGUAUACGCACGUCUUAAUAACGAAUUAUAAUAUGUAUAAUAAAUUCUACGAGUUUUCAUUCUCGCGAAAAAAAAAUUGUUUUCGUGCCGUUCGAUUUAUAAUUAUAGGGGAACGUUGGGAAAAAAAUUACAUGUGCGUCACGUACUCAUUUUUGGAUUUUCAUUCAGAUUUGGAUAUUAACUCGGAGAACGAAAAAUAUUCAAAAGCGUCAUCGCAAACUAUUAGUGCUGAGCACUUAAGCCGGAUCAAUCCGAACAUCGGAUUACUGACCCGUAUCAACCAAAACGUGACAAUCCGUAUAGUCCGAUUUAUACACUGCAACGACUGAUCCGGAUUUUACUUAACAAAAUUCUACGAUCAAUUUAAAAAUUACAAAAAUCACGUGGUAGCCUUUCGCCAUUUGACCAUUUCCAUUUAUGUUGUCUCUAAAACACAUUUUAAGUUAUUAGCAUCAAAAUUAUUCUACAGUCGUUGCAAUUGUUAAACAUUGUAGUCCAUUUCCCCUAUAUCGAUUCGUUCGGAAUUCUAGAUUAAAUCAUAUUCGUGUUUAAUAUCCGGGGGGUUGUGAGAACUGCAUACUCAAAUGGAUUGGCUAGAUAUGGCGUUAUUCGUUUUAAUUAGGUACCUUAUCAUAAAGCGCAACAUACAUGUGUUCUAAUUGUUUCGCAAAAGAUAAUGCAAUCCUUAUAAUAAAUAUUGUUGGAUUUAAAUUCGACGAACGUAAAGACAAUUUUCUUUGUUUUUUUUUUCUUUGUCCUGCUUUACAUAAACUUCUCGUGGCUUUCUAAUGAGUUUAACCAUAGUAGGUUUUAGGUUUGCAUUUAGACGCAAGACACAAACUUCCUAUACUCUUUACGAAGCAUUUUGAUUGUUCAUUAUUGUCAUCAUUGAAAAAUGUUAGGUAUCGAUAUUAUAUAUGUAUGACAAGUGCUCAAAAAGCCAUCACAAUCCAUUUGCAUUUUGUGGCUCGUUGAAAAUAGGGUACGACAAUACGCACCCGGAUUUGCGGAUUUUGUUUUUAAUCCGGAUUGCACAUCGAAUAAACGUCUCCAGGAAAAAAAAUAAAAAAAAUAAUCCGACUUUUCUAAGGAUUAAAUUAUUAUUAUCAUCAUACACGAAAUUACAAACAUUUUCGAAUACUUAUCUAAAUUAUAUAUACGCCGUGCACGCCGCAAAGUUUUAAAUUUCGUAGAUACACCGUCGUCGUCGUCAUCAUCGUAUACCUUCUCUGCACGUACCGUAAUCGUGAGAUUUAUUAUUGUUUUUAAUGAGAGACGCGGCGGCUGCGCUGCAAAUAUCAUUAAACAUUAGACGUGCGCGAUUAAAAAAUAUUGUUAUAUAUUUAUCUAUACAUAUAUACUCAUCGACGCCUGAAUAUUCGUGACCGAAGACCGCCACACGAACUCGCGACUGUGCGAUGAAAAAAAAAAAGAAAUUAAAAUUAAAACACUCCUUCGGUACAUGAUGGCAAUAGAUUUGUGCGUAUUCGUUGCCCCACGGGGAGUCGUACGUAUGAAAUAUGUUAUAUAUAUUAUGAACCUUUCGCCGCGUACUAUAUUAUUAUAUUAUAGAAUAUCGUGUCAUCACGUGUACACGACGAUUCUGUGCGAAUUUUAAGUCCUCGUGAUUAUUUUUAACCCAUUGACAAAAAAAAGAAAAAUCAAAAUCGAAAAUCACAUAAACCAUUCAAGCGUAAAAUUUCCCGUUUUUUCUAAUUAUUGAAAAAAUAAAACUAAAAGAAAACUCAAAAAAUUACAUCGUCAAUGCCAGACAACAUUUUAUUUCAGAAAAAAAUAUGUUGUACUUGAAAAUUAGAACGAGAUUUCUGGUAGAAAAGUUGUUAACAAAUAAAAAAUAAAAAAUACUCAUCGGGGAAAAAAACCGUUUGAUUGAAAUUAUCACUCCACGAAUAGUUAUCGGCACUUGACCUAUACGGUCAUAUACUCGUAGUUAUAAAGAUGUUCAAGUGGCCGAAUCGUGUGUGAAUCCGAGGGGGAAAAGAAGUAGGACAAAAAAACUAGCAUCAUUAUAAUUUACAAGUACAGGGGCUAAACAAUAGAUUUUCAAGUUCACGAGUAGUCGAUAAAAACCAACCCCUAUAUAAAGGUUUGGACAACGUUUUUUUUUUUUUUUUUAAUGAUCUUGAAAGAAUGCUGUACAGACGAAACUGAAACUGCAAAAACAAACAAAUGUAAUUAUCAAAUAAUAUUAUGUUUGCAAUAUUAUUUAAAUAUAAUACAGGGUCGGGCCGUUGCACGUCGAUUGAUAAACAGGGUUUAGGGGGUCUAGGAGGGUUUAGAGGAUCUACAACCGUCUUAAUCUUAUUUAAAGCUAAAAAAUAAAAGCGUCGGGGAAGGAAGAGUGUUACAAUACCCACCCCUCGCUUUUGGCUACACCACCGCUGUCAGACCUAAUAAUCCCCUCACGUUAAUACGUAAUAUAUGAUAUUUACGUUUACGUAAAUGGGACAUCGAUUAAAAUUAUAUUUUCAACCAUUGGUCCAUUAUUAUAAUAUCGAAUUAUGAUUUUACAAUUGAAAUGAAAAUAUGUGUAUACAUAUUAUAUAUUAUAUCUCUGAUUUACCAGGUCGAUAUAACAUAUGUGUACGAUUUUGACCAGUGAGAAAUCGUAUGGACCCAAGUGGACCCUGGGUGGAUCCAAGGAGUGUAUAGUCUUCAAUAUAACUUGUCUUUGUUCGAUUCGUCGUUGAACGCAUCGCAAACGCGCGUCUUGUAUACGCAUUUUCGAAAUCAUCCCCGUCGGUAAUCUUGUCCUCUAUGAUACAUUGUAAUACAUAUAAAUACCAGUGGUGGGAAAAAUCCGGAUUUGCCGAGGUUCGAAAAUCCGGAUUUUCGGAUUUUGGAAUCCGAAAUCUAAAAAUAUCAACAUUUUAGUAUGAAACCAUAUUGAUAGGUAAUUAUUGUUUGUAAUAACACUAAUAAUAAGUAAUAUUUGUACUUACGAUAGUGUAAAAUCGUGAAAUCUUUACGCCAUAAAUAUUUGUCCGUUUAUCCCUACGUUUUCCCCAUGUCUUUCCUCGGUUUUGCCCAGUAAUAUGAAAACUUGCCUGGAAAAUCAAAAAUUGACUUCCUUAAAGUACCAACCAAAAAUUUUUCGGAAUUUGAGGUCCGAAAUGUCGGAUUUUGAAAUCCGGAUUUAUAUCACAUCACUAUGAUAGAUACGAUACGAGUACCUAAACGUAUACGAAUUAUACUUACCGCGAACUGUGUUAUUUUGUUUUUCAGGUCGAUCGUGAAGAACGAUUCAGACGAAGGUUCGCAAGUGUGGUUCGGCGAUUCGAACAGUUCGGUGGGCUCGGUGAGCGGCGGCAGCAAUAACGGUUACGUCAACAACAACUACUCCGAAGGGGGCCCGUGCGGGGGCGUCGGGGGCAGGGGCACGUGUGACGUGCCGGCCACGUGCGGUGCGACAAAGUCUGGCGGUGGGAAUCCGUCUACGGAACAACAACUGCCGUCCAUAGUCGAGCGAAACGCCCGGAUCAUCAAGUGGUUGUGGAACUGCCGGAAGGCGAACCUGCAACAGCAGCAAACGCCGCCGACGCCUUGGUCCACCUGAACGCGUUUUAGACAGGAAGCAUAUGCGAGAGAUUUUCGGUUUUUAUUAUUAUUCAUUUUUGUUUUUUUUUUUACCUUAUUUAUACUGUCCAUGCGAGCGUCGAACACUAGCGCGUGUAAUAGGCGGUUUUAACGAAAUCUCGUUGAAAAUAAUGAAAAUUCAUUGUCUCAAAAAAAUAUAUGAUUUAUAUUUUCGUUUACAAGUGCAUAAUAUUAUAAUAAUUUAUAAUAGUUAUUGUUAUCUUUAAAUAAAUUAAAAUUAUUUAAAUUUUGACGUUAAUUUUCGACGUCGACAUUUAAAUGGUACCUACCUAUAUUAUUGUCUGUGAUUGGUCUGUGAUCGGGUUGCUGACAUUUUAAUUUCUCCGUCUGUCUCGCGCAUAAUAUAUCGAAAAAGAUAUUUCGCAAUUCCACGAUAACGACUCUCUGGUUAUGUUUAGGAUGAAUAAGGGAUAUUUUACGUAUAAAAAAUAGUGUUUACCUCGAGCUUCUUAGAAUGAUUUAUUUUAAUAUUUUCAUUUUUUUUAUAAGUUAUUGAUGGUUGAUGAAAUUAUGUAAAAUUAAAACCCGCUGCAAAUAUUUUGAUGAAAAACGAAAAUAUAUAUAUUUUUUCAUUUUUCGAAGAACUAACUUAAUAAAUUCGAUUGUAUAUGAAAUAUAAUCCUAGCGACCUAUAAUAGGUCGCUUUGUCUUAAAUUCAACCAGAGAGUCAUAAUCGUGGGAGUUAGGAAUGUCUUCGUUGCUACGUGUAUAUUAAGCGCGAGACAGACAGAGAAAACAAAAUGUUGUCACUAAAACGGUUUGCUUAAUGUUGGGGGGAUCUGGGAGUCCAAUCCCAUUCGGACUUUUUUUUUAUGAUAAUAUUCAAUAAUUUCGGAACAAAAAGUAAUUGUUUUAAGAAAAAAUUAAAUGGUAACUUUGUUAUUUUGUCUAACGUGUAAAUACAACUAUAAUAAUCGUAAUAUAAUAAUAAUAAAUGGCCAAGUACAACAACUGUUAGUAAUUAAUGAAUACGUUUCACAAAAUUUUCUAUGUGUUCUUAUAUUUUAUCAUAUGGAUGAAUAGUUUUUCCUUGAUAAGAUAUUAAUCCUCCCCCCCGCCCAUGACAUGUAGCCUAAUUACACCGUUGCGCUAAAACGCUAAAUCCGAAUUCUAUAUAAUCGGCGAGACUAAUUUUCAUUCUUUCUUUAUCUUAUGUUAGAUUAAUAACUAUAAUUGGUAACCCGAAUUGAUUAAAUAAAAAAAUGAAACAGAAUAUCGAAAAAUUGAACACCUCGUCCAUUUUUUGAGGCAUCAUUGUGAUGGUUUUUUUUUUUUUUUUUUUUAUUAAAUUUCGAUGUACGAUUUUCGCUGAAAUACAAUCCCGUCGGUCGCCGCCUGUAUAAUUAUAUGCAUGUGUCUCAAAAACCAAUCGAUAAGUCAGCACGCAUUAACGAUCGUACCGUGUACUGCAGGGAAUAAAUGGUUCUAGAAAUUAAUUCCAUACAUACUAUAUAAAAGCUUACGCAAAAUGCAUAGUUACCUAUUAUUACGUGACGACCGUUUCGAGUAGAUACUUGCGUUAUACAGAGCGCUCGAGUACACCUAAAUUAUAAAUACAUACACAGUCGAAUUCCGUCACUUAAUCAAUGAAAGAAAUUUAAAUUCUGGGGAAACGACAACGCUGGUAAUGCUUUGCGAAUAGCUGCACAUCAUUCGCACCAUCAUCAUCGCUAUAAUAAUUGUUCAUUUUGACCUUUUUUUAGUCACUUGCGUAUCGUCUAACUUUUCGGAUCGUAUACAUUGUUUGCGCAUCGCCGUCGUUAACCUCGUGCCAAAGAAUCGUAUACGUUUGCGCGUCAGCAUGUUUGAAAUUGUUUAUUAACUUUUAGCUUCUCGACAAACUUAACCAAAUAUAUAUAUAUAUAUUUGCGGCACAAAAGUAAUAUGAAUUUUUUCGGUUACACAUUGCGGUUGUAAAUAUAUAAAAUAAAUAAUAUAUUUAUUACGACGAGAUUUACGGCAAAAAACACCGACAGUGACUUGUAUUUUUUGUAUGUAUUGAUGCGCAAAACGAUGUGCGAUAUUUUGGCGCAGGUAAACAGACGGUUUAACGCGAAAACGACGGUUAGGUUAGGCAACCGAUGAACGGCCCUGCAAAUAUGCCAAUAUUUUUGCAAAACUUGCAAUACACUUUGUGCAAACGCCGCCCCUUUUGUAAGGACCAUGGGGACACGCGGUUCAAAAUUAUAAUGGCUCGACUACAUGAUAUCAAUAUCGAUUUCAGAUUAUACAUCGUGGUGCUGGAGGCGUUGGCUGCGGGUUAGAUAAUACAGAAGAGGGGUUUGGCAUACAUAUUAUUGUCGCGUGUAUAGGCACUAUACGGGAUUUCAAACUGUCCGGUGAUGAAUUCCGUGUGAUGAAUUCGCUGCGGAGAAAACCGUAUAAAAUAUAACCUAUUAUAAUGAAAUAUCAAUGGUGUAAGGAUGACGAUGCUACGGUGUUCUGUCGGCUGCCAUAUACCAAUAGUCACCCGCAGUUUUCUAUAAUAGUUCUGUUCUGCUAUGGUUUCCUAUACUCUUUGUCACGGACUUUUGCUGACGGUACUGGUAACCAGUCAGCCAAUCGUAUCAGAUUUUUUUCCUUCGUUUUUUCCUUAAAGUUUCACAAAAAAAAAAAAAAUGCGUAUAGUACGUCAUUAUAGUGCGCGACUCGCGGUGAUUAAAAGACGACAAAAUCAAUACGCUUUAAAAUCUACGAGUAAAAUAAAUAGAUAAAUAUUUAUGGGACGGCUGCACCGCCCCCCGCUUCCCGCGAUAUUACUAAGGCGUAGCGGUUUUAAAUAAAAGUAGAACGCGUUUCGGGGACCUUGAAACGAUGUAUUUAGAGCGCGGGGGGGGGUAAAGUCUUUAUCGUUACUGAUAAACGUAUACUAAUGGGAAAAAGCCCCGAGAUAAGGGGUGAUAUAUUUUUUACCCGGAUGACCACCCGUAUAAUAAAGCCACUGUACAUUAUACAACCCUUCCCCACACCACGAAAAAAUCUCCGGAUACUCGCCCUGAUAAUAAACACAUAAUAUAUAUAACGGUAAAUAAAUUUAAAAUUUAGCUUAUUCCGUGUAAAUUACUAAACGGCACAUUAAUAUGUAUAUAAUAUAAAUUUAAAAACAUACGCUCAGAACGAUACGAAAUUCGAAAGUCUCAAGUUUUUUCGCGGUUGACGAUACAAUAUAUCCGCGUUAUAAUAUUUUUGUAAAAAUUGUACUAUCGGGACGCAAAUAGAAUACAAAAGGGUAAUUUUUUUUUUUUUCAGAUAUUUCCGAAAUUGAUUCGAUAUUGUGAUGUAAACUGGUUUUUAACUGUGUUUCGCGUCGGUUAAAAUCAUUUCGGUAUAAUUUUGAGGGGGGAAAAACACCAUGACGGUACGUGACAUAAGAAAAAAAAAAAAAAUUUGAAAUAAAUUUGAAACAAAAUGUGUUAUGAAUUAUCUAAUUGUAAUUUACGAGUAUUUAUAUAUAUAUAUAUAUAUAUAUUUUUUUUUUGUCGUCUGUUUUAAUUAAAAUAAAAUAUAUUCUACUCGUUGACAAUAUUAUUAUUAUUAUUAUUACCGAAAAUAUAAUAUUAUAUCUAUAUAUUUAUAUUAUUAUAAUAACAUAAUGUAUACAUAAUUUUGGAUUUCCAAUACAAUACCUAAUAUAUUUUUUAUUCAUUCAAUAUAUUAUUUUAGAUAUAAUUAUAAUUAAUAUUGUCCAGAAAAAAAAAAAUAAUAACAAUUUACAAUAACAUUAUACUAUUUAUUUCAAUGAUGAAUAGCGGGUAUAUUGUAUUAUCGUCUCUAUUUAUUUAUUUUAACAUUAAUGCUGUCGGCGGGCAUCGAUAUAAUAUUAACUGUCAAACUGUAUUACCUUUAUAAUUAAUACAGCAUUGAGCACAAUGUCUUUCGCGAUUGUCCGACCCAGCGUUAUUAACUAUUAUGAUAAUUUAAAAUAUAUUUUAUGUUAUAUUUUAGGACGUUAGAACCCAAAUAUUAUUCUAGUCUCGCGAGUCGAUAAUAAUUUUUACCGUGUACUACGAUAUUACGUUAACAUCGUAUACCAAUUAAUGUUGCUACACAUUUAAUUAAUUAUUAUCGUGUGAUCGUAUUAUUAUUAUUAUUAUUAUUUUUAUCAUUAUUGUAUUUUACGGCUUAAUAUUUUAUUAUUGAUUAUAACCGUUUUAAUGUUAUUGCAUAACGUUGUUGUAUACCUUAGACACUUUCCAGUAUAUUUUUCAUUGAUGAUUAUACAUAAUUAUUGUUGUAUUACGUAUCUUUAUGCAUAACCGUUUAGGUGGUACCGAAUGCCCCAAUACAUUAUAACAAUAUACAUAAUAUUAUAUUAUCGUUGUAUUUUCCUUCGUGAUAUGUAUUUAAUAUGUGUUAAAAUUAUUAUUAUUGUAAUACAAUAUACACUCGUGC